AUGACAACACAAGCACCAACAUUCACACAGCCACUGCAAAGCGUUGCGGCACUUGAGGGUAGUGCCGCAAAGUUUGUGGCUGAAGUCAGUGGUGUUCCAGUUCCUGAGGUGAGCUGGUUUCGUGAUGGCCAGGUUCUUUCCGCUGCUGCUCUGCCCGGCAUACAGAUCUCGUUCAGCGAAGGCCGCGCUGUACUGAUGAUCCCUGCCGUGACAGCUGCACACAGUGGACGAUUUUCCGUACGAGCCACCAAUGGUGCCGGACAAGCCACUAGCACUGCCGAACUGCUUGUUACAGCGGAAACUGCGCCUCCCAACUUCAUUCAGAGACUACAGAGUAUGACCGUGAGACAAGGAAGCAGAGUGAGACUGGAUGUUCGCGUUACGGGAAUCCCUACACCUGUGGUGAAGUUCUACAGGGAGGGCGCUGAGAUUCAGAGCUCCGCCGACUUCCAGAUCCUUCACGAGGGCGACCGUUACAGUCUGCUGAUCGCUGAGGCUUUUCCCGAGGAUUCUGGAACGUACUCUGUCAGCGCCACCAACAGCAGCGGCCGCGCUACUUCUACUGCUGAACUGCUCAUCCAAGGGGAAGAAGUAGCUGUCCCUGCUAAAAAGACAAAGACAAUUCUAUGUACUGCUCAGACUUCUCAGACUCGUCAGGCACGUGUUGAAAACAGAGAAGAAGCUCAUUAUCAGGUUGCUGCAGCUAUGAUGGAGAUACAUGUGGAAGAAGGUGCUGUUGCUGAACACCUGCGACACAAGACCCCCCCACUUGUCCGCACAAAGCCAACUUCGAAGUCUCCAACUUCCACACUAGUGUCGAAAGUAGCAGGCACACGUCAACAGUCACCUUCUCCUGUCAGGCAUGUCAAGGCACCUACUCCAACGCCUGUGAGGUCUGUGUCUCCUUCUACAAGACUAUCAGUGUCCCCUAUCAGACCUGUUAAAUCUCCAGUAAUGACCCGAAAACAGCCCACUCCAAGUACUGAUGUCCUCCCUCCCUGGAAGCAGGAGGACUAUGUGGCUGAGUCCGACAUGAUUGUGUGUGUCCAGAGCUCUGCGACACGUAUUCAGAUGGAGCAACGCUUUGAAGGCUCCUAUGGGGCACAGCAGCAAGGUCAACAUGAGGAUGGCAAAAUGAUUGCUGUAGCUACAGUGGUAGCUGCAGUGGACCAAGCCAGGGGCCGAGAGCCUUGCUCUGAUUCCAGAGAAUGGAGCAGCACAGAAAGAAGUAUUGAUACUAUGCAAUUAUAUCCUGAAAAGGAGCAGGCUGAGGGAGGGAAAAAGGCAGAGGCGGUGGCCACAGUGCUUGCUGCUGUUGACCUAGCGCGCAUUCGAAAGCCUGCACAGGCCGAGGGGGUUCGAACUGAAGAGGAGAUCGUAGAGCGUGACUUAAAACAGCAGGCCCUGACCAAACAGAUCUCCAAACAGCAAGUCACAACUGUAACAAUGAAAACUGAGGCUGUUCAAACACCCCCUCCUAUUGUCCUUGCUGAAGACAGUGUCAGUGUUUCUCAGAUCAAGAGAAGUAAGGAAACUCCCAUCCAUGUGGACCCUGCGCUUGCACCAUCCCCAAGUCCUCAUUUCACAGUUUCUAAAGUUACUGUUCCUAAACAUGAUCAUAGUUAUGAGGUCUCAAUAGCAGGUUCUGCUAUUGCUACACUUCAGAAAGAGUUAUCCUCUACUACUGCUUCUCAAAAGAUCAUCAGGCCUGUGAAGCCUCCUUCUCAUAAGAUUGUGGAGACCAGAGUGAUGUCAGAACCAGUCCUGCCACCAUUUAGAGAUACCAGUGAGAGAUAUCAGGCAUCUUUCACCACAUCCAUGCAGAAAGGGAUAGGGCUUUCUUUUACAGGAGGAAUGGAGCAAACACAUGUCCAGUUGGAGAAAGAGGUGGUUGAAGCUGCAGCAGUCCCCUCACCUGCACAAGAAGCUGUGGUUCCUCCCACUCUUGUAGUCGGUUUGAAGAAUGUGACUGUCACUGAGGGAGAAUCGGUGACUCUGGAGUGCCAGAUAUCCGGUCACCCAGCUCCAAGCAUCAUGUGGUUUCGUGAGGACUAUAGAAUUGAGAGUUCGAUAGACUUCCAGAUCACUUAUGAAAAUGGAUAUGCUCGUCUGGUUAUCCGGGAGGCCUUUGCAGAGGACAGUGGUCGCUUUACUUGCACAGCUACCAGCGAAGCUGGAACUGUCAGCACUUCCUGUUACUUGCUUGUGAAGGUGUCAGAGGAGAUUGAGAGCAGAGAGGAAAUAAUCACUGCUGUCUCUGCACACAUGGAAACUGUAGAGGAGAAACGCAUUAGUACUGAAGUCAAAGAAGAAAUAUUAGAAGUGCCUGCUAGUGCAGAAGCUGUGGCACCUUUCUUCGUGAGGAAACCCACAGUGCAGAAGCUUGUGGAAGGUGGCAGCGUCAUCUUUGAAUGUCAGAUAGGUGGUAGUCCCAAGCCUCACAUUUACUGGAAGAAAGCUGGAGUUCCCCUUACGACUGGAUACAGGUAUAGAGUAACCUACAAUAAGGAAACGGGCGAGUGCAAACUGGAGAUUUCCAUGACCUUUGCUGAUGAUGCAGGAGAAUAUUCUAUCUGUGCCAGGAAUCAGCUGGGAGAGGUCUCUGCAUCAGCCAGUUUACUUGAGGAAGAGGAAUAUGAAGCCUACAUGAAGAUGCAUGAAAUGACUAUAAUGACUGAAGGAAUCAUCAUGGUGCAAGAACCUAGAGUAGCAGACGUCCCUCCAGUGGUCAUGACCGAAUAUGAGAGGGAACAGAUUCUUAUGCAGAAGAGGAUGACGCAGCAGACACAGAUGCUGAAGACAUUUGUAACUGAACAGGAAUUCCAAAUCUCUGCUUUUGAGGAGAGGAUAAUCCGUGAGAUUGAGCUCCGCAUUCUGAAGAUUACUUACCAGGUGUUAGUAACCGAAGAUGGGGAGGAGAUGGUCAUGAGUGUAGCUGAACACGAAGCUGUCGAGCCAGUCUUUGACACCCCUGUAAAGAAUUACAGGAUUUUGGAGGGAAUGGGAGUUACUUUCCACUGCAAAGUGUCAGGAAAUCCUUUGCCUAAGAUUGCUUGGUACAAAGAUGGCAAGCGCAUCAUACAUGGGGGACGUUAUCAGAUGGAGGUUCUACAGGAUGGGAGAGCCAGUCUCCGAAUUCCUGUCCUGCUGCCAGAGGAUGAAGGUGUCUACACUGCUUUUGCUACCAACAUGAAGGCAAAUGCAGUCAGCUCUGGAAAACUGUAUGUGGAACCCACUACUGUAGUUGGAGCUCAACCAUACUUCCCUCAGCCAGAGGCCAUCAGGAUAAGAAGAUCUACUUCUCCUCGUUCUGCAAGUUACUCUCCUGGACGUUCUCCUGGUCGCUCUCCUGCUCGCAGGCUGGAUGAAACAGAUGAGAGCCAACUGGAAAAAUUGUACAAACCUGUAUUUGUUAUGAAGCCUUUCUCUUUCAAGUGUUUAGAAGGAAAAACUGCCAGAUUUGACUUGAAAGUUGUUGGUCGACCCAUGCCUGAAACUUUCUGGUUCCAUAAAGGCCAGCAAAUAGUGAAUGACUACACCCACAAGAUAGUGGUGAAGGAAGAUGGAACUCAGUCACUAAUUGUUGUCCCUGCUAUGCCAUACGACUCUGGAGAGUGGACUGUGGUUGCUCAAAACAGAGCUGGAAAGGCCUCUGUAUCAGUAACCCUUACUGUGGAUGCUAAGGAAGACUUGGUGAGACCUCAGUUUAUUGAGAAGCUGAAAAACAUUAGUGUUAAGGAAGGCACUUUGGUUGAGCUGGCUGUCAAAGCUAUUGGAAAUCCUCUUCCUGAGAUUGUGUGGUUGAAAAACAGUGACAUCAUUUCCCCACAAAAACACCCUCAUAUUAGGAUUGAAGGGGCCAAAGGGGUAGCUCAUUUCAAGAUUGCAUCAACAACUAGCUCCGAUAGUGCUUGGUACACAGCCACAGCAGUCAACAAGGCUGGGCGAGACACUACCCGGUGCAGGGUCAAUGUGGAGGUAGAGUUUGCUGAACCAGAACCAGAGAGAAAGCUUAUCAUUCCAAAAGGAACAUACAAAGCCAAGGAGAUUGCUGCACCAGAGCUAGAACCCCUGCACCUCCGCUAUGGUCAAGAGCAGUGGGAGGAAGGUGAUCUGUAUGACAAGGAAAAACAGCAGAAGCCACACUUCAAGAAGAAACUCACAUCAGUCCGGCUGAAGCGAUUUGGCCCUGUACACUUUGAGUGCAGGCUUACACCUAUUGGUGAUCCUACAAUGGUGGUGGAAUGGCUUCAUGAUGGCAAACCCCUGGAGGCUGCCAAUAGGCUCCGCAUGAUAAAUGAGUUUGGUUACUGCAGUCUCGACUAUGAAGUGGCAUAUGCCAGAGAUAGUGGUGUUGUUACUUGUAGAGCAACAAAUAAGUAUGGAGUUGACCAAACUUCUGCUACCUUAAUUGUGAAGGAUGAAAAAGGCCUUGUGGAGGAGACUCAACUACCGGAGGGUCGGAAGGGAAUGCAGAGGAUUGAAGAGAUGGAACGUUUGGCCCAUGAAGGUGCUCUUGCUGGAGUCACAGCUGAGGAGAUUUCUGAGAAGACCAAACCAGAGAUUGUACUGGUUCCUGAACCUGCACGGGUAUUGGAGGGUGAGACAGCAAGGUUCCGUUGCAGGGUGACUGGUUACCCCACACCUAAGGUUAACUGGUACCUUAAUGGACAACUAAUCCGUAAAAGCAAGCGGUUUAGGCUCCGAUAUGAUGGUAUUUACUACCUUGAGAUUACUGACAGCAAAUCUUAUGAUUCUGGAGAGAUCAAAGUUGUGGCAGAAAACCCUGAAGGUGUGAGUGAGCAUUGUGUGAAGCUAGAAAUCCAACAGAGAGAGGAUUUUAGAUCCAUACUUCGCCGUGCCCCUGAAUUGAAAGCUCCUGAAUCUGGGACUUCUCCAGAUCGUGGCAGAGUGUCCUUUGAAGUUCAAAAGGUUGACAAGCCUGUUGACACUACUCAGCCUAAAGAGAUAAUUAAGCUAAGGAAAGCAGAGAGAGUUGUUCAUGAAAAAUCCACAGAAGAGACGGAGGAGCUGAGAAGUAAAUUUAAGCGUCGCACAGAGGAGGGCUAUUAUGAAGCAAUCACUGCUGUUGAGUUCAAGUCUUGUAAACGAGAUGAUUCCUAUGAGGAACUGCUGAAGAAAACAAAAGAGGAACUUCUUCAUUGGACCAAAGAUGUCCCUGAAGAAGAAAAGAAAAAGGAAGAGGAAAGAGGGAAAGUGACUAUUCCAAAGAUUAAACCAGAGAGAGUUGAGUUAUCUCCUAGCAUGGAAGCUCCAAAGAUCAUGGAACGCAUCCAGAGCCAGACCGUUUCCCAGACUGAUGAAGUCCGCUUCCGUGUCAGAGUGGUUGGUAAACCUGAUCCAGAAUGUCAGUGGUUCAAGAAUGGUGUUCUCCUAGAGAAGUCUGACCGUAUUUACUGGUACUGGCCCGAAGACAAUGUGUGUGAAUUAGUAAUAAGAGAUGUCUCAGCUGAAGACUCUGCUAGCAUUAUGGUCAAAGCUAUCAACAUUGCUGGGGAAGCUUCAAGUCAUGCAUUUCUUCUGGUUCAAGCCAAGCAAGCUGUUGUCUUUACUCAAGAACUUGAAGAUAUCAUUGCCAAAGAGAAGGACACCAUGGUAACAUUUGAAUGUGAAACCAGUGAGCCCUUCGUAAAAGUAAAGUGGCUGAAGAACAACAUGGAGAUUUUCUCUGGUGAUAAAUAUAGAAUGCACUCUGACAGGAAGGUGCAUUUCCUCUCUGUACUGAUGAUUGAAAUGAAGGACAUUGCAGAAUACACUUGUUGUGUUGUUGAAGAUGACCAUAUUAGAACUACUGCGAAACUCACUGUUGAGGGUGCUCCCCUGGACAUUCUGACAGCGCUGGAGAAUAUAGAGGUUCCUGAGACCUACUCUGGAGAGUUUGAGUGUGAAGUAUCUCGUGAAGAUGCUGAGGGUACCUGGUAUUUUGAGGGAAAGGAGAUCACUCCCAGUAGCAAAUAUGUUAUGUCAUCUCGUCGAGGACGCCAUUCUCUUUGUGUAAGAGACGUGAAAAAGGAGGACCAGGGAAAAUACAGUUUUGUUGUUGGUGACUUGAAGACAGCUGCCUCCUUGACGAUGAAAUUGCGACCUGUUACGUUGAUGCAAGGCCUAUCGGACCUUUCCGUCUGUGAAGGUGACAUCGUACAACUGGAAGUAAAGUUCUCCCAGGAAAAUGUUGAAGGCAUCUGGAUGAGAAGUGGCCAAGCCAUCUUGGCCACUGAUCGCAUUCACAUUGUCAUUGACAAGCUUGUUCACAAACUUCUUAUUGAAGAUGCCCAAAGGAGUGAUGCUGGGAUGUACUCUUUUUUUGUUCCUGCUCAGGACAUAACUUCUUCUGCAAAGCUUACUGUUCAGUCUAUUGGUAUCUUGACACCGCUUAAAGAUGUGACCUCAGUUGAAGGCACUAAAGCUGUGCUUGAGGCUAAAAUCUCUGCAGCAGAUAUCAGCUCAGUAAAAUGGUAUCAUAAUGACAAGCUGAUUGUGCCAAGCGAGAGGGUUCAGUUUGUUGCUAAAGGGUCGAAACAGCGAUUGGUCUUUAGCAGAACGUUUGCCUCAGAUGAAGGAUGCUAUAAGCUGGUUGUUGGCAAAGCUGAGACCAGCUGCAAUUUAACAAUUGAGAAAAUUGAGAUUUUGAAGCAAAUGGAGGACCAGAUGUGCACCGAAACCCAAAACGUCACUUUUGAAGUAGACUUGUCUCACUCUGGUAUUGAUGCUGUGUGGACCUUCAAAAAUCAGACUCUUAAAGCAGGAGCCAAGUACAAGAUGGAGGCCAAGGGCAAGCGCUAUACCUUGACUGUCAUAAACACAAUGAAGGAUGAAGAAGGGCUGUAUACCUUUGCAGCUGGUGAAAAGACAACAAGUGCAAGGCUAAGUGUAACAGGUGGUGCUGUUAAAAGACCUCUCCAAGAUGUGACUGUAGCGGAGUCCCAGACUGCUGAGUUGGAGUGUGAGGUUGCCAACCCCACUGCUGAGGGCAAAUGGCUGAAGGAUGGCCAUCCUGUAGAAUUCAGUGACAACAUCAGGAGUGAGGAAUUUGGAGCUGUUAGAAAGCUUGUGAUCAUCAUUACAAGACCUCAGGACAUUGGGGAAUACACUUACCAGGUUGCAAAUUCUACAACUACAGGCAACCUGAAAGUUGAAGCUGUGAAAGUAAAGAAGACACUGAAGAACCAGACUGUAACUGAGACCCAGGAGACAGUUUUCAGUCUUGAACUCACCCAUGAGAAUGUUAAGGGGUCACAGUGGAUUAAGAAUGGUGUAGAGAUCCGCCCCAGUGACAAAUAUGAGAUCAGAGUAGAUGGCAUGGUCCACAGCCUGAAGAUCAAGAACUGCACAACACAAGAUGAGUCUGUCUAUGGAUUCAAACUUGGAAGGCUCUCUGCAAAUGCAAGGCUUAAUGUUGAGACAAUUAAGAUUGUGAAGAAGCCAAAGGAUGUGACCUCUCUCGAGGAUAGUACAGCCUCCUUUGAGCUAAGUCUGUCUCAUGACAACAUUCCAGUGACAUGGAUGUUUAACAGUGUUGAGCUGAAGCCCAGUGAAAACUGUAAGAUUCUGUCUGAGAGAAAGGCUCACAAGCUGAUAAUUCAGAAUGUGAACAAACACAAUGCUGGAGAAUACACGGCCAUCAUUGGGCACUUGCAGUGCAGUGCCACUUUAUAUGUUGAAUCCUUACGGAUCACAAAAACCAUGAAGAAUAUUGAGGUCCCCGAAACCCAGGUGGCUAGCUUUGAAUGUGAAGUGUCACACUUCAAUGUCCCAUCCACUUGGCUGAAAAAUGGAGUGGAAAUUGAGAUGAGUGAGAAAUUCAGAAUUGUAGUACAGGGAAAACUUCACCAGCUCAAGAUAAUGAACACCAGCAGAGAAGAUUCAGCAGAAUACACUUUCAUCUGUGGAAAUGACAAAGUUUCUGCCACUCUAACAGUCAAUCCCAUUUUGAUCACGUCCAUGCUCAAAGACCUCAAUGCUCAGGAGAGGGACACAAUCACCUUUGAGGUGAAUGUAAACUAUGAAGGAAUAACUUAUAAAUGGUUGAAGAAUGGUGUAGAGAUCCGUUCCACAGAGAGAUGCCAUAUUCGUUCUAAACAACUUACUCACUCACUGACCAUACGGAAUGUACACUUUGGAGAUGUUGGAGAAUACCAGUUUGUUGCUGGAUCUGCAGCAACUUCAGCCAACCUAUAUGUUGACGCGCGUGUUAUUCAAAUUACAAAGCACAUCAAAGAUAUCAAAGUAAUAGAGAAGAAGAAGGCUGUUUUUGAAUGUGAAGUUUCUGAGCCAAAUAUCCAAGUGACAUGGAUGAAAGAUGGACAGGAGUUGGAAUUAUCUGACCGGUACAAGGUUUCUACUGAAAAAUACCUGCACAGGCUGAUGAUCCAGACUGUCCGUUUGUCUGAUGCUGGAGAGUACUGUGUGGUAGCUGGUUCUAGUACUUCUAAGGCUCAGCUCACUGUGGAGGGCCGUGAUGUCCGGAUCACAGAUCUUGUGGAGAAAGAGAUUACUGUUGUUGAAAAGCAGAGGGCAACAUUUGAGUUUGAAGUCAACGAAGAUGAAAUUGAAGGCCGUUGGCUGAGAAAUGGCAUUGAGAUUAAUUUUUCAGUUGAAGAGCGGUUCAACUAUGUAGCCAUCAGAAAAAUUCAUCGUUUAACCAUCUCUGAAACAUAUCGCAGUGAUGCUGGAGAGUACACAUUUAUUGCUGGCAGGAACAGAAGCAUGGUUACACUCCAUGUCAACAUACCUGAGCCACCACAGAUUAUUCAGCACAUGAAGCCCCAGUCUGUUGAGGCUGGCAAACCUGCCCGGUUCUCCGUAGUCGUGACAGGCGUUCCUCAGCCACAGGUGUUCUGGUACAAAAACUCCCAGAUCCUGUCUUCUGGGUUCAAGUGCAAGUUCUUACAAGAUGGGAAUGAGUACACACUACUUCUCGUUGAAGCCUUCCCUGAGGAUGCAGCAGUCUACAGCUGUGAGGCUAAAAAUGAAUCUGGUGAAGACACAAGCAGUGCCACUUUAGAUGUUAAAGUUCCUGAGAUGGUUUCUCCUGAUACCGGGACUCCUCUCUCUCCUCCUGUUGUCAUAUCUCCCAUUUGCAACACCUCUGCCAAAGAAGGCGAGUCUGCUCGCUUCCAGUGCUGUGUCUCUGGAAAAGACCUGGAGAUCACUUGGUACAGCAAAGACAAGGAGAUCAAGCAGUCCAGCACCAUAAGAAUGUCUCAGUUUGAUGAUAACUACCAGCUGGAACUUGCCAGAGUUUACUGUGUGGAUGCAGGAGAGUACACUUACGUGGCCAGAAAUUCUGCUGGAAUGGUGUCUUGCUCUGCAGUUUUGACCAUUGAUGGACAAACAGAGGAUAGCACAUCCAAGUUUCUGUAUUAUGAUUCAACAAAUCUUUCAACAAGUGCAGUAAAUGUAAAACAGAAGGCUAUUGGUCAAAAGCCCACUUUCAUUAAACCUAUCAUGAGUUGUACUGUGUCCCAUGGGGAAGUUGCAAGAUUCCAUGCUUGUGUGUUUGGAAUGCCAAAGCCAGACAUCAGCUGGUUUCAUAAUCAUGAGCUGAUGAAACCAACUAAAAAUGUUGUCUUUCAUUUUGAUGAAAUGACAAACAUUGCCACACUAAUUAUAGUAGAUGCUUUCUUUGAGCAUGCUGGACAGUACACUUGCAAAGCUACCAAUGCUGCUGGAGUGGCGGUUUGCACAGCAACCCUUGCUGUUACCAAAGAAGACAUGAAAACUGAGACAGAGUUGGAAACUGAGGAUGUGGAAGAUUUUUUGAAACUGACCAUCACAAAAGAAGAAGAAGAACAGGAAUAUCACAGUAGCAGCUUAGAGUUUACUGAAAAAACCAAAAUACUUGAACUCAAGCCAGAGUCCAAAAUCUUUUCUAGCACCUUAGCAAACAAAAAUGAAGGACCCGUUUUUGUUAGCCAGCUUUCAUCUGCACAUGCCAGUGUUGGAGAGAUGGUUAAAUUUACUGUCACAGUUUCUGGCAUCCCAAAACCUAAUAUUCAGUGGUUUCACAAUGGGAGGGCUAUUACAUCUUCAUCAGUUUACACAUUUGUUCAAGAGAAGGAUGAGUACAAUUUAAUUAUUUCACAGGUGAAGACUGAGUAUGAAGGCGAAUACUCUUGUACUGCCAGCAACAGGUCUGGUCAGGCAACUAGCAAAGCUUUUUUAUAUGUGGAAGUGAAAGAACUAGAACACUGUGUUGGGGAAAAAUUUGAAGUAACUGGACAACCCCCUCUUUUUUCUGUGCCUAUUAAAACAAUUUUGUGCACUGAAGGAAGUCAGGCUGAUUUUCAGUACAAACUAACUGGGAAUCCUUAUCCAGAGGUAAAAUGGUUCAGAGAAAGAUUCCAAAUUCAACCUAGCAAGCGCUUCAAACUACUGAGUAAUCCAGAUGGUUUUAGCUCCUUAAACAUUAAAGACCUGAAGGUGGAAGACAGUGGCAUCUAUACAUGCAGAGCGUCAAAUCCUUCUGGGGAGUCCUCCUGCAGUGCGGAACUGGUUGUUUUCCACAAGCUAGUGUCUCACCAGCACAAGGACAUGACUGUUACAAAGCAGCACAGUUACAAAGCCUCUAAAACUGAAGAAGCCACUGAAUCCCGUCUGUACAUGGUGCAUCUACCUGGAGAGGCCAGAGCUAGCCUUCAGUCUGGACAAAAGCUAGUGUACACUAUUGGUACUGAGAACCGGAGGACAAUAGCUAGUGAACAGGUGGACUCCUUGCGAGAGAUUGAUGUAUCUGUUGCAACUCUUCACAAAGAGCGGGUUACUCAACAAGCUGCAGUGCUGCAGUCAAAAAAUGUGGAAGAGGGAGUUACUGUGGCCCCUGCCCAGCCUCUUCCUUCUGCACUAGCCCCAAUACAACAGUUUCAUGCAACCUCAUUUGCCUCUGCAGUUCAGGAGUGCCAGGGUUUCAGAGAACAACACGUUGAUCACAUUGAGAGCCCUGAGGCCAUAGAGCUUCAGGUAACUUGGGAAAAACCCUCAAAGAUCAUGUCUGCUGUUGCUGAGGAAGUUACACCCUUGAGUAGUACAACAGAGAUUUUAAGUGAAGGGAAAACAAAGAAAAUGGAGUCAACUCCAGAGCCAAGACAUUGUGUUAGCAGUCAUCAUGAAGAAACCAGGCUUUAUAUUGUGGAUGAGGGUUCAGAGAUUAUUCCAAUGCCUGAGGUGGAAAAAAGCUACAAUGUCAAAGAAGGUGUUAAGAUACUGUAUUCUGCUACAUCUACAGAGAAACAGCAGUUUUCUGAAGCUCAUGUAACAGAGUUAUCCAUUUCAGAGUCUACCACUUCUUCAGCUAUUAAAGAGGAGUUAAAGCCUGCUCAAGCAUCCAUCACUGAAAAAAAAUAUUUUUUAUCUAAAGAGGAGACGUUUGAUGUGCAUAGGCUGAAAGAAGAGAAGGCCAUAAAAUGUAAGGAUACUAAUCUUAAGUCAUGUCUGACUACUGAAGAAAGACAGGAGCUCCAAGCUGAAAAAACUAAACAAAUACCUGAUUUAGAAAGUGCCGUGUGUCUCUCAUUUCAAGAGGAAGGGAAACAGGCCCUGCAUUUGCAAGUUAUACAAGAUCAGAAUGUACUACCGUCUGAGGGCAGAUUCAUUUGUAAAAAACCAGUGGCUGAAAAAACUGAUAUUAUAAAAAGCCCGCCUCUUUUGUACACAGUAACUAUGGAUGAACAGAAAUCUAUCUCAUAUGAAGAGUCGUCUAAGUUUUAUUCAGAGGAAAGAACUUUUUCUGUUCAGGCAAUAAAAGAGAAACCUGCCACAUUUCAUCUUCAGUCCAUUGAAGUAGAGUGUAUAUUACCUAAAGAGGACAUACUUAAAGCUGAAAAACCUGAGCAGCAAAUAGCAGUUGAGAAGCUGGAAAAAGUGCGCAAACAAGCAGUAACAGCUGAAGAAAAAAGGGAAUUGACAGCUGAUUUUUCAGAAGAUAUUGAUAGCUCAGUGAUAGGGGUUUACCCAGAGCAUAAAAAAGAACGAAAACCUCAAAAUAUCCUCCAGGUUAUUUCAGAACCAAUGCAGUUACCUAAGGAAAGUCCUUUCACCACUGAUGUGAAACAGCAACGUGCAUUAGUUCAGAAGGAGGAUCGCUGGAACAUUAUGCACUUAAUGACAACAGAGGACAAUAAAACUCUUGAAGAGGGACACACUGAUAUUCUAAGUGUUGUAGAGAAAUGUAAUUGUCAAGCUAAAUUUGAGUCAAAAAUCCCAACGGAGCUAGUUUACAUUGAGGAGAAGGCAAUCUCAACCGAAAGCAGCAUUGUUCUGGACGCAGCAGAACAAGAUUUUGCCACUCAAAUUCAGGAAGGACAGUCUGUAAGAAAAUCUAUAUUGAUGGAAGAGAAGCAAAUAAUAAUUGGUGAAAAAUCUCAAGAAUUACAAAAAUCAGAUACAAAUACAGUCUGUAUGAUAAUGCAGCCAAAACAAGCCUUAAAGGUGCAUGAGUCACAAGAAAGUCAGACACUACCAAAGGAACUUACUUUUAUUAUUCAGACACCAAAAUCAUUCAGCCUGGACAUCAAACAGCAGCUAAAGAAUGCACUGCAGUCUGCUGUAGCACAAGAACAGCCACUGCUACUAGCUGAAGUUGUUCAAAGUUUGGAUACUGUGGAAGUAAAGGAAGUUAAGAUAUGCAAAGAACCUAAAUAUACAACCUUUACGUACCUUGUCAUAACAAGCGGUGCACCUUUGGAAGUAACUAUCGCUUUUGAUGGCGAUUACCCUCAGACUGCUGAUUUAAAGAGUGAGCUUCAGGCAGCUUUUUGUUCUCUUAUCUAUCAGGAACAGCAUGUUAUGAGUUCAGAAAAGCCUGGAAUAAAGCAAAUAGAUAGGCCAGACAGGCUACAGGUAAGUGGAACAUCUUCCGAAGAAGUUCUACCCACUGUGGUGAAAGCUGUUACAUGUGCAGAAAAUGUUACAGAGUUUACGUCACCCAAAGUUCAGUUGGCCGCACUGAAGACUGAAUCUCAAGCUGCCUUUCAAAGUGUUAAAGUCUGGGACAAAACUACAAUACAAGAAUCACGGGAAAACGUAUCCACACUUACAGAGAGUAUUAAGGUAAUAAAGACCACUGCAGAAGAAUAUAAAGAAUCAGUGCAGAUGAAUAGGCAAGAACAGAAAACUGUGACAGUAAAAGGCCAGCAGAUAGAUGGUGGGGGAGCACAUUCAUAUUCUGACAUAUCUCCGGCACAAAUUCCGAUACACUUGUCUAGAGUUGACGUGCAAAAAGAAGGUGUUGAACAAUUUGCCAAAGAUUAUCCAGUUAUAGAAACAUUUCUGGAAGACAAAGCUGUGGAUGAGCAUAGUACAGUUACUUUCUCUGUAACAAUUAGAUGUGUUAAACAAGUCAAUUGGUUUUUUAAUGGAAAAUUGGCUAAGUCUGGCAAAGAGUUCAAGUGUUCCAAGGACCAUGAUACUUACACACUCGUAAUCAACAAGGUUAUCAAGGAGAAGCACGAAGGAGAAUAUGUCUGUGAGGCAGUGAACGAAGCUGGCAAGACUUCAACAUCGUCAAAGCUCACAGUUGUUUUAAGAGUGGCACCUGUUUUUAAGCACAAAAUCCAACCUUUGGAAGUCAGUGUUGGCAAUCGUGCCAAGUUUGAGUGUGAGAUAGAGGAAGCACCCAACGUGAAAUUCAAGUGGUAUAAGGCUGGCAUCGAGGUGAGAGAGAGUGAGAAGUGCAAGAUCUUCAGUCAUCACCUGACCACCUCGAUGGAACUUUUAAACCUAACCAAAGCUGACACUGGAGAAUAUACAUGUAAAGCUACAAAUCAACAUGGGAGUGACAGUUGUUCAGCUUUCCUGAAUGUGUCUGAAGUUUUCCCACCAGUUUUUACUACCAAGCCUGAACCAAUGACAUUAUAUGUGGGAAAACAAGCCAGCAUUCAGUGCGUAGUUACUGGCUCUACACCACUGAGUGUUGUGUGGCAAAAGGACAAUGUUUCCAUUUCUUCGGGAGAAAACUACCGUGCAUCUGUGGACAAGAACAGAUAUACACUUGAAAUUGUCAAACUUCAAGUUGCUGAUCAGGGCACUUACAUUUGCAAAGCAUCAAAUAUUGUUGGAACGGACAUGUGUUGCACAGAACUGAGUGUAAUUGACAAGCCCAGUUUUGUAAAAACCUUGACACCAAUGACAGUAGCUGUGGGCAACCCGCUACGCCUCGAGUGCCAGGUAGAUGAAGACACAGGAGUGGGUAUCACUUGGACCAGGGAUGGCAGGAAAUUGCAUAACUCUAUGGAUCUUAAACUUACAUUUGAGGACAAGAUUGUAGCUCUUGAGAUUCCACAUGCAAAGCUUAAAGACACAGGGACAUACACCUGUACAGCUGCAAAUGAUGCAGGAAGCAGUAGCUGCUCUUCGACAAUAACUGUCCAAGAACCCCCAACCUUCCUUAAGAGAUUGGAACCCAAGAUCCUGUGGAAACAGGGUGCUACGGCACGAAUGCAGUGCACUGUUAAGGGCUCACCUGAGCUCCAUGUCACCUGGUUUAUGAAUGACAAAGAGCUGACCACUGGAGAGAAGCACAAAAUCACAUUCAAAGAUGGUCAAGCCACCCUAGAAAUGUCUCAUCUUACUGUGGCUGACAGUGGACAUUAUACGUGUGAAGUGUUAAAUGAAGCUGGUUGUGAAAGCUGCAGUAGUUCUGUAACUGUAAAAGAACCUCCUUCUUUCAAAAAGGAAUUACAGACAGUAGAAGUAGUAAAGGGGACCACUGCUUUAUUUGAAUGUGAAGUAAGUGGCACAGCUCCAUUUGAAGUGAGCUGGUAUAAGAACAAGAAACCAAUUUCCUCUGAUAAAAAGUAUAAAAUUGUAUGUCAGGACAACAUAGCAACUUUGGAGGUUAAUUCAUUUGAAAGUGCAGAUAUCGGGGAUUACCAGUGCGUUGUAUCAAAUGAUGUUGGUAAAAUCUCCUGCAAGUCAACAGGCAGAUUAAAAGAGCCACCUUCAUUCUUCAAGAAAAUUGAAAACACUUCUGCCAUUUUGGGAAAUUCUGUUAGACUACAAGGAAGUCUAAAAGGUUCAGCCCCAAUCACUGUCAAAUGGCUAAAGGAUUCUGAAAUUCUGAGUGCUGAAGAUGAUGCCAAUGUAACAAUGACAUUUGAGAAUAAUGUUGCUGUUCUUGCUAUAAAAACGGUGAACGUAACACACAGUGGCAAAUAUACUUGCCAAGCUGAAAACGAGGCUGGGAAACAGCAAUGUGAAGCUACUUUGUCAGUUGAAGAACCUGCUCAAAUUGUGGAUAAAACACCAUCUGUUAGCGUGACUGCAGGUGAGCCGGUGACUUUAGAGUGCACGGUGUCAGGAAGCCCAGAACUCAAAGUGAAAUGGUUCCGAGAUGGCAAGGAGAUGACUGCAAGCCGGAAGUAUAAAAUGAUGUUUAAGGACAAUGUAGCAGUUUUGAAAAUUCUUGCAGCAGAAAAAGGAGACAGCUGUGAAUACACAGUAGAAGUGGCAAAUCGUGUUGGCAAAGAUCAGUGCUCGUGUUCUGUUACUGUGUUAGAUCGAAUCAUUCCGCCAUCAUUCACAAAAAAUCUUAAAAAAAUUGAUGGAAAUAUUGGCAUGAAUGUCAGUAUGGAGUGCAAAGUUUCUGGGUCUCAGCCCAUAACGAUUUCGUGGUACAAGGAUGAGAAAGAAAUAAAAGCCAGCGCGAAAUACCAGAUGGAUUUCAAAGAGAAUACAGCAGCUUUGGGAAUCUUUCAGUUAGAGAAGUCUGAUGCAGGACUGUAUACCUGUCGGGCAACAAAUACCGCAGGAUACAAAGAAACCAGUGGAACCAUGUCUGUGAAAGAACCUCCGGCUUUCAUCAUUAAACCUGAUUCCCAGGAUGUAAUCCCGGGAUCUACCGUGAUCCUAAAAAGUGCUUUUACCGGAACACCACCAUUUACUAUCAAAUGGUUCAAAGGGGAUGAGGAAAUGUCCACCGGAGGAACAUGUUUUGUCAAGAAAGAUGCAUCUUCAACUUUCAUGGAACUGCACUCGGUGAAACCCACUGAUUCAGAUAAUUACACUUGCCAAGUGGCCAAUGAUGCUGGGAAAGUGACUUGCACCGCUAUCUUGUUUGUGAAAGAACCGCCAAAGUUCGUAAUGAAGCUUGAGUCUUCCAAACUUGUAAAAAGUGGAAGUACGAUUAUCUUGGAAUGCAAAGUAACUGGCAGUCCCACAAUCAAAAUUAAGUGGUUCAAGAAUGAGACUGAAAUCACUUCUGAUGAUAAAUACCAAAUGACCUUCAGCAACUCGGUAGCUACUCUACAGAUUGUCAAGAGCGCUGUUGAUGACAGUGGCCACUACAUUUGUGAGGCAUCUAGUGAAGCCGGUUGUGACCGAUGUAACUGUGUAGUUACAGUCAAAGAACCACCAACAUUUUUGAAAGCCUUUGAAUCCAAAGAAGUUGUGAAAGGUUCUGAUGUUGUGUUGGAAGGAAAUAUCUCAGGUUCAUCUCCUUUUGAAGUUACCUGGUAUAGAGACAAUAAGAUAAUAAGAAAUGAUAAGAAACACAAGAUAAACAUAUUUGAAGACGCAGUUGCCCUCCAGAUUCUGAAAUGUGAAGUCGGAGAUGUUGGAAAUUAUCAGUGCAUAGUUACAAAUGAAGUAGGAGAGUCUUCUUGCGACUGUCAGGUGGCAUUGAAAGAACCCCCAAGUUUUGUGCAAAAAAUCGAGAACAUAAAUUCUGUUGUAGGCAGUGAAAUAACAAUGCAGUGCUCUUUGAAGGGAUCUUUGCCAAUUGCUAUUUUGUGGCUAAAAGAUGAUCGUGAGCUUAAAGAAGAUGAAAACAUAAAGUUUUUUUAUGAGGAUCAAACAGUACAGCUGCAUAUCACAAAUAUUCAACUAAAACAUGAAGGGAAGUACAUUUGCCAGGCAAAGAAUGAAGCUGGAAGUCAAAAAUGUUCUGCCUCGUUGAUUGUUAAAGAACCAGCUCACAUUACUGAAAAAGCAAAGUCUAUUAGUGUUACAGCUGGGGAUCCAGCCACACUGGAGUGCAGAUUUUCAGGAACUAAAGUUCUUAAAGCCAGGUGGCUUAAAGAUGGGAAGGAGUUGACAACUGGUCAAAAGUACAAGGUUCAUCACACAGAUAAGAAUUCAAUGUUAAAGAUUCUUUCUGCUGACAAGAGAGAUGGUGGAGAAUACAUUUUUGAGAUUUCCAAUGAUGUUGGUAGCAGCACUUGUGAAGCUACAGUCACAGUUUUAGAUCAAAUAAUCAAGCCAUCUUUCACAAGGAAACUGAAAUCAGUAGACAGCAUUAAAGGGUCAUUUGCCCAUCUGGAGUGCCUGAUCUCUGGUUCUCUCCCUAUAAAUGUAUGCUGGUACAAAGAUAAUAAGGAGAUAACAGCUGAUGACAAGCACAAAUGCACUUUCUUUGAAAACACAGCAUUUCUGGAGAUCAGCCGACUCGAUAGCUCAGACUCUGGCAGUUACACAUGCAUUGCCAAAAAUGAAGCUGGCAGUGACCAGUGCUCUGGCACGUUGUUUGUUAAAGAGCCCCCUAUUAUUUUAGAAAAGCCUAACUCUGCUGAUGUCUUGCCUGGAUCAAGAGUGCAAUUCAGUGUACUGUUUAGUGGUACUCCACCACUGACCAUUAAGUGGUUCAAAGACAGUAAGGAGAUUUUAUCCAGCUCCCAAUGUGCCAUUCAGAAGGAUAAUACCUCCAGUUUACUGGAGUUGUUCUUUACGAAGACAUCCGAUUCUGGAGAGUACUCGUGUGAAAUCUGCAACGAUGUUGGCUCUGAAUUUUGCCAAGCAGCGCUCUUUGUGAAAGAGCCUCCAAAAUUCACCAAGAAACCCGAGAGAAUAACGGUAACAAAAAUUGGACAAACUGUGAGAUUUGAAUGCCAGGUGGUUGGCACACCUGAAAUAGACAUCUACUGGUUUAAAGAUGGAAAUGAGAUCAGUCCCAGUGACAAGUUUAAAAUGUCAUAUGAGAACUCCUUGGUGAGCUUGGAGAUAUUGUGUACUGAAACUAAAGACAGUGGAGUAUAUUACUGUGAGGCACGCAAUGAAGCAGGUAGUGAAAGCUGCAGUAUGGAGCUGAAAGUGAAAGAGCCCCCUGCUUUUGUACAGGAAUUAACACCUCUCGAAGUCGUAAACGGCUCCGAUGCCUCUUUCAAAUGCCAAGUUACAGGCACGCCUCCGUUUGAGGUGUCUUGGCAAAAAGAUGCUAAAGAAAUCACACCUGACAAAAGGCACAUAGUUUUACAGAGCAAUGGUUUUGUCAGCUUUGCAAUACUGAAAUGCGAGGCAUUAGAUGUUGGUGACUAUCAGUGUACUGUCGCAAAUGAGGUGGGAAAAUGCUCUUGCGCAGCUGCGCUGCGCACGAAAGAACCGCCAUCAUUCGUGAAGAAGAUCCAGAAUGUUGCUGUUUUCUUGGGAAAAACGGCUGAAUUUCAGUGUGUUGUGGCGGGUUCACCUCCACUGACUGUGCAGUGGCAAAAAGAUGAAGACUGGCUUGUGGAAGAUGCUAAUAUUGAACAGAAGUUUGAGGACAAUACUGCCUCUCUAAGAAUUAUGGCUUGUGAGGCUAGCCAUAGUGGGAGAUACACUUGUCAGGUCACGAACGAGGCAGGGCUUGUGAAGAGCUUUGCGACCCUUGUGGUGCAAGAACCACCCCAGAUUACAGAAAAACCCGAGAUGAUAAAUGUGACAGCUGGCGAUCCUGUCAGUUUCGAAUGCAAAGUGUCUGGCACUCCAGAGCUCAAAGUCAGAUGGCUAAAAGAUGGAAAAGAGCUGACAUCCAGCAGACACUACAAACUCAGUUUUGAAAAUAAUAUCAGUAGUUUUAAAAUUCAGUCUGCGCAGACUGGUGAUGGUGGAGACUAUAUGUUUGAAGUUGCUAAUGCCUUUGGAGUGUGCCAUUGCAAAGUCACUUUAGUUGUACUAGAACAAAUCAUUGCUCCUUCCUUCCUCAAACCACUGAGGGAAAUGCAUGAAGUUUUGGGAUCUUUUGUGAAAAUCCAGUGCACAUUCUCUGGUUCUCUUCCAAUUUCUGUCGAAUGGCAGAAAGAUGGUAAUAUAAUUUCUGCUGGAACAAAGUAUAAACUUCUUCAAGAAGACAACUAUGUGUCCUUGGAUAUAGAGCACUUAGAGAAAGCUGAUGGCGGUGAAUAUGUUUGCAAAUUGACAAACAAAGCAGGAACUUGUGAAUGCAGGGGUUCGCUGAUAGUAAAAGAGCCACCAGGUUUUGCUUUAAAACUGGAACCUCAAGCCGUUCUUCCUAAUUCUACGGUGCGAUUUAAGAGUACUUUGAAAGGAACACCUCCAUUUACAGUGAAAUGGUUCAAAGAAGAGACAGAACUGAUUACUGGACCCUCAUGUUUUACUGGAUUGGAGGGGUCUUCAUGCUUUUUAGACCUUUAUACUGUCGGAGUGUCGCAAAGUGGGAUUUAUACUUGUCAAGUUAGCAACGAUGCUGGUACAGCAAGGUGUACUGCUGAAUUACUGGUGAAAGAACCUCCAGAAUUUGUACUGAAACUGCCACCCACUAAGUUUGUCAAACAAUAUGAGGCACUGCGUCUUGAAUGCAAAGUGAUUGGCACUCCCUUAAUUCGAAUAUUGUGGUACAAGAAUGAAAAUGUAAUUGCUGAAGGUGGAAACUACAAGAUGUCAUUUGUAGACUCAGUGGCAGUUCUCGAAAUUCCCAUCUCAAGAUUUGAAGAUGAUGGCAUCUAUACAUGUGAAGCUCAAAAUGAUGCUGGAAGCAUUAGCUGUAGCACAACACUCAUCGUGAAAGAUCCACCAUCUUUCAUCAAAGUACCCACAUCUGUGGAAGGCACACGAGGAAGAGAUGCAAGUCUUGACUGUGAGCUAAAAGGAACUCCACCUUUUGAGAUCACCUGGUACAAAGAUAAAAAGCCCGUCAAGGAGAGUAGAAAGUACAAGUUUGUUCUUGAGGGUUGCUCAGUUACUCUGCAUAUUCUCAGUUUGGAUGCCUCUGAUGUUGGUGAAUAUCAGUGCAGAGCAUUGAACAAUGUAGGAAGUGACACCUGCAGUAGCACAGUUAAACUUAGAGAGCCACCUGUGUUUGUGAAGAAAUUGUCCAAUCUGUCAGUCAUUUCUGGUGAAGAGGCAACAUUUAUUGCCACUGUCAAAGGCUCCCAACCAAUGACGGUGUCUUGGGUGCAAGACAAAGACCAUGUUCUGAGAGAUGGUGACAACAGAAAAAUUACCUUUGAAGAUAACCAAACCACCCUAAGAAUUUUUAAGGCUGAUGAAACCUGUGCCGGCAAAUACACAUGUCAAGUUAAAAAUGAUUCCGGAGUUGUGGAGUCUGUUGCUAAGUUAACUGUGCUAGAACCUGCAUCAAUUGUGGAUAGACCUGAGUCCUUCAGUGUCACAGCAGGAGACACAGCUGCAUUAGAAGUUACAGUAGCUGGGACACCAGAGCUUAAACCAAAAUGGUUUAAAGAUGGGGUAGAACUGUCCUCUGGCAAAAAGUACAAAAUUACCUUCUCAAAAAUGGUGUCUACUCUAAAGGUCCUUUCAGUAGAGAGUCUUGACUCUGGAGAGUACACAUUUGAAAUUAAAAAUGAAGUUGGGUGUGACCUCUGCAAAAUCUCUCUGACUGUCUUAGAUAAAAUCAUACCCCCAACAUUCAUACGGAAGUUGAAGGACUCUCAUCUGAUCGUGGGUAAGCCUGGCCAGAUGGACUGUAAAGUCUCAGGUUCACCGCCUUUCAUUAUUUCUUGGUACCAUGAUGGAGAAGAGAUAACAAGUGGACCAAACCAUGAAGUUGCCUUUUGUGACAACACUUGCACCUUGAAUAUGCCCAUUCUUAAACUCUCUGAUUCUGGGGUUUACACAUGUAAAGCUGUAAACACUGCUGGGGCCAGUGAGACAAGUGCUACUUUGUAUGUAAAAGAACCACCUUCUUUUGUUGAACGACCACAACCUUUGGAAGCACUGCCAGGCACAGAUGUUACCUUUUCAGCCAUUGUCAAAGGAAGUGCUCCACUUAAACUGAAAUGGUUCAGGGGUAGCAAAGAGAUUAUAUCUGGGCAAGGAUGUGAAAUUGCCCUUCAAGGAAAUAUUGCUACUCUUAAGCUGUUCAAGAUUGAUAAGUCCCAUGCAGGAGAGUAUACAUGUCAAGUAAUUAAUGAUGCUGGGAAGGAAAAUUGCCCUGUCAGUCUAUUUGUAAAAGAACCUGCACAUUUUGUAAAGAAGCUGAAGGACCUGGCUGUUGAAAUAGGAAAAUUGCUGUUUCUUGAAUGCACAUAUGCUGGAAGCCCAGAAAUACAAGUGAAAUGGUUUAAAGAUGGUCAUGAGCUCUAUUCCUCUUACAAAUAUAACAUCACAACCACUGAGAGCUCCUGCAUACUUGAGUGUCUCAACUGUGACAAAGAUGAUAGUGGGAAAUACUCCUGUGAAGUUUCCAAUGGAGCUGGAAGUGAUUCAUGUCACACUCAAGUGUCCAUUUUAGAACCACCAUACUUUAUUGAAAAUUUGGAACCAAUGGAUGUGACUGUUGGAGAUGCAGUUUGUCUGAAAUGCCAAAUAGGAGGAACACCUGAAAUUAAAGUUUCAUGGUUUAAGGUAGAUGGGAAAGUGCGGUCUUCUGCUGCCUGCAAAAUUGAGUUCAGCAGAGGGAUUGCCUGCCUGAAAUUAUCUAAAGUUUGCAAAAGUGAUAUUGGUGAAUAUACUUGUAAAGCUGAAAACCGCAUAGGAUCUGCAUCUUCAAGUUGUCGCUUAACAGUGCAAGAGGCUAAAACACCACCUUCUUUCCCCAAGAAAAUAAUGAGCCUUCAGCAGACUGAAGGACAGCCAGUUAGAUUUGAAUGCCGUGUUGCAGGGUCUUCUCCUAUGGAAGUUUCUUGGCUUAAAGAUGGUGAAUCUUUACAACACGGUGAUGAAUACUCAAUGUCUUUUGAUGAUAAUUCCGCUGUUUUAACCAUAUCCAGAGGUGAAAUGAGACACUCAGGGGAAUAUACGUGUGUAGCUACCAACAGUGUUGGAACAGCAUCUUGUAGAGCCAAACUCACACUACAAGAACCAAGAUAUCCCCCGGUCUUUGAUAAAAAGCUGCAGCCCGUGGAAGUUUUGGUUGGAGACAGUGUAGAUCUUGAAUGUCACAUGACUGGAUCUUUACCAAUAAAAGUAACUUGGUCAAAGGAUCAUAAAGAUAUUCGUGCAGCAGGAAACUAUAAAAUCUCCUGUCUGGAAAACUCUCCACAUCUCACUAUUUUGAAAGCAGAUAAAGCAGAUUCCGGCCAGUACUCUUGCCAUGCGAGUAACGAUAUCGGAAAGGACUCUUGCACCACUCAGGUUUCAGUAAAAGAGCGCAAAAUCCCCCCAUCCUUUACAAAAAAGCCUUCGGAAGUGAUGGUGGAUGUUGAGGGGAAGGUGGUGAAGCUAGAAGGGCGUGUUGCUGGAUCUCAACCUAUGAGCAUUAGCUGGUUUAGAGACAACUGUGAAAUCUACAGUUCUGACAAUGUGGAGAUCUCCUUCAGAAGCAAUGUAGCUGUACUGAGUAUAAAGAAGGCUCAGCUCUCGGAUAGUGGCACUUACACCUGCCAAGCAAGUAAUGAAGCCGGUAGUGCCUCUUAUCAGGUCUCUCUUUCUAUCACAGAGCAAAAGAUGCCCCCAAUGUUUGAUCGCCCACUCAAAGCAGUAUCAGUUAAUGAGGGUGAGAGUCUGCAUCUGAGCUGUCAGGUUCGGGGAUCUCCACCUCUGACGAUCCAGUGGAUGAAGGACAGGAAAGAGAUAACAUCAUCAGCUAAUAUGAGAAUUACCUUUGUCGAAGGCACUGCGACUUUGGAAAUCAGCGCUACUUCUAAAUCAGAUGGUGGUGACUAUCUGUGCAAGGUCACAAAUGAUGCCGGAAAUGAAUUCUCCAAGUCCAGGGUGACCAUCAAAGAAAAAGCAGGUGUCGCACCAGCAGCUGCUGAAGCCAUGCCAGCACUUGCAAAACCUGUCAAGAAAUUGGAAAACCUGUUCUUCGUUGAUGAACCUAAGAGUGUUAAAGUAACUGAAAAGGGCACAGCGACAUUCUUUGCUAAAGUUGGGGGUGACCCCAUUCCCAGUGUCAAAUGGAUGAAGGGCAAGUGGAGGCAGAUCACUCAUGGUGGUCGCAUCACUGUUGAACAGAAGGGACAGGAUUGUAAGCUAGAGAUCCGAGAGGUGACCAGAACAGACUCUGGCCAGUAUAGAUGUGUUGCACUGAACAAACAUGGAGAAAUUGAAUGCAGUACUGACUUAAAGGUAGAGGAAAAGAAAGAAGCGACUCUUCUUGAGGGGGAUUUACGAGCUAAACUGAAGAAGACACCUUCCAAACAGAAGAGUCCGAAAGAAGCCCAAGAAAUUGACAUUGUUGCUUUACUGAGGAACGUGGAUCCAAAAGAGUAUGAAAAAUAUGCUCGUAUGUAUGGAAUUACAGACUUCCGUGGCCUCCUUCAGGCUAUUGAAUGCAUAAAGAAAGAGAAGGAACAUGAAACUGGAAGUCCAGAAGUGGAAUAUGCAGACCGGGAGUCAAAUUUGGAUUUAGUAAAGUUAGUCUCUGACUUGCAAAGAAGAAUGGAACAGACUGAGCCUAUCACUCUGGUCAAGGACAUAACAGAUCAAACCACAGUAAAAGAUAAUCAGGCAGUGUUUGAGUGUGAGAUCAAGAUCAAUUACCCUGAGAUCACUCUCACUUGGUAUAAAGGGACCCAGAAGCUUGAGUCUAAUGACAAGUAUGAAAUCACAGUUGUAGGUGACCGUCACCUAUUAACAAUCAAAAACUGUCAAUCUGUUGAUCAAGGAAACUAUCGCAUUGUUUGUGGCCCACAUAUCUCCAGUGCUAGAUUAACAGUUAAUGAAGCUAAAGAGGAGGAACACAUGAGUCCUGUUACUGCCAACCAAAUCCAUUUCACCAAGCGUAUCCAGAACAUCGAGGUGAAUGAACGUCAGUCAGCCAUCUUUGAAUGUGAAGUCUCGUUCGACAGCGCCAUUGUUACAUGGUACAAAGGCACAUGGGAACUCAAAGAAAGUCUGAAAUACAGCUUUCGAAGUGAAGGUCGCCGUCACUUUAUGAUCAUUCACAAUGUUACAUCGGAGGAUGAAGGUGUCUAUUCAGUGAUUGCACGGUUGGAACCAAAUGGUGAAGCAAAGAGCACUGCCGAACUUUACCUUUCCAGCAAAGAAAUUAAUGCAGGAAAAUAUCCCACUGUUUUAGAUGUUCCUGAGUCAUCUAUACAAGUGCCUGGCAUGCCAUCAUCAAUCACUCCGAGAGCUAAGGUUGAAGACACUGUUGUAAGAGCUGACGUUGAAACAAGUGAUGAAGGACAAAUUAAAGUUCCUGAACCUGUUGCUCCGAGUUUACCAGAGGCCUCAACUGCCACAAAAGCUGCACUUCCAACUAAGGAUGAACCCGAACCAAAGCCUACACCAUCAAAGACAGCUGAGGCAUAUCCCUCUAGAGUUCCCAAGAAAGCUGAGCAGACUGCAACUACUCAAAAGUGGGAAGAGAUGUCUUAUGAGUUUGAGAUUUCUCACACAGAAGAAAGUUAUCUUCAAAAAGACACGUAUUACCAUGCAGAGCUCUGUUCUGAUCAAAAGGAGAUGCUUGGCACAGAAGAUACACCUGUUUUCAGAGAUAAGAUUAUUUCAAAGAUGGAAGAUGACUCUCAACACCUUAAACACAAAACACUGAAAAACGGGGACAAAAAGAAGGUGGAGCCUUCUAAGAAGAAAGACGUGCCUGGGAUGACUGAUGAAAGUCCUCAGAUCACCAUUUUCCAGAAGAAAAGUUCAUCAUUGGACGAGGCUUCCUUUGUUUUCCAAGGCUUUUUGAAGGACCCUCAUGAAGAUAUUGAGCCCAAUGUCCUGGUGCCUGAAAAGAAAGAACAAUCAGAGACCACUGCUCUUCCAGAAGAAGUUCCUGAUUCAGUGAAUCAAGUUGUUUGUCUGAAAGUGCCAAAAGUUGGAAAGAAAGUUACACCAGAGCCAACCAAAAAUGCUCAUGUUCUUCUUCAAGAGAAAGCCUCUCCACCAGAAGAUAAACCAAAUGAAGUCACAUCAUCUUUUAAACCAAAAGGUAAAAUUUCUACAGUGGAGGAAACUUUUGAGAUGUCGUCACUGAAGAAAGCUACCAUGCUAUCAAAAGGGAUGGAAGAAGAAGAACCUGCAAAAUUAAAAACAAUGUCCAAAUUUCUGACCGAUGAAAUGUUAAGAGUACCAGAAACAACUCUUCAGAAAGCUAGGAAGACUCCAAGUCAUGAAAAAGAAGAAAAGAUGACCUCUAGUACUGUAACACAAGAAGUGGAAGGUAUUAAUGAAGCUGCCAAAGUUCCUAAAGAGGAAAUACCACAGGAACCAAGUUUUACUUUUGAACUAUCAAAAGUUCCAACAAAGCAUGUGGAACAAGAAGCAGUGACCUUAAUACCAUUUGAAAAACUUGCUAAAACAGAGGAGGUGUUGGACAAAGAGAUUAAACAUGAUGAGGAAAUCAGACCCUUGGUUUUCAAACCAAGUGACAGACCACAAAAAGAUGAAUCUGUUAAAGGUAUGUCCCUUAAGGUUGACAGAAAUCUGAAAGAUGAAAAAGUACAAGAGAGCAUUGUUUUAAAACCUGUUGAUAAAAAACUCAUAGCUGAGAAACCCCAGGAACUAGGCAAACCAUUGCCAAAAGUAAAAAGAGUCACAACUCAUGAACAGAAAAAGGAAAAAGUUGAGCUGAAGCCAUUUUCAAAAACCCCUGAACUUGAAGUAUCAACACUUCCAACAAAGCAGGUAGAACAAAAAGCAAUUACCUUAACAACAUUUGAAAAUCCUGCUAAAACAGAAGUAGAGUUGGACUAUGAAAAUAAACAUGAUGAAGAAAUCAAAUCACUGGUUUUCAAACCAAGUGACAAACCACAAAAAGUUGAAUCAGAUAAAGGUAUUCCCCUUAAGGCUGACAGAAAUCUGAAAGUUGAAAAAGAACAAGAGAGCAUUGUCUUGAAACCUGUUGUUAAAAAACUCAUAGGUGAGAAACCCCGAGAACCAGGCAAACCAUUAUCAAAAGUAAAAAGAGUUCCAGCACAUAAACAAGAAAAGGAAAAAGUCGAGCUGAAGCCGUUUUCAAAAGCUCCUGAACUUGAAGUAUCAAAACUUCCAACAAAGCAGGUAGAACAAGAAGCAGUGACUUUAAUACCAUUGGAGAAACUUGCCAAAACAGAAGAAGUGUUGGAAAAAGAGAUUAAACAUGUUGAGGAAAUCAAACCCUUGGUUUUCAAACCAAGUGACAGGCCUCAGGAAGAUAAAUCAAUUAAAGAAAGUUUUUCCCUGAAGGCUGACAAAAAUCUGAAAGAUGAAAAAGAGCAAGAGAGCAUUGUCUUGAAACCUGUUGAUAAAAAACUCAUAGGUGAUAAACCCCAGGAGCCAGGCAAACCAUUACCAAAAGUAAAAAGAAUUCCAACACAUGAACAGGAAAAGGAAAAAGUCGAGCUGAAGCCGUUUUCAAAAGCUCCUAAACUUGAAGUAUCAACACUUCCAACAAGGCAGGUGGAUCAAGAAGCAGUAACCUUAAUACCAUUUGAAAAACUUGCUAAAACAGAAGAAGAGUUGGACAAAGAUAUUAAAUGUGAUGAGGAAAUCAGACCCUUGGUUUUCAAACCAAGUGACAGGCCACAGGAAGAUGAAUCAAUUAAAGAAAGUAUUUCCCUGAAGGCUGACAGAAAUCUAAAAGAUGAAAAAGGACAAAAGGACGAUGUCCUGAAACCUGUUGAUAAAAAAUUUAUAGGUGAGAAAUCCCAGGAACCUGUCAAACCACUUUCAAAAGUGAAAAGAUUUCCAACACAUGAACAGGAAAUGGAAAAAGCUGAGCUGAAACCAUUUGCAAUAGCUCCUGAACUUGAAUUAACAACACAAAAAAUAACUUCACUGUCAUACAGAAAGGACUCAACACUCAAAAAACCAGAAAAAGAUGCAAAGAAAGAAAAAGUAAAAGAUCUUAGCACUUUACCAAAGGGUGCUGAAAUACCUGCAGUACCAGAAAAAGAGACUGAAAAGACUACAAAAACCAUAACACCACAUGAAAAGGAAGAGAAGGUAGUUACUCCUAAGGAAAUGCCCUUAAAAAGAGAGAAAGGGAGUCUAAAAGAAGAUGAAACGUCAAUGCCAAUAAAAAGAACAGCCCAUUUGCCAAAGGAAAGUGAUGAAAACGACAGAAAGAAAGAAAUACCACAAAAGCAUAUUGAGAUAUCUACACCAGAGCUACAGUUAAAAAAGACUUCUUCCUCAAAGACUGAUAUACUAAUUCCAAAAGACAUUGAAUUGUGUUCUGUAGAGAGCAAGCCUAGUAUUCAAGACACUAAAGUACUACCAAAAAAAUUAUCUCCUAAAGACUCAAUUGAGACAGUUACCCUUAAAAAGGUACCAAGGAAACAAACACCCCCUGACAAAAAAACUAGUGAAGAGGCUCCAGUGACAGCGGGGAAAGGAAUAAUACCAGCUAUGAAAGAAAUGUCACCUGAAUCUAUACAGUUCAGACAAGUUCCAACCCAGAAUAAGGGUGAUGUGUUGGAAGAAGGAUCAGAGAUAGAGGCAGAAAGUGAAGAAGACACUUUAGGUUCAGAGCUAACUCCUCUUGAGAGUUAUGUAUCUUCUGAAGAUUGGGAAGAAACAGCCUCAGAGGAAGGGGCUCUUGAGACUCCAGGAAUGAAGGGUGAAAAACGAGCAAAAAAGACACCUUCACCUGGAGAUGGCGAAAAGAAGAAGAAAUUGAAACCUGGUGCUGGAGGUGACAAACCACCAGGGGAUGCACCAUUUGGAUUCCAGCUUAAAGCUGUCCCUUUGAAAUUUGUAAAGGAGUUGAAAGACAUUGUGCUACAAGAAGCUGAGUCUAUUGGCUCUUCAGCAGUCUUUGAGUGUCAGAUUUCUCCUUCUACCGCUAUCACCUCAUGGAUGAAGGAUGGAAGCAACUUGAGGGAGAGUCCUAAAUACAAAUUUACUUCAGAUGGAAAGGAUCGUAAACUAGCAAUUGUUGAUGUGCAGCUAUCUGACACUGGGGAGUAUACUUGUGUUGCCAAGCUUGGCAAUAAAGAGAAGACCUCAACUGCCAAGCUUGUUGUUGAAGAACUGCCUGUUAGAUUUACAAAGAACUUGGAGGAGGAGAUUUCUGUCAUUAAGGGACAGCCAUUGUAUUUGACCUGUGAGCUGAACAAAGAAAGAGAUGUUGUCUGGAAGAAAAAUGGCAUACCUAUUCAGCGAACACCUGGGAAGCUGGCUAUCAAUGUCAUUGGACUUCAGCAUGCUGUGACCAUCCAGAACACCACUGAUGAUGAUGCUGGUGUUUAUUCAUGCGAGUGUGAAAAUAUCAAGACUGAAGAGAAUGUUAAAGUUGUUGAAAUCAUCAGAGACUGGUUAAUGAAACCACUAAGAGACCAGCAUGUGAAACCCAAGGCCACUGCCACCUUCAAAUGUGAACUGUUCAAGGACACUCCAAACUGGAAGUGGUUCAAAGGAGAUGAAGAGAUUCCUAGUGAGCCCACCGAUAAGACUGAAGUAAGCAAGGAUGACAGAAUCAUCACACUAAAUGUCAAGAAUGCAUCUCCUGAUGAUGUUGGGGAAUAUGCAAUGGAGGUUGAAGGCCGGAGAUAUCCAGCUAAGCUAACUCUUGGAGAGCGUGAAGCUGAGAUUUUGAAACCUCUCACAAGUGUGGAGGUCUAUGAAAAAGAGACUGCUAACUUCGAAACUGAAAUUUCUGAGGAAGACAUUCCAGGAGAAUGGAAACUGAAAGGUCAAAUUUUGACAAGAUCACCCACUUGUGAUAUCAGGUCAGAAGGACGUAAAAGAUUUCUUACGCUAAAAAAUCUGGAAGUUGAACAAUCUGGUGAAAUCUCUUAUCAAGCUCUGAACGCCCUAACGACUGCAAUGCUCACAGUCAAAGAAAUUGAAAUGGACUUUACUGUGCCACUUAAGGAUGUAUCUGUGCCUGAAAAGAAACAGGCCCUGUUUGAAUGUACUAUUACAAGAGAUGUGCCCAAGGUGAUGUGGUUAAAAGGAUCAGACAUCAUAACAUCAGGCACAAAAUAUGAUAUAAUUGAUAAUGGAAAGAAACAUAUAUUACUUAUCAACGAAUGUGAAUUUGAUGAUGAGGAUCAAUACACUAUUGAAGUUCUGGACAAAAAAUCAACAGCCCGACUCACUGUAGAAGGUAUGAGACUCAAGUUGACCACACCCUUAAAUGAUCAAAUUGUGAAGGAGGGUAAAACAGCUCGGUUUGAACUUGAGCUCAGUCAUGAAAAUGUACCAGUGACAUGGUACAAAAAUGAAAUGAAGCUGCACCCAAGCAGAACUGUGGUUUCCUAUGUAGAUGGAAAAAAACAUGUUUUAGAAAUCAAAGAAGUCACUUUAGACGACACCUGCCAGAUUAAAGCUGAGGCUAAAGGAAUAUCCACAAUGGCUAACCUGACGGUGAUAGAGGCUGAUCCGUACUUUACUGUUAAAUUACAAGAUUAUACUGCAGUCGAGAAAGAUGAGGUUAUCCUUGACUGUGAACUAAGCAAAGAUGUUCCUGUGAAAUGGUACCAUAAUGAGACAGAAGUCACAGCCUCUAAGAUGGUCAGUAUGAAGGCUGAUGGCAAACGGAGGAUCCUUUCAAUCAAGAGAGUAGACAACAAAGACAAGGGAACAUAUGUUUGUGACUGUGGAACAGACAAGACAGUGGCAGAGGUUAAUAUUAAAGCUCGUGACAUUAAAGUGGUUCGUCCCCUGUAUGGUGUGGAGCUCUUUGAUGGAGAGACUGCACGUUUUGAGGUGGAGAUCUCUGAAGAUGAUGUGCACGUCCAGUGGAUACUGAAUGGAGAAGUCCUAUCACCAUCUCCUAAUGUUGAAAUUAUAGAAGAUGGUGCUAAGCACAUCUUGACAUUGUACAACUGCAAAGUCCCUCAGUCAGGAGAAGUGGAAUUCCAGGCUGCUAAUGCCAUGUGCAGAGCUACUCUGAAAGUGAAAGAGCUUCCACUUACGUUCAUCACUCCCCUGGGUGAUGUGCAAGUAUUUGAAAAGGAUGAAGCAAGAUUUGAGUGUGAAGUAUCUAGAGAUAUUAAGGACUUCCAUUGGCUGAAAGAAUCUCAGGAACUGAGAGCUGAUGAGAAAUUUGAGGUUCUCAAUGAAGGUAAAAAACAUGUUCUUGUGGUCAAAUCUGCUGCCUAUGAGGAUGAAGCUAAAUACACGUUUGAAGCAGAAAAUAAGAGGUCCAGUGGCAAACUAAUCAUCAAAGGAAUUCGACUUGAAUUUAUCAAACCUAUCAAAGAUGUAACAGUGAAAGAAAGGGAAACUGCAGAAUUCAGUAUUGAACUGUCUCAUGAAAAAGUAUCUGUGACUUGGUACAAGAAUGAUGUUCGACUUCACCCUAGCAAAGUUAUCCGCAUGUCAGAGGAUGGGAAGAUUCAUAUACUUACCUUCAAAGAAGUUUCCCUUGAUGAUACAUCCGUCAUUAAGGCUGAAGCACUCGGAAAAAGUACUGAGGCUAUGCUCACUGUCCUCGAGGGAGACCCUUACUUCAUCACCCAAUUACAGGACUGCACUGCAGUAGAAAAGGACGAAGUGGUGCUCAUUUGUGAAGUGAACAAAGCUGCUGCUGAAGUCAAAUGGUUCAAGGAUGGCAAGGAGAUCACUCCCUCCAAAAAUGUGCUUGUGAAAUCAGAUGGAAACAGACGCAUUUUAACUGUGAAGAAGGCAGAGAAGGGAAACAGUGGGGAAUAUACAUGUGACUGUGGUUCUGAUAAGACUGCUGCUAAAUUAAAUAUUGAGGAACGUGACAUUAAAAUCAUCCGCCCCCUGUAUAGUGUGGAGGUGAUAGAGACAGAGUCUGCUCGCUUUGAGACAGAGAUCUCUGAACAGGAUGUCCAUGGUAACUGGAAACUCAAUGGAGAAGCACUUCACCAGUCUCCUGACUGUGAGAUUAAAGAAGAGGGCACCAAGCACAUUCUUAUCCUGCACAAUGUGUUCAUGAACCAGGCUGGUCGUAUAGAGUUUCAGGCUGCUAAUGCUAAAUCCAGUGCUCAACUUAGAGUCAAAGCUCGUGUCAUUGGUGUGGUACGGCCACUCAGGGAUGUUACUGUUACUGUUGGGGAGACUGCCACAUUUGAGUGCGAAUUAAAUUAUGAAGGAAUCGUUGUGGAUUGGUUUCUCAAGGGCACAAAGCUGGUUCCAAGUGACAGAGUUGUCUCACGUGCUGAUGGCAAAGUUCACACCCUAUCGAUCAGAGAUAUAAAACUUGAUGAGGCUGGGCAAAUCAAACUGACCACCGAAGACUUCCUCACUCAUGCCAAGCUCAUUGUUAAUGAACCACCAGCUGAAUUCACCAAGCCUCUGGAAGACCAAACUGUUGAGGAGGAGGCUACUGUGACCUUGGAGUGUGAAGUGUCCAGUGAAAAAGCUGAGGUGAAAUGGUUCAGAGAUGGACAAGAAAUCCGCAAAACUAAGAAGUAUAAUAUUGUUGCUGAUGGACGGAAGAGAAAGCUCAUAAUUCAAGGCUGUACUCUUGAUGAUUCUAAAACUUACACUUGUGAUGCCAAAGAUUGCAAGACAUCUGCCUUCCUGAACGUUGAGCCGCUGCGUGUUGAAUUCACCAAGCCACUCCAUGAUGUUGAAGUCAAAGAGAAGGAUUCGGCCAGAUUUGAAUGUGAAGUUUCUCGUGAGAAUGCAAAGGUUCAAUGGUUCAAAGACGGCAGUGAAAUUAGAAAAGGCAAAAAAUAUGACAUUAUUGCCAAGGGGGUUCAGCGCAUUCUUAUUAUCAACAAAUCAGUCUUUGAAGACGAAGCUGAAUAUGAAUGUGAUGCCAGAACUGCAAAAACCUCUGGAAUGCUUACUGUUAUUGAGGAAGAGGCUGUGUUUACAAAGAAUCUGUCCAAUACUGAGGGUACCGAAACUGACAGUAUUAAGAUGAUCUGUGAGGUGUCAAAGCCCAGUGCAGAAGUGAGAUGGUUCAAAGGUGACCAAGAGCUGCCUGAGGGGGGUAGAUUUGAACAGAUUCAAGAUGGCAGAAAGAGGAUACUUAUUAUCCGGGACCUUCGUAUGGAUGACGUUGGAGAGUACAAUUGCCGAUUACCAAGUUCACAAACCUCAGCGACACUGAGGAUUAAUGAACUGCCAGCGGAAUUCAUUACUAGGCCUCAGAGCCAAGAAGUGGUUGAAGGAGAAAAGGCGGAGUUUGUUUGUUCAGUUUCUAAGGACACUUAUGAAGUCAAAUGGUUCAAGGAUGACAAGGAGCUUGAAGUUGGAGACAAAUAUGAUAUAGUUUUUGAUGGCAAGAGAAGAGCACUUAUUGUUAAGGAUUGUUUGCUAAAAGAUGAGGGUCCCUAUGUUGCCGACAUUGGCUCUUCAAGAGCUACUGCAGAUCUGAUUGUGAUUGAAAAGCUUAGGAUACUCACACCUUUAAAAGACAUAAACAUAACAGAAGGGCAGGAUAUUGUCUUCAACUGUGAGGUGAAUACUGAGGGUGCUAAAGCAAAGUGGCUGAAAAACAAUGAGACAAUGUUUGAGACUGGCAAGUUUGUUAUGACCCAGAAAGAUAAUGUGUUUUCUCUGAGAAUCAAAGACACUCAGAAGUCAGAUGAAGCUAAUUACACCAUCACCCUGACAAAUCAACGUGGUGAAUAUGUCCAGAGCUCUGCCAACCUCAUUGUACAAGAGGAUGAACUUAGGAUAACUGAGCCCCUUGAAGACUGUGAGAGUCAAGAAAAGAGGACAAUCACCUUUUCUUGCAAAGUUAACAAACCAAAUGUUGCAGUAAAAUGGAUGAAAGGAGGUCAAGAGAUCACCUUCGACAAACGUAUUUUGUACAAAGUGGACAAAACCAAACACACUUUGACUAUUAAGGACUGCAGCCUGGCAGAUGAGGCAGAGUACUCGGUUAUUAUUGGUUCUGAAAAAUCCACAGCUGAACUAAUCAUAAGUGAAGCCCCAACUGACUUCAUCACAUAUCUCAGAGACCAGACUGUCACUGAGUUUGAAGAUGCUGAAUUCAGCUGCAAACUUUCCAAAGAGAAAGCAGAAGUCAGAUGGUACAAGGAUGGUCGAGAAAUUAAAGAAGGUCCUAGGUAUCACUUGGAAAAAGAGGGCAAGAUAUGCAGACUGUAUAUCAAAGAAUGCAGACCAGAUGAUGAGUGUGAAUAUGCCUGUGGUGUUGACGAUAGGCGCUCAAGAGCAAGACUCUUCGUUGAAGAGAUGCCAGUUGAGAUAAUCAGACCUCCUGCUAAUGUGUUUGAACCCCCUGGUUCAGAUGUUGUGUUUGAGGUUGAACUCAACAAAGACAGAGUUGAUGUAAAAUGGCUGAGAAAUAAUAUGGUAAUUGUCCAGGGAGACAAAUAUCAGAUGAUGAGUGAGGGUAAGGUUCACAGGCUUCAGGUCUGUGAGAUAAGGCCUCGGGAUCAGGGAGAGUACAGAGUCAUUGCCAAAGACAAGGAUGCUAGGGCCAAGCUGGAAUUAGCAGCUGCACCAAAGAUCAAGACUACAGAUCAAAAUCUCGUGACUGAUGCUGGAAAGCCUUUAGUCAUGACUGUUCCCUAUGAUGCUUACCCCCGUGCUGAGGCUGAAUGGUUUUAUGAUGACAUUCUCUUACCUGGACAGAACAUAGAUACAUCCAAUGACCGGACAGAAUACAGAUUGAAAGACCCAAAAAAAUCUGAUCAGGGUCGAUACAAGAUUGUCCUUCAGAACAAAUACGGAAUGGGACAGGCAAUUAUUAAUCUGGAUGUUAUUGACGUUCCUGGACCUGUAAAGAACCUAAAAGUUGUUGACACUGCUGAUGGUGAGGUCACCCUUGCCUGGGAUGAGCCUGAAAGUGAUGGUGGAAGUAAAUUAAUUGCCUAUGUGGUGGAAAGGCGAGAUAUCAAGCGAAAAACCUGGACUACAAUUACAAACCAUGCUGACAGUCCUGAGUACUGUGUGACUGACCUAAAGAGGGACUCUAUGUACCUUUUUCGUGUCUGUGCCCGUAAUAGAGUCGGAAGUGGACCUAGCGUGGAGACAGACGAAGCUGUCCAAGCAAAGAAUAUGUUUGACGUUCCUGAGGCACCACGGAAUGUCAUGGUUGGAAACAUAAAUAAAUUUGGUGCCACUAUAUCCUGGGAGCCUCCCGAGUAUGAUGGAGGAUCAGAAAUUACAGCUUACAUUAUUGAACUUCGUGACAGGACCUCUGUUAGAUGGGAACCAGCUCUUGUUACUAAACCAGAGGAUCGAAAAGCUGUAGUCAAUGAUGUUGUGGAGAACAAGGAGUAUAUCUUCCGCGUAAGAGCUGAAAAUAAGGCUGGAAUUGGCAAGCCAAGUGUUGCUACUGAUCCAGUGAAGAUCAUGGAUCCCACUGAAAGACCAAGUCCACCACUGAACUUUGACUACUCUGAUCAGACAAAGACCUCUGUCCUGCUGACAUGGGACACACCCUUGAGCAAUGGAGGUAGUCCAAUCACUGGCUACAUUAUUGAAAAGUGUGAGGAUGGAACCGACAAGUGGCUCAGAUGUAACGCCAGGCUUUGCCAGGACUUAUGCUACCAGGUAACUGGCCUAAAACAUGAGCAGAAAUACAAUUACAGAGUAUCAGCUGAAAAUGCAGCUGGUGUUUCAGACCCAGCUGAACAGAUUGGACCUCUCACAGCAGAUGAUCCACAUGUUGCCCCUACUAUGGACCUCAGUGCAUUCAGGGAUGGGCUGGAGGUGAUCGUUCCUCACCCUCUUACUAUCCACAUACCAAUCACCGGAUACCCCCUGCCUACUGCACACUGGAGUGUUGCAGACAAGGCAUUGGCUGCUGGAGAUACAGUCUCCAUGGUUACUAAAAACACCUUCACCAAGUUAGUCAUUACUCCCAGUGUCCGCCCAGACAAGGGUAUCUACACUAUACACCUUGAGAAUGAUGUAUCCACCAUAUCAGGAGAAAUUGAUGUCAACGUCAUUGCACCCCCAAGUGUACCCAGAGAUUUCAAGGUAGCAGAGGUGACUAGGCAUCAUGUGCAUUUAAUGUGGGAAGCACCACAGGAUGAUGGUGGAAGCCCUGUGAUUGGAUACCAAAUUGAAAAGCGUGAGGCAUCUCGCAAGACAUGGGUUAAGGUCAUUACUGGUGUAGAGCAGCUUGAAUAUACAGUCACAGAUGUCAUUGAAGGAAGGGAAUAUCUGUUUAGAGUUACUGCCUGCAACAAGUGUGGUCCUGGAGAGCCAGCAUACAUCGAGGAACCAGUGAAUGUGUCAUCCCCAGCCACUGUGCCAGACCCACCAGAGAAUUUGAAGUGGAGAGACAAAUCUGCAAAUGGAAUCUUCCUCUCAUGGGACCCCCCAAAGUGUGACGGUGGCUCUGUAAUCAAGGGUUACAUUGUUGACAAGUGCCAGCGUGGCACUGACAAAUGGGAGCCCUGUGGUGAUCCUGUGCAUGAGCCAAAAUUCCAGGUGACUGGCCUCACUGAGGGACAGUGGUACUCAUAUCGUGUCAGAGCAUUGAACAGACUUGGUGCUAGCAAACCUUCCAAGGUUACAGAUGAAAUCCUUGCUGUGGAUCCUAUUGAACCUCCUGAGAUUAUGCUCGAUGUGAAGUUGCUUGCUGGAUUGACUGCCAAGGCUGGAACCAAGAUUGAGCUUCCUGCAGAUGUUCUUGGAAAACCAGAACCAAAAGUCACCUGGACCAAAGCUGACCUUGUUUUAAAAGCAGAUGACAGAGUGUCAAUUGAGACCAAGCCUGGUCAUUCUACAGUGUCUAUAGCCAAAACGAAAAGAGAAGACACGGCCACGUACAUCAUUGAGGCUGUGAAUGUUGCUGGCCGUGCUACAGCAACUGUUGAUGUUAACAUUCUCGACAAACCUGGUCCUCCUGCUGCUUUUGACAUUACUGAAAUCACCAACGAGUCCUGCCUGUUAGCUUGGAAUCCUCCUAGAGAUGACGGUGGCUCAAGAAUUACUAACUACAUUGUAGAAAGGAAGACUUCAGGCAGUGAGGAUUGGUGCAAGCUGUCCUCCACAGUGAAACAGACUAGCUUCAAGGCCUGCAGUCUGGUGGCACUGAAGGAAUAUGUAUUCAGAGUGUUUGCAGAGAAUCAGUAUGGAAUUGGCCCCCCAAUAGAGCAUGUUCCCAUUAUUGCCAAAUACUCCUUUGAUUCACCAAGUGCUCCAAGUAGACCUAUGCCAUCUGAUAUUGCAAAGGACUCUUUGACCCUGACAUGGUAUGAACCUGAUGAUGAUGGUGGGAGUCCUAUCACUGGAUACUGGGUUGAACGUUUUGAUCCAGAAAACGACAAAUGGAUAAAAUGCAACAAGAUACCAAUCCAGGACACAACUUUCAGAGUUAAAGGACUUGCCACAAAAAAGAAGUACAAGUUUCGAGUCUUGGCGGAGAAUCGUGCAGGACUUGGAAAACCAAGUGAAGAUACUGGGCAGGUUUUGGUGAAGGACCCAAUUGAUCCUCCAUGGCCUCCUGGUAAACCUGUUAUCAAAGAUGUUGCAAAGACAUCUGUUUUGCUUAAGUGGACCAAACCUGAGCAUGAUGGCGGGGCCAAGAUACAUUCUUAUGUAAUUGAACUGCUUAAAACUGGAACUGAGGAAUGGGUUUGUGUGGCCGAAGAUGUCCCCAUGACUGAACACUUUUUGAAGGGUCUGAUGGAGAGGCAAGAGUACUCUUUUAGAAUAAGGGCUGUGAACAUUGCUGGAGAGAGUGAACCAAGUGACCCCAGUGACCCUAUCAUCUGCAAGGAAAGCCUUUAUCCUCCUUCACCACCACGCUGGCUUGAAGUCGUAAACAUCACCAAAAUAAACGCAGAGCUAAAGUGGACAUUUCCAGAGAAGGAUGGUGGCUCCCCUAUUACAAACUACAUUGUGGAGAAGAGAGACGUUAGACGAAAGGCCUGGCAGACAGCGGACACCACAGUAAAAGAAACCAAGUAUACUGUAACUCCACUAAAUGAAGGCUCUUUAUAUGUGUUCCGUGUGGCAGCUGAGAAUGCUGUUGGUCAGAGUGAUUUCUGUGAACUGGAGGACUCUGUUCUGGCCAAGGAUACUUUUACUACCCCAGGACCACCUUAUGCAUUAACUGUAGUAGCUGUAAAAAAGAGACAUGUUGACCUGAAGUGGGAAGCUCCUAAGAAUGAUGGUGGUAGACCUAUCACAAAAUAUGUCAUUGAGAAGAAGGAUAAGCUUGGAACUCGUUGGGUUAAAGUUGGAAAGACUCAAGGACCUGAAUGCACUUACCAAGUCACAGAUGUUAUUGAAGGAAGUGAGGUGCAGUUUCAAGUACGUGCUGAGAAUGAAGCUGGUGUUGGACCCCCAAGUGAACCUACAGACGUACUUACAAUUGAGGAUCCAACAAGCCCACCAUCCCCUCCUCGGGAGCUGCAUGUCACUGAUACCAGCAGAGAUCACAUUUCUGUCACCUGGAAUCCACCAGAGAAAAAUGGUGGGAGUCCAAUCCUUGGCUAUCACAUUGAGCUUUGUGAAGCUGGAACUGAGAAAUGGAUGCGAGUCAACCCACGUCUCAUUAAAGAACUAAAAUUCAAGGCAGAAGAAGGAAUCAUUCCAGAAAAACAGUACACGUUAAGAGUCCGAGCAGUGAAUGCUAUUGGGGUCAGUGACCCAUCUGAGGUUUCAGAAAACAUUUCUGCCAAAGAUCCAGACUGUGCCCCUACCUUAGAUCUGCUGACCCAAGAUAUUGUAGUUAUAGAGGGCCAGAAGUUACAGCUACCAGUCCAUUACAGAGCAAUACCCUCACCAUCUGUAUCUUGGCAAAAAGAUGGAACAAACCUCAUUCCUGAUGACAGACUCCAUUUGAGUUGUGAUCGUGCUAUUGCUCAUAUUAAGAUUUCUAAAUGCAAUCAUGAGGAUGCUGGCAUAUACACUGUCACUCUAGAGAACAAACUUGGAGCAAUCACAGGAACAGUAAAUGUGAUAGUUAUUGGUGUCCCUGGUAAAUGUAAAGAUAUUGCUGCUAGUGAAGUUACAAAGAACUCCUGCAAAAUCUCAUGGAAACCUCCAGAUUUUGAUGGGGGAAGCCCUAUUCUUCACUAUGUUUUGGAGCGCAAGGAGGCUUCCAAGAAGACCUAUAGACCUGUGAUGUCAGGAGAAAAUGUACUGAGUUGGAAUGUCAAAGACUUGCUUGUUAAUGCCGUGUACUACUUCCGAGUCAGGGCAGUCAACAAGGUUGGCGGGGGAGAGUACACUGAAAUCCACAACCCUGUGAUUACUGAGGAUCAAAAAGACCGCCCAGAUCCACCUGUUGGUGUUAAAGUAGACAAUAUUACUUCUCAGUCCGUACACCUGACAUGGAAUCCACCAGCAUUUGAUGGUGGUUGCCCCAUUACAGGCUAUAUUCUGGAGAAAAUAGAAAAAGAUGGUACUAAAUUUGAGAGAUGUAAUGAAUCCCUGGUACCUGGAUUUUCUUACACUUUGAAGGGUCUGAUGGAGGGUAAAGAAUAUCAGUUUCGUGUUCGUGCUGAAAAUGCUGUAGGAGUUAGUGAUCCUUCUAACAGCACAGCACUAGUAAAAGCUAUAGACCCUGCAGAUCCUCCAAAGGUUUCCCUUAGAGGAAGCUUGAAUAUCAGGAAAGGUGAAGAAAUACAAUUAGAUGCCAUCAUAUCUGGAUCUCCGUACCCAGCUGUGACAUGGCUUAGAAAUGAUGAGGCCAUUCAGCCUGAAAACAUCAGAAAGCGACAGCAGAAAUCAGCUGUGAGGAGGAAAGCUAAAGGUAUUCAUUCCCAGCUUGAGGAACCAUACCAACUAUCCCUUCCUGAAAGACUUUCUUUUGACUUCAGCAAGAAAGGUGAAGCCACCUUGAUGGUGCGUGAUUCCAUUAGAAGCGACCACGGAAUUUUCACAGUCAAGGCUAAGAAUGCUCAUGGCACUGCAACUGCAAUAUGUGACGUGAAUGUGCUCGAUGUACCUGGACCUCCAAUUAACUUUGUAUUUGAGGAAAUCAGAAACACGUCAGUCAUCUGCAUGUGGGACCCACCUAUGGACAAUGGUGGCAGUGAAAUCCUUAACUAUAUCUUGGAGAAAAAAGACAAAACUAAGGAUGAAAGUAGUUGGAUCACUAUAAACUCAACUCUCAGAAGCUGCAGAUUCCAUGUGACUAAAUUGAUUGAGACAAAGGAGUACAUUUUUCGUGUUACAGCUGAGAACAACCUUGGUCCUGGACCUGCAUGUUACUCAGCACCGCUUGUAGCAAAGAAUCCGUUUGAUCCACCAGAUGCUCCCAACAUGCCAAGAAUUGGAGAUGUCACAGCCAAAACUAUGCUUAUCAGCUGGAAUGAGCCAAAAGACAAUGGCAGCCCAAUCUUGGGUUAUUGGAUUGAGAAGCGUGAAAUUAACAGCAAAUACUGGACUAGAAUAAAUCGCAACCUGCUCAACUCACUGGAAAUGAGGGUCAGUGGGCUGGUGGAAGGUUUAACUUAUGUGUUCCGAGUAUGUGCUGAAAACUUAGCUGGUCCAGGAAAUUUCAGUGUUCCAUCUGAACCCAAGAUUGCACAAGAUCCAAUUCUGCCACCUGGUCCACCUGUACCAAGGAUUGUGGAUACUACUCAGUCUUCAAUUGAAAUCACUUGGGAUGCUCCUCUUUACACUGGAGGUGGAGACAUCCUGGGGUAUCACGUUGAGAAAAUUCUAGCUGGCGAAAAAGUCUGGUCUCGUUGUACUGAAAGAUUAUGCAAGGAUCACAACUUCACACUGUGCGGAGUUACCGAGGGAGCUGAUUAUAUUGUCCGUGUAAUCGCUGUUAAUGAUGCAGGUGAAGGAGCACCUGGCAUGACCCAGCUGGUGACAGUGAAGGAACCUCAAGAUCCUCCUCUUGUUGAGUUUGACAUAUCUGUAAAGAAGGGUGUCACAGUUAGAGCUGGAGAAAAACUGAAGCUACCUGCCCAUAUAACUGGUAGACCUCAACCACAAGUAAACUGGAUGAAGGAUGGUGGUCAUGUUGACCAAGAACAUGCAGUUAUUGAAACUGUGGGAAAGAAUAGUACUCUCAGUAUAAAGCAUGCUUUGAGGACAGACCAUGGAAAGUACCAGGUUACUGGCUCAAAUAGUAGUGGAACUAAGACUGCAUUUACCAAAGUUGAUGUCAUGGAUGUUCCUGGGCCUGUGGUUGAUUUGAAAACAACUGCAGUGACAAAAAAGAUGAUGACACUGAGCUGGUGCGAUCCUAUCGAUAAUGGUGGAAGUGAUAUUACUGGCUAUAUUGUUGAAAGGAAGGAUGCAAAUAUGCACAUUUGGAGACAGCCAAUGGAAACAACUUCUUGUAAAUGCGAAAUUAGGGGAUUUCUUGAAGGAAGGCAGUACAUGUUCCGAGUUGUGGCAAAGAACAAGUAUGGAUGUGGUCAGCCAGUAGAUUUGGGUCCUAUCCUUGCUGUGGAUCCCAAAGGUCCCCCAAGUGCACCUCAACAAUUCCACUACACUGAACGGUCUAAGUCAUCAAUAAGGCUGUCCUGGAAACCACCGCAGAGUGAUGGUGGUAGUCCUAUUUGGGGAUAUUAUGUAGAGAAGAGGAGACAAGGUGAAACUGAAUUUGAGGUUGCCAAUCGGCAGAUAUGCAAGACACUAUCUUUAAUGGUUGAAAAUCUCUCAGAGCAUCAUAUGUAUGACUUCCGUGUUAAGGCAGUAAAUGAAGUCGGAGAGGGAGAGCCAACAGAAAUUUUAAGUUCUAUCAUUCAAGAUGAUGAAGUUAAGCCAUCUGUGAUGUUGCUUAAGCACUUCAAGGGUGAUGUAAUCAGGGCAAAGAAAGGGGAAGCUGUUGAAAUCCCUGCAGAAGUUACAGGGCUCCCAAUGCCAAAGAUUGAAUGGUCUAAGGAUGGAACUGGUAUUGACAAACCCACUGAAAUACUUUUAAUUGAUACAAAAGAGGUUAGCAACAAAACAGCCAAGACCACACUUAGUAUCCCUGAAACUCAAAGGCAUGAUAAAGGCCUUUAUAAAUUGACUGCUUCAAACUUUCUUGGAUCUGCAGAUGUGAACAUAAGGGUGGAAAUAUUUGACCGUCCAUCAGCUCCCAGAAAUAUUGUGGUUGCUGAUAUUAAAGCUGGGUCUUGUUAUCUCACCUGGGAUGACCCAGAAGACAAUGGGGGAAGUGAAAUAACAAACUAUAUUAUUGAAAAGAGGGAUGGCAGCAAGAAGAAGUCUGAUUGGGAGGAGAUUACAAGUUGUGUCCUUGAGAAGAGAUAUAGGGUCUCCAAACAUGAGACCAAUGGCAUUUACCAGUUCAGGAUCAAAGCUGAAAAUAAGUAUGGAAUCAGUGACGGAUGUGAGUCGGAGAAAGUAAUUCUCAAGGAUCCAUACGGCCUGCCUGGGCCGCCGCAAAGGCCAAAGGUCAUUGGACAUUCCCAGUCAUCCAUGCUGGUAACUUGGGAACCACCUCUAGACAAUGGUGGUUCUCCAAUUACAGGCUACUGGAUUGAGAAGAGAGAAAAAGGAGCUGUGUACUGGAAUAGAGUGAACAGGGCUCCUAUUACAAAACCAGCAGUAAAAGGCCUAGAAUUCAAUGUUCUCCACCUCAAUAAAGGGUGUGAAUACCAAUUUCGUGUUAUGGCUUGUAAUGCUGCUGGUGUCGGACCCCCAAGUGAACCAACUGAGAGUGCGUUUGCUGCUGAUCCUCAAAAUCCUCCUGGUAUGCCGUCAAGCCCUGAAAUCACAGACAAAACCAGGAACAGUAUUACUCUUUCAUGGAAGCCACCAGAAAAAGAUGGUGGUAGCCCAAUAAAAGGCUACAUUGUUGAGAUUCAAGACGAGGACUCCAUAGAAUGGAAACCAGUGAAUGAGCUAGAGAAACCUCAUCCUACCUCUCAAUUUACGGUGUCAAAUCUUGAAGAAAUGAAGAAAUACAAGUUCAGAAUAAUUGCAGUCAAUGAUGCUGGCAAGUCUGAACCAAGCCCUGCAACUUCAGAAAUCCUUGUUAAGGAGAUUAAAGAGGAGCCAAAAGUUACACUGAAUGUCAGUGCUCAUGAGUUCUUGUCAUGCAAAGCUGGUUCAUCAAUAAAAAUCCCUGCAACUAUCACUGGACAUCCUACUCCAAAAGUUUCUUGGGAGUAUGAUGGAAAGGCAAAGACCGAAAAGAAAGAUGGCCUUCAUAUUCUUCCACUUGAUUCACAGAUUAUAUCUACUGAUACGACAUCAACCAUCAUUAUUCCUGAAUGCAAAUUAUACCACACUGGCAAAUAUAUAAUCUCAGCUGAAAAUGAAGCUGGACAGAAGCUUCUUAAAGUACUGGUCAAUGUUUUUGAUUUGCCAGGACCUCCAAGAGAACUAAAAGUGUCUGAUAUCACAAGAGGCUCAUGCAGACUUACAUGGAAGCCUCCUGAUACUGAUGGUGGUGAAAGAGUAAAGAGUUACUUUGUUGAAAAGAAAACUGUUGAAGGAAAGGCCUGGACAAAAGUGAAUUCAGCUUGUGUUAGUCAAACAUUUGUUGUUCCUGACCUAAUUGAGGGGCAGGAAUACUUGUUUCGUGUUCGAGCAGAAAAUAGCUUGGGUUUGGGACCAUGCACUGAGACUGUUCAAAGGACAAAAGCCAGAGAUCCCGUUUAUCCUCCCGAUCCUCCCAGAAGGGUCAAGAUUAAUGCUGUGAUGAAGAACACUGUGACCCUUACAUGGAAACCACCUAAGAAUGAUGGUGGAGCUCCUGUGACACAUUACAUUGUGGAAUGUCUUUGUUGGGAACCUAGUGGGUCACAAAAGGAAUACUGGAGGCAGUGUAACAAGCGUGACAUUGAAAACACCACUUUUAUGAUCGAGGAUCUCACUGAAGAUAAAGAAUACGAAUUCCGUGUGAAAGCCGUCAACAACGCUGGGGCGAGCAGACCAUCUUCCACUGUUGGACCGGUGACAGCCAAAGAACAGACAUGUGCACCUGCUGUUGAACUCAACGAAUUUAUGGAAGUUGAGCAAGGGACUGACAUCAAUAUUCUUGCUAAAAUAAAGGGAUGUCCCUUCCCUACCAUUACCUGGCAAAAGGCCCAACCCCACAAAAGCAAUGAAAAGACCGAGGUGCAAUAUGAUGAGCAUAUUAACAAACUUGUGACAGACAAUAGCUGUACACUGCUUAUUCGGCAGGGGAAAAGAACAGAUACUGGUCUAUACACAAUUACAGCUAGCAACGGCCUGGGAACGGCUUCAAAAGAAAUGAGGCUUAAUGUCUUGGGAUGCCCAGGGCCACCUUCUGCACCCAUAAAAUUUGAAGAAAUUUCUGCUGGGAAGAUUACACUGUCUUGGCUUCCUCCUAAGGAUGAUGGUGGUUCAAAGAUUACAAACUAUGUACUACAAAAGCGUGUGGCUAACAGAAAGAUGUGGGUACCCGUCACCAGUAAUGCCAAAGAGAGGAUAUACACAGUGGAAAAUCUGAUGGAAGGUCAUCACUAUGUUUUCCGUAUCAUGGCUCAAAACAAAUAUGGUAUUGGUGAUCCACUUGACAGUGAACCAGAACAAGCCAGGGAUCAUUUCAAUGUCCCUGGCCAGUGUGAAAAACCAACUAUAUCUAGUGUGACUCAUGACUCUAUGACAGUCAACUGGGAAGAGCCAGAACAUGAUGGUGGAACUCCAGUCACUGGCUAUUGGCUAGAGCGAAAAGAGACCACAUCAAAACGCUGGAACAGAGUAACACGAGAUCCUAUCAAAGUCUUACCCUUUGGAAUUUCACAUAAUGUAACUGGUCUCAUUGAAGGAUCUCAAUACCAGUUCCGUGUAACUGCUGUCAAUGCAGCAGGAUGCGGCCCGCCAAGUUUGCCUUCCGAUCCAGUCUUUGCCAGAGACCCUACAGCUCCUCCAGGACCUCCUAUUCCUAAAGUAACUGACUGGACAAAGUCAACAGUUGAUGUAGAGUGGCUUCCUCCACUAAAGGAUGGUGGAUCAAAAAUUACUGGAUACUUUGUUGAGUACAAAGAAGAAGGUCAUGAAGAAUGGAAAAGAGCUAAAGAUAAGGAAGUGAGAGGAACCAAACUUGUAGUUGCUGGGCUAAAAGAACUUGGACUUUAUCAGUUCAGAGUUAGAGCUGUAAAUGUUGCAGGUAUUGGUGAACCUGGAUAUGUCUCUGAUGUCAUCAAAGUAAUGGACAGAACAAUUCUCCCUGAGGUUAACCUGGAUGCUUCUGUGAAGGAGAGGUUGGUUGUUCAUGCUGGUGGUGUGAUUCGUAUCCUGGCCUAUGUGUCAGGAAAGCCUGUACCAAAGAUCACGUGGAACAGAGACAAUGAUGUCUUACCAGAAGAAGCUAUUAUCGAGACCACUGCCAUUAGCUCUGCCUUAGUAAUCAAGAAAUGCACACGAAAACAUCAAGGAAUUUACACUUUGACUGCUAAGAAUGAAGGAGGAGAAAAAAAGAAAACCAUUGUCGUUGAUGUACUAGAUGUUCCUGGCCCAGUUGGAACACCAAUCACAACAGAGAAUCUUACUAGUGACUCAUGCAAGAUAAACUGGUUCAACCCAGACGAUGAUGGUGGCUCAGCUGUAACUAAUUUCAUCAUUGAAAAACGGGAAGUUGAUCACAAAGCUUGGACUCCUGUGUCUUGCAGCGUCACCAGGCACAGUGCUGUUGCUCGUGGUCUCAUCAAUGGAAAAGCUUAUUUCUUCAGAAUAGCUGCUGAAAAUGUGAUUGGAAUAGGUCCAUUUGUUGAAACAACUAAAGAAAUUGUAAUUAAAGAUCAUAUUACUGUCCCAGAACGCCCUGAAGAUCUUGAAGUCACAGCAGUCUCAAAAGAGUAUAUUAGUUUAAAAUGGAAACCACCUAAGUUUAAUGGAGGAUCUGAAAUUAUUAGGUAUAUCUUAGAGGCCCGUCCCAUUGGCAAAGACAAGUUCAUCCGACUCACAAAGGAGAAGCUGAUGGAAAGGAAAUACACCUAUGCUGGUGUCAAGGAGGGUGAUAUUUAUGAAUUUCGUGUCAGUGCAGUAAAUGAAAUUGGUCAAGGCAAACCCUCAUUUAGCACAAAACCAAUCACUUGUAAAGAUGAGCUUGAACCGCCAACAAUUGAGCUUGAGUUUCGUGACAAGGUCAUUGUACGCGUGGGAGAGUCCUUUGCUCUCCAGGGUCGCUACACUGGAAAACCAGCACCAUCCAUUAUAUGGACCAAGGAUGAUAAGGAGCUGAAAGCAGAUGACCAAAUCAAGAUCAAAAGCACUCCAACCACAAUGUUCUUGGGCAUUAUCAAGGCUAAGCGUGAACACAGUGGCAGAUACUGUGUGAUUGUGGAGAACUGUACCGGUUCACGGAAAGGAAUCUGUAAUGUAACUGUUGUUGAUCGUCCACUCCCACCACAGGGCCCAGUUGUAUUUGAAGAGGUCCACAGAGAUCAUAUAGUGAUUUCCUGGAAGACUCCUCUUGAUGAUGGCGGAUCUGAAAUUUCAAAUUACAUUAUUGAGAAACAAGACACAAGCAGGGAUCUUUGGAUGACUGUGACAUCUGCUUCCACUAAGACAACAUGUAAAGUUCCCAAACUGAUUGAGGGAAAAGAAUAUAUCAUGAGAAUCUGUGCUGAGAACAUGUAUGGGAUCAGUGACCCACUGGAAUCGGAACCAGUGACAGCAAAAGACCUAUUCAGAGUUCCUGAGGCACCUGAGCAACCUGUUAUUAAAGAGGUACAUAAAGACACAGCUCUUGUUAUCUGGAACCGUCCUCGGGAUGGUGGCAAACCAAUUACUAACUAUCUUUUGGAGAAAAAGGAGACCACGAGUAAGAGAUGGUCACGUGUCACAAGGAAAAUCAUCUACCCGGACACUCAAUUCAGAGUUGAAGAACUACUUGAAGGAUGUGAAUAUGAGUUUCGGGUCAUGGCAGAGAAUGAGAUAGGAGUUGGUGAUCCAAGUCCACCAUCAAAGCCUAUUCUUGCUAAAGAGCCAAUUGUGCCUCCAAGCCCACCUGUUCUCCCAGAAGUUGUGGACAAAACUAAGGAAUCUGUAAAUCUAAUCUGGCAACCACCUCGCCGUGAUGGCAAAGGCAGGAUCCUUGGCUAUCUUGUUGAGUACCAGAAGAUUGGUGAGGAAGAGUGGGCUAAGGCUAAUGAAACUCCUGAAUCAUGCCAAGAAACCAAUUUCAAAGUAAUAAACCUUUCAGAUGGUGAAAUGUACAAGUUCAGAAUAAUGGCAGUAAAUACAGCUGGCAAAUCUGAACCUGCCUAUGUCAAAGACCCUGUGAAAGUCCAAGACAGACUUGAGCCUCCAGAGCUUCUACUUCAUGCUAACAUGGCUCGUGAGCAUCUUGCCAUGGAAGGAACCACUAUCAUCCUGAGUGCAGGCAUUAGGGGCAUACCGUUCCCCAAAGUUACAUGGGCAAAGAAUAAUGCUGAGGUUCCUCCCAGGGCUAAUAUAGAAGUUUCUGGUGAUGAAAGUAAACUAAUAAUUCAGAAUUGUCUCCGUUCAGACUGUGGAGAUUAUGCAAUUACUGUGGAAAAUCCAGCUGGGUCAAAAACAGCUACAUGUACAGUAUUAGUUUUAGGUAAACCUAGUCCACCUCGGAACCUGAUGAUUACUGAAGUCACAAGUGAAUCAGCCUAUCUAACCUGGAAAGAACCAGAGGAUGAUGGAGGUGCUGUUAUUUCCAAUUAUGUGAUAGAGAAGAAAGAUGUAGCAUCUGAAAAAUGGGUGCCUGUCUGUGCAUCAUCCAAGAAGCCUAGUUUGUUGGCUAUGUACUUGAUGGAAGGCACUCAAUAUAUGUUUCGGGUUGCUGCAGAAAACCAGUUUGGCAAAAGUGAAUAUAUUUCAACUACUAAACCAAUAAAGGCUGUUGAUCCUAUCUAUCCACCUGGUCCACCAAAAAAUUUGCAUCAUGUGGAUAUAGAUAAAACUGAAGUCUGGCUUCAGUGGGAUUGGCCAGAUCGCACAGGUGGUAGUGAUAUUACUGGUUUUCUAGUGGAAUACCAAGAAGAGGGUGCCAAAGAUUGGAUUCCAUUUAAAACUGUCAGAAAAACCGAAAGCCAUGUAACUGGACUUCAAGAGGGAAAAAUGUACAGAUUCCGUGUGAAAGCAGAGAAUGCUGUUGGCCUGAGUCGUCCUGAUAUCACUGUGCCAAUUGUUUGUGAAGAAAAGCUUGUACCACCAGCUAUUGAGGUUGAUGUGAAGCUAAUUGAAGGUAUUAUUGUCAAAGCUGGAAGCACAAUCAAGCUUCCUGCAAUUAUGAGAGGCAUUCCAGUCCCCAGUCCAAGAUGGCUCACUGGUGGCAAUGAAAUAAAAAGUGAAGACAAUAUUAACAUUGAAACUUUCAAUUAUUCAACUGUUCUAAACAUUAAUAACUGCAAAAGAAGUGACACAGGAGAAUAUCUUCUCACAGUGUCCAACCCCGCUGGAAGCAAAACAGUUGCAUUACAUGUUACAGUUCUUGAUGUUCCAGCUUCACCUACAGGCCCUGUCAACAUCCUUGAAGUUACUUCUGAGCACAUGAUCAUCAACUGGCGUCCUCCCAAGGAUGAUGGUGGAACCCCUUUAAUAAAUUAUAUUGUCGAAAAGAAGGAUACUAAGAAACCUUGGGAGCCCUGGGCUAUAGUGAGCUCUAGAGGAACUGGUACAAAAGCUAAAAUUUCUCAUUUAGAGAAGGGCCGUGAAUAUAUUGUACGCAUCCGUGCAGAGAACAAAGUUGGUAUUGGUCCAGCCCUUGAAAGUCCACCUACCAUUGCAAAACUUAUAUUUGAUCCACCUAGUGCUCCAGGCCAACCAGUUCCUCAUGACAUAACAGAAAAUGCUGUGACUGUAAAGUGGGAAGUUCCACUUUGUGAUGGUGGCAGUCCAAUAACUGGUUACAUAGUUGAACGCAGAGAAAUGACAGGCAAAUGGAUUCGUGUGAACAAAAUACCUGUCUUGGAUAUCAGAUACAGAGCUUCAGGACUUUUUGAAGGUAAUACUUAUGAAUUUAGGAUUUUUGCUGAAAACACUGCUGGCAUUAGUGAACCAUCUCCAGUCUCAGAUCCAGUUAAGCUUACCCGUCCUGUCACAUGUCCAGGACCCCCAAACAAUUUCAGACUUAAGGACUGGAGUAAAUCAUUUGUGGAUUUAGUCUGGACAAAGCCUACAAGAGAUGGAGGUAGUCCUGUCUUAGGAUAUAUUGUUGAAUGCCAGAAGUUAGGCAGUGUACAUUGGGACAGGAUUAAUAAGGAUGACCUUAUCAAGCAGUGCAUAUACAGAGUGCCAGGAUUAACUGAAGGACUGGAAUACAGGUUCCGUGUUAGAGCUGCUAACAAGAUUGGAGAAGGAGAGCCAAAAGAACUUUCUGAAACUGUUCUUGCCAAAGACAUUCUUGUUCCUCCAGAAAUAACUGUUGAUGUUGCUUGUCGUGAUCUUGUGACAGUCAGAGCAGGGCAGAAUAUCAACCUAAUUGCUCGAGUUAAAGGACGGCCUGAACCAGAAAUUAUCUGGACUAAGGAUGCAAAGGUAUUAGAGAGAGAUAAGCGUACUGAGAUGAAAAACAUCUUUCCCAUUGCUGAUAUGAUCAUUCAAAAAGCAGCUAGAGCAGAUCAUGGAAAAUAUACCAUUCAAGCAAGAAACAUUAGUGGCCAAGCACAAGCCACUAUUAUAGUCAAUGUUCUUGACAGACCAGGUCAGUGUCAAAAUCUAAAAACAAGUUACGUUACUAAAGACUCUUGCAUGGUGUCAUGGGAGAAUCCAGAAGACAAUGGAGGCACAGAAAUUACAAAUUAUAUUAUUGAGUGUCGUCAACCAAACCAAAGGGGAUGGACAACAAUUUCCUCUGACUGCACUAAACGCCUUUUUAAAGCACAACUUGUUGAAAACUGUGAAUAUUUGUUCCGUGUUAGUGCAGAAAACAAAUGUGGAGUUGGAUCAGCAGCUGAGACCAGAAUGGCAGUUCUGGCUGUUGAUCCAGUUGAAAAGCCUGGUGAGCCAGAGAACUUCCAUAUUACUGAUAUUGGCAAGACUUUCGUUUUCCUUAAAUGGAAAAAACCAGAUUAUGAUGGGGGUAGUCGCAACCUUGCCUAUCAUGUGGAAAGGAAACUAAAAGAAGCUGAAGAAUGGGAACGACUACACAAAGGUGCAAUAAAGGAAACAUUCUUUAUGGUUGACAGAUGCAUUGAGAACCAGAUAUAUCAAUUCAGAGUACAGACUAAAAAUGAAGCUGGAGAAAGUAACUGGGUAACAACAGCUGAAACAGUUGUCAAAGAAGAAGUACUCCAACCAGUCCUUAAUGUAAAUGUAGACGGUAUCCUUGUGGUAAAAGCUGGCGACAGUAUUAAAAUUGAAGCUGGUCUGAAAGGAAAACCCCAUCCUGAGGUUAAAUGGUUUAAGGAUGGUGAUACAGGUGACAUCAACAAAAGCCCUAGAGUUCAUAUUGAAAACGGCUCAAAUUUUUCAAAAUUUGUAAUGACAUCAUCAAAACGUGGGGACAGUGGAACAUAUGUAAUCACUGCUACAAACUCUGCAGGAAGCUGUUCUGCUAAUGUUAUCGUUAAUGUACUUGACAAACCUGGUCCUGUCAGGGACCUUGCAGUAUCUGGUAUUUCAAUGGACAGAUGUAAAUUGACAUGGGUUCAUCCAGAGGAUGAUGGAGGCUGUGAAAUUCAGAACUACAUCCUAGAAAAAUGUGAAACAAAGAGAAUGGUUUGGUCCAUCCACUCUGCAGCUGUUAUAACCAAUUUUGCUAAUGUGAUACACCUUUUAGAGGGAAAUGAAUACAUCUUUAGGGUACGAGCAGAGAACAAGCUGGGAACAGGUCCACCAGUGGAGAGUAAGCCCAUCAUUGCCAGAACAGAGUUCAACAGACCUGGUCCACCAGGUCAACCAGAGGUCACCAAAAUCGGAAAGGAGGAAAUGACAGUGUCAUGGUGUCCUCCACAGUAUGAUGGUGGGAAACCGAUCAAAGGUUACAUUCUGGAAAGGAAGGAACAACAUGCUGUUCGCUGGGUUCCAGUCACUAAGAGCCCAGUCCAACAGGCACACAUGAAUGUUACCAACUUGAUCCCCAACCAUGAAUAUCAGUUUCGUGUUAAGGCUGAAAAUGAAGUUGGAAUGGGAGACCCAAGUAAACCUUCAAUAUCAGUUACUGCAAAGGAUCCAAUUGGUCCUCCCGGUCCUCCUGGUGAUUUGAAGGUGACCGACAGCACCAGGACCUCCAUCACAGUUGGUUGGUUGAGGCCUGCUUAUGAUGGUGGUGCGCCAAUCAUCGGAUAUGUGGUUGAAUUUCGAAUAAAGGAUGCAAGUAAAAAGCCUGAUGAAGGCUGGAAAAGAUGUAAUGUCGCUGCUCAGCUAACUAUAACGGAAUUCACUGUCACAAGUCUGGAUGAAAAGCUGGAAUAUGAAUUCCGAGUGUCUGCUCAAAACCAGGUUGGCAUGAGUCAACCAGCAGAUCUCAAAGGUGCUGUAUCACCUAGAGAGAUAACUGAGGCACCGGAAAUUGAUUUGGAUGCUACCUUGAGAAAGGGUAUUGCAGUUAGAGCUGGCUGUCCCAUUAGACUUUGGGCCACUGUAAAAGGAAGACCAGCACCAAAAAUGACAUGGAGAAGAAUGGGAAUCGAUAAUGUUGUAAGAAAGGGUCAUGUGGAUUUCAUUGAUACUAUGGCAUUUCUUGUUAUCCCUGAAACCACACGUGAUGAUUCUGGCAAAUACUCCCUGACUCUAAGCAACUCUGCUGGAGAGAAAGCUGUGUUUGUUGAUGUUCAAGUACUGGACACCCCGGGGCCUGUUGUUGGCUUGGAUGCCACUGAUAUUAAGAUGACAUCCUGCAACCUUUCUUGGUCUCCACCUGAGAAUGAUGGUGGCAGAGAAAUUUCACACUAUAUAGUUGAAAAGCGUGAAGUAAAUCGAAAGACAUGGGCAACAGUCAACAAUGGCGUGAAGGAAACAACCCUCAAAAUUAACAAUCUUACACCAGGCACUGAAUACUGCUUCAGGGUGACAGCAGUUAAUGAGUAUGGAGCUGGUGUCCCAAGGAUUUCACCAAGUUCAUAUCUGACAUCUGAUCCCAUUAGUAAACCUGAUCCACCUGUGAAAAUGGAUGUGAUGGAAAUUACAAAAAAUAGUGUAACUCUAGGAUGGGUGAAACCUCUGUGGGAUGGAGGAGCUAAGAUUGAUGGGUAUGUAGUUGAUUACUUGUUAGUGACUCCACCUAAGGAACCUGAAGAAGACCAAGCAGUGCUCCUUGAGCAGAAUAAACUCAAGGAGCAAUGGACACCAUAUUCUGUCGUCAAAGAUUUAAGCAUUACUAUUGCUGGACUGAAGGAAGGCAUGAAAUACAAAUUCAGAGUGGCAGCAAGAAAUGUGAUGGGUUCCAGUCUGCCCACAGAAACAAGUGGAGUGUUUGAAAUAAAGGAGCAGAUGUUGGCACCAAGAAUUGUAAUGGCAGAUGUUGCUACUGCAAAAGCAGGAGAAAAGCUGAGGGUGGAAGCUCUUGUUACUGGAAAACCUGCUCCAGUCUGUAAAUGGAAGCGAGAAGAUGAAGAUGUUGUCCCAUCUAGUCGACUUGCUGUACACAAAUCACCAAACAGUUGUGUGCUCAUAAUCAAAGAUGUUUCAAGAAUGGACAGUGGUCUGUACAGUCUUUCUGCUGAGAACAUCACUGGACAAGCUGAAGAGAUACUGAAAGUCAUAAUCAAAGAUACCCCUGGUCCACCACAACCACCUUUUGAAAUUAGUGAGGUGGAUGCUGAUGCCUGCUCAUUGUCUUGGCUUGCACCACUAGAGGAUGGUGGAAGCAGUAUCACUAAUUAUGUUGUAGAAAAAUGUGAUGUGAGCAGAGGUGACUGGAUCACUGCUGUGUCUUCAUGUACAAAGACCAGUUGCAGAUUGGGGAAGCUUGUCCCUGGAAAGGAGUAUAUCUUCCGUGUUCGAGCAGAGAACUGCUUUGGCAUUUCAGAGCCUAUUGUCUCUGAGAAAAUGAUAGCCAAAUUCCCUUUUGAUGUACCAAGUGAACCCUUGAAUUGUCAUAUUAACAAAGUCAGCAAAGAUUGCAUGUUUGUUGCCUGGGAGAAACCAGCAAUAGAUGGUGGCAGUACUAUUACUGGUUACUACAUUGAACGUAAAGAGAAGAACAGCCUUCUCUGGAUAAAGGCCAAUGACACAGUUGUCCGUACUACUGAAUUCCCAUGCGCAGGACUUAUUGAAGGCCUGGAGUAUGCCUUCAGGGUAUCAGCUCUUAAUCGUGCUGGACAGGGUAAACCAAGCAAAAUGACUGAAUUUACAGCAGCAAGAACACCAGUUGAUCAACCUGGCAAACCUGAAGUCAUUGAUGUGACUAAGAAUUCAGUUACCCUGGUCUGGGACAGACCAAAGCAUGAUGGUGGGAGUAAGAUCAUUGGAUAUUAUAUUGAAAUGCUAAAGCUUCCUGAAGAUCAGUGGAUACGCUAUAACACAAGCAGCCAAAAUGUACCCGUAGAGGAAUUCACUGUAACAAGACUACAAGAAGGUGUUCAAUACCAGUUUAGAAUACUUGCUAAAACUGCAGUUAACCUCAGCAAACCAUCGGAUGUCUCUGACCCAGUGCUGAUCUUUGCUGAAAAUGUACCACCAAGGGUAGAAAUAGGACUUCAGAUGAAGAGGCUUCUACCAGUUAAAGCUGGAGCAAAUGCAUGUCUUGAGGCUGAAGUGUUUGGAAAGCCAGUACCAAAAGUAACAUGGAAAAGGAAUGGGGAAUUAUUGAAACCUUCUGAACGCUUGAAAAUGUCACAGAGGAGACAUCUUUUCUUUCUUGAGCUGCUAUCUGUGACAAAAAACGACAGUGGAGAGUAUACUAUUCUUGCAGAAAAUGCAAGUGGUUCAAAAUCAGGCAACAUUAAACUCACAGUUAUGGAUGUACCUGGUCCCCCAGUUUCUGUCAAGUUUGGGGACAUAUUUGCAGAGAGAAUAAACCUGAUUUGGGAGCCACCUAUUUUGGAUGGGGGCUCUGCAAUCACAAACUACAUUGUUGAUAAGCGUGAAACAAGCAGAGCUAACUGGGCCCAGGUCACAUCCAAGAUCAGUGGCCAGCUCACUAAUUACUCUGUAGAAAAACUGAUCCAGGGUCACGAGUACCAGUUCCGCAUCCGUGCAGAGAAUAAGUAUGGUGUGGGUGAGCCUAUCCUGACGGAGCCAGCUGUUGCUAGGAAUUCAUUUGAUGUGCCUGGGUCUUGUGAGCCUCCUAUUAUUACUAAUAUCACAAAGGAUCAUAUGACAGUGAGUUGGAAAGAACCUGCUAAUGAUGGUGGAUCUACCAUUCUUGGUUACAUGGUAGAAAAGCGGGAAACGAAAGAAGUAAACUGGGCUAAACUCAACAGAAAACCUGUGAUUGAGAGAACUAUUGAAGCUAGUGAUCUCACAGAUGGAGGUGAAUAUGAAUUUAGAGUUACUGCUCUCAAUAAAGCUGGCCUUGGCAAACCAAGUGAUCCAUCCAGUGCUGUCAUUGCACAUGAUCCUUUAUAUCCCCCUGGACCACCAGUUUCUCCAAAGAUUGUUGACAUAACACGUAGCACAGUUAAUUUGACCUGGGAAAAACCAGUUAAUGAUGGUGGAUGUGAAAUCUUGGGCUACCUGGUUGAGAGUAAGAGAGCAGAUUCUGCAGAAUGGAUACGGUGCAAUGUACCAAAGAAUCUUCGAGAGACUAAAUACCUUGUAACAGGCCUGCAGGAUAAUAUGGAAUACCAGUUUCGUGUCACUGCUACUAACAAGGUUGGGUUUAGUCAACCAAGUGAAGUUCCAGGAAAAUACACUGUGAAGGACAUUUUAGUUCCUCCUGAAGCAGAACUUAACGGAGAACUGAUGAAAACACUGGAACUGCGAGCUGGAACCCCAAUGAAAUUGUAUGUUCCAAUAAAGGGCCGCCCUAUUCCCAAAGUCACCUGGGCUAAGAUGAACACCAACAUUAAAGAAAGACAAGGAAUUGUGAUUAAGACAACUGAAUGGGAUACUCUUCUGUAUAUUGAGAAAGUGAACAGAUACGAUGCAGGAAAAUAUAUACUGAACCUGGAAAACAGCACUGGAAUAAAGACGUAUACAAUUGUUGUAAAAGUUUUAGAUACCCCUGGGCCACCACUUAAUCUAACAGUGAAUGAGACUUCAAAAGACAGUGCCUCUAUUCUUUGGGAUGCUCCUUUGAUUGAUGGAGGAAGUCCAGUGAAGCAGUACAUUGUUGAGAAACGUGAUGCUGAGCGAAAAUCAUGGUCCACAGUUACCCUGGACUGCACAAAAACAUCUUUUACAGUUGAGGGCUUAGAAGCAGGCAGGUGCUAUUUUUUCAGAGUUUUAGCUGAAAAUGAAUAUGGUAUAGGAGAGCCAUGUGAAACUGCAGAUGCUGCACGAGCUUCAGAACAACCAGGACCAGUUGUGGAUUUCAAGCCAUUAUUAGUCACAAAGGAUUUAUGUACUCUUGCAUGGAAGAAACCGAUCAGUGAUGGUGGAAGCCGCAUUACAGCUUAUGUCCUAGAAGUGAAAAACGGGGAAGAUAAAUGGAAGACUGUCAUGAGAUCAAAGAACAUGCAGUACAGUGCCAAAGAUCUAAUAGAAGGAAGGGAGUAUUCCUACAGAGUGAGAGCAGUCAAUGAUGCAGGUGAUGGAACAGUUAAGGAACUUAAUAUAGUAGCUAAAGACCUUACUGUUCCACCUGGAUGUGAUUUAAGAGAUUUACCAAAUUUAUGCUAUAUUGCAAAGGAGGGAAGUACUGUUCGUCUCAAGAUCCCAAUCUUUGGCAAACCUGCUCCUACGGUUAUAUGGAAGAAAGGUGAAGAUGUUACUUUAACAGACAGCGGAAGAGUUUCUGUUGAGUCAAUGGCUGUCAACACAACACUGUUGAUUCAUGACUGCCAACGAGGUGAUGCCUCAAAAUAUACAAUAACUCUUAGAAAUAUUGCAGGAACCAGAGAAUCAAUCAUCUUCAUCAGGGUAGUUGGAAAACCAGGAAUACCCACAGGACCAAUAAAGUUUGAUGAAAUCACUGCAGAUGGAAUGAACUUGAAAUGGGGUGCACCAAAAGAUGAUGGUGGAUCGGAAAUAACUAACUACAUUCUUGAAAAGAGAGAUUCAGUGACCAAAAUGUGGGUUACCUUUGCCUCAUCUGUGGAGAUGUGUAAUUUCAGAGUAACUGGUCUUCAUGAAGGAACUGAAUACAUCUUUAGAGUUUCUGCAGAAAACAAGUAUGGGGUUGGAGAAGGCCUCAAAUCGGAUGAUGUUGUGGCUAAGCAUCCAUUUAACGUACCAGAUGCUCCACCACCACCACAGAUUAUGGCUAUGCGAUGUGAUUCAGCGGUAUUAGCAUGGUCUGAUCCAAGAAAGACUGGAGGCUCACCAAUUACAGGAUAUCAUAUUGAGUUCAAAGAAAGGAACAGUUUGCUGUGGAAGAGAGCAAACAGCACAACUGUGAAAAUGAAAGAUUACACAGUAAUUGGUUUAUCAGAAGGCCUUGAAUAUGAAUUCAGAAUAAUGGCAAUAAAUAUUGCAGGCAUUGGAAAGCCAAGCCCAGCAACAGAGCCUGUGAUUGCCUUAGACCCUAUCGAUCCCCCUGGCAAACCUGAUGUAAUUACCAUCACAAGGAGCACAGUAACUCUUCAGUGGACUGAACCCAAAUAUGAUGGUGGACACAAAUUGACAGGCUACAUUGUUGAGAAACGUGAAUUGCCUGCAAAACUCUGGAUGAAGGCAAACAUCAUAAAUGUUUUAGAUUGUGCUUUUACUGUAACAGGCCUUCAAGAAGGCUGCAAGUUUGAAUUCAGAAUAAGAGCUAAAAAUGCAGCCGGAGCAAUAAGUUCUCCGUCAGAACAAACUGACACCAUUGUUUGCAAAGAUGAAUACGAAGCACCAGCCAUCAUCAUUGAUCCAACUGUGAAGGAGGGCCUUACAGUUAGAGCUGGGGAUACAAUUGUGAUAACUGCAACACGCAUAACUGGGAAACCUCCUCCAACUUCUGUCUGGUCAAAAGGAGGAAGGGACUUCAAACCCUCAGAUAUCUGCCAAAUUGAAAAAACCCCAACAUCUUCAACACUGACAAUAAAGUGUGCCAGCAGGAAGGACUCUGGAGAAUACACUAUCUCUGCCAGCAAUCCAUUUGGAAUCAAAGAAGAAAAUGUUAAAGUGACAGUUCUUGAUGUUCCAGGCCCUCCAGGACUGCUUGAAGCCAGCAGCGUUUCUGCUGAAAAGGUCACAUUAACAUGGUCACCACCACAUGAGGAUGGGGGCUCUCCAGUUAAAUCAUAUACGCUGGAGAAGAGAGAAACAAGUCGACUUCUUUGGACCACUUUAGCAGAAAAUAUUAUUGAUUGUCAUUUUGUUACUAGGAAGCUCAUCCAAGGCAAUGAAUACAUCUUUCGCGUUUCAGCAUUAAAUCAAUAUGGCACUGGUGAAGCAACACAAUCUGAGCCAGUGAAAAUGGUGGACAACUUUGGUCCACCAGGUCCUCCAUCCAAACCAGAAACUGUUAAUGUAGAUAAGGACUCUGUCACCAUUUCAUGGAAGAGACCAGUUGAAGAUGGGGGUAGUGAUAUCAUUGGCUAUAUUGUUGAAAGAAAGGAAAAAAGAGAGAUGAGAUGGAUUAGAGCAUCAAAGAAAAUGAUUUCUGAUCUAAAUUACAAAGUCCAAGGCCUCAUAGAAGGAGUUGAAUAUGAAUUCCGAGUUAUUGCAGAGAAUAAAGCUGGCUUUGGAGAACCAAGUGAACCUUCACAAUCAGUCAUAACAAAGGGUAUGACAUAUGUGCCUGGGCCUCCAUUCAAUCCAAGGAUUACUGAUACAACUAAAUCUACAGCCACAUUCACUUGGAGCAGGCCACUGUAUGAUGGUGGACUUGACAUCACUGGAUAUAUAAUUGAACACAAAAAGGAAACAGAGACAGAGUGGGUUAAAGAUACAGUGGGCACUCUAAGAAUUACUGAAUUUGUUGUUUCGAAUUUACAGCAAGGAGGAAGGUACAAUUUCAGAGUUAGCGCAAUGAAUGCAAAGGGUGUCGGUGAAUCAGCUCAAGUUGAAGAACUUGUGGAGGUUGUGGAACGCCAAGAAAUUCCAGACUUUGAACUUGAUGCCGAACUUAGGCGAACCCUUGUUGUGAAGGCUGGAGGAUCUAUACGUAUAUUUGUGCCGAUCAAAGGUCGUCCAAUACCCAAAGUCAUUUGGAUGAAAGAAGAGGCACUUAUAGGUCGUGCACACAUUGAUACCACAGAAUCAUAUAGUCUUCUAGUUAUCCCAGACUGUACAAGACAUGAUGCUGGAAAAUACAUGUUAAGAUUGGAGAAUACCGCAGGCAAAAAAACUUGUUGCGUGAAUGUUAAAGUCUUGGAUUCCCCGGGUCCUCCUCUCAACUUGAGGCCCACAGCAAUUAAUAAAGAAAGCAUUACCCUCCAAUGGGAAACACCCAUUAUUGAUGGUGGUUCAAAGAUAACAAAUUACAUCAUUGAAAAGCGUGAAGCUACAAGAAAAGCAUAUGUUGCCAUAAUCACUAAUUGUCAAAAAUGUUCUGUUAGAGUUCCAAAUCUGGCUGAAGGAUCAGAAUAUUUUUUUAGAGUGCGUGCUGAAAAUGAAUUUGGAAUUGGUGAACCUGUUGAAACUCCAAACCCAAUUAGAGUGUCUCAAGCACCAGCUGCUCCGGAAAAGGUUAAUGUCACAGACAUUACUAAGAAUUCUGCAAAUCUUACGUGGACAAAACCCAAACAUGAUGGUGGAAGUAGAAUUACUGCAUAUGUCAUAGAAGCUCAAAAGAAUGGCUCGGAGCAAUGGUCCCAUAUAACUACAUUGAAGAAUCUAGACUAUGUAGUAAAAAAUCUAAAUGAAAAUGAAGAGUAUGUGUUCAGAGUUAUGGCUGUCAACAAUGCAGGAAGAAGUGACCCAUGUGAAAGUAGGCCUGUUGUUAUUAAGGAAGAAACCACACAACCUGAAUUUGAUUUACGUGGAAUCUGCCAGAAAUUAGUAAUUGUGAAAGCAGGAGAUGAUCUCAAAGUUGAGAUACCUGUUCUAGGGUGUCCAAAACCAGCUGUUACCUGGAGGAAGGAAGAACAGAUUCUCAAACAGACGCAAAGGAUAAAUAUUGAAAACACUUCAAUUUCAACUACCCUCAAUAUCAGAGAAUGUACUAGGAAUGACAGUGGACAGUACUCUGUGACAGGAAAAAAUAUACUUGGGACUGUGACCGAAACAAUUACCGUUAAAGUACACGAUAUUCCUGGACCUCCUAGGGGGCCAGUAAAUUUUGACAAAAUUUGUUGUGAUUCUAUUGUAAUAUCAUGGGAUUCUCCUGAAAAUGAUGGAGGAGUACCAAUAAACAGUUAUGUUGUUGAAUUAAGAGAAACAACAAGUACAUUAUGGGUAACAUUAUCAGCAACAGUAAUCCGUACAAUGUUCAAAGCACAGCAUCUUUCCACUGGAGUUGAAUAUCAGUUUCGUGUUAAAGCUAAAAACAGAUAUGGUGUUGGACCUCCAAUAAACUCUGAAUCUGUCAUUGCUACUUAUCCUUUUAAGGUACCUGGCCCACCUGGCACACCAAAAGUAACAGGCUUUACUAAAAACACUAUGACAAUUAGUUGGAAUGAGCCUGUGUCUGAUGGAGGAAGUGAAAUCAUUGGAUACCAUGUUGAAAGGAAAGAGAGGAAGAGUAUUAUAUGGCACAGAGUGAGUAAAGGACUGGUAGUAGGAAAUAUUUUUAAAACUACAGGACUAGAAGAUGGAAUUGCAUAUGAGUUUCGAGUUGCAGCUGAAAACUUAGCUGGAGUGGGAAAACCAAGUAAGCCUUCAGAGGCAUUCUUUGCCCUUGAUCCAGUGGACCCACCAGGUCAGCCUGUGGCCAUAAACAUUUCUAAAUCUUCAGUGACUAUUCAGUGGAAAAAGCCUGAAUAUGACGGCGGAUUCAAAAUAUCCGGGUACACAGUGGAAAAGAGAGAUUUACCUGAUGGACGAUGGCUGAAAGCCAACUUCAGCAAUAUUCUUGACACCACGUUUACUAUUAGUGGACUGACAGAACAUUCCUCCUAUGAAUUCCGUGUUUUUGCAAGAAAUUCAGCUGGUGCUGUGAGCAAUCCAUCUGAACCAUCGGAUCCUAUUGUUUGCAAAGAUGACAUUGAGGAGCCAAGAAUUAUGGUUGAUGCUAAGUUUAAGGAUGUUUUACUUACAAAAGCAGGAGAAGUCUUCAAGCUUGAGGCUGAUGUUACAGGUCAACCAUUACCCUUCUUGAUUUGGACCAAAGAUGGAAAGGAAAUAGAAAAUACAACAAAAGUUGAAAUGAAAAAAACUGAUUUAACUACAGUUUUAAUUAACAAGGACUCUUUAAGAAGAGAUGGGGGUGAAUUCACAUUAACUGCAAGCAACCCUGGCGGUUUUGCCAAACAUGUCUUCAUUGUAAAAGUGUUGGAUAGGCCAGGUCCUCCUCAUGGUCAACUAGCUGUUACAGACAUCACAGCUGAGAACUGUGUCCUGUCAUGGUUACCACCCUUAGAUGAUGGUGGAGCAAAGAUUGAAUACUAUGUACUUCAGAAACGUGAAACAAGUAGGCUUGCUUGGACAAAUGUAGCUUCAGACUUACAAGUCAAUCAAUUCAAGGUAACAAAGUUGCUGAAAGGCAAUGAGUACAUCUUUAGAGUCAUGGCUGUUAAUAGGUAUGGAGUUGGCGAACCCCUAGAAUCUGAGCCAGUUGUUGCAGCAAACCCAUAUUUGCCUUCUGAUCCUCCAUCAGCUCCUGAGGUAAUCACUAUAACUAAGGACUCGAUGGUAAUUAGUUGGGAACAUCCAAAAAACAAUGGUGGCACCAAUAUUUCCAACUAUAUUAUUGAAAGGAGAGAUAGAGCAGGCCACCGCUGGAUUAAGUGCAACAAAAACAUUGUAACUGAUGUGAGGUACAAAGUAACAGGACUGAUACAAGGGCAUGAAUAUGAAUUCAGAAUCAUAGCUGAGAAUGCUGCCGGUUUAAGUUUCCCAAGUCCCUCAAGUCCCUUUUAUAAGGCUAGUGACACAAUUUACAAACCUAGCCCUCCUGGUAAUCCAAGGGUUUUGGAUACAACAAAGUCAUCCAUUACACUUGCAUGGAACAAGCCGGUAUAUGAUGGGGGUUCUGAUAUCACUGGAUAUGUUGUUGAAACCUGUCUUCCGCAUGAAGAUGAAUGGACAGUUGUCACUCCCAAGGAAGGUUUAGUAGCCACUGUAUUUACAAUUACUAACUUAAAAGAAAAUCAAGAAUAUAAAAUAAAUAUUUCAGCUGUUAAUUGUGAGGGGGUUGGAGACCCUGCCUCUGUUCCUGGGUUACCAAAAGCAGAGGAUAGACAGAUUCCACCAGAAAUUGAACUUGAUGCAGAGCUCCGUAAAAUUGUUAAUAUAAGAGCUGGUGGCACAUUAAGAAUUUUUGUACCUAUUAAAGGAAGGCCUGCUCCUGAGGUUAAAUGGUCAAAACAAAAUGGAGAGCCACUGGAUAGGGCCAUUAUUGAAAGCACAACAUCCUUUACAUCAAUUUUAGUUGAACAUGUUAACAGAUUUGAUAGUGGACAGUACAUUUUAAUGUUGGAAAACAGCUCAGGAAGCAAGACAGCCUUUGUGAAUGUUAGAGUACUGGAUACCCCUGGAGCUCCGCAAAAUUUCAAGGUUAAAGAAGUAACCAAAGAAUCAGUUUCACUCACCUGGGAUCCUCCCAUUAUUGAUGGUGGUGCUAAGAUUAAGAACUACAUUGUAGAAAAAAGGGAAUCAACAAGAAAGGCAUACUCAACUGUAAAUGCAAACUGUCACAAAACAAGUUGGACUGUUGAUCAGCUGCAGGAGGGGUGCAACUAUUAUUUUAGGGUUUUUGCUGAAAAUGAAUAUGGAAUUGGUCUUCCUAUUGAAAGCAGUGACUCAGUGAAAGUGUCUGAAAAACCACUCCCUCCAGGUAAAAUCACGUUGCAAGAUGUAACAAAAAACAGUGCUACACUGUUGUGGGAAAAACCAGAACAUGAUGGAGGAAGUAGAAUAGUUGCUUAUGUUGUUGAAAUGCAGGGUAAGCGCAGUGAAACCUGGACCCAGUGCAUGCUUGUAAAAGCCACUGAAGCGGUUGUUACUGGGCUGACAGAAGGUGAAGAAUACAUCUUCCGUGUUUCAGCAAGAAAUGAGAAAGGAACCAGUGAUCCUCGUCAGAUUGGUGUACCAGUUAUUGCUAAAGAUCUUAUCAUUACCCCAUCAGUAAAGUUAUUAUUCUCAACAUUUAGCGUUCUUGCUGGAGAAGACCUAAAAGUAGACAUACCAUAUCUUGCUAGGCCCAAAGCAGCUAUAUUAUGGCACAAAGAUGGUUGUCCUCUUAAACAAACAUCUAGAGUUAAUUUUGAAAUGGAUGAAAGCCAACUGUAUCUCAAGAUAAAAGAAGCUUGUAGAGAUGAUGUUGGUCAGUACACCAUUCAACUUUCAAACACUGCUGGGGAAGCAACAGCAAACAUUUGCAUUGUUGUUCUUGAUAAACCUGGUCGUCCAGGUGGUCCAGUAAAAAUAACCGAAGUCACAGCUGACAGUGUUACGUUGUCUUGGAAUCCACCAGAAUAUGAUGGUGGUUGUACUAUCAACAACUACACUGUGGAGAAGAGAGAUACUUCAAGUACAAACUGGCAAGCUGUAAAUGUAAGCUUAGCUAGAACAACAGUUAAGGUAAGACGGUUGAAGACUGGUUGUGAAUAUCAGUUCAGGAUAACUGCUGCAAAUCGUUAUGGAAAAAGUCCUGGUCUAGUUUCAGAAGCUGUACUUGCCCAGUACCCGUAUAAACUUCCAGGCCCUCCAGGAACACCAUUUGUACAGGAGGCCAAUAAAGAUAGCAUGGUUGUGGUUUGGAAUGAACCCGUGAUUGAUGGAGGAACAAAUAUCCUGGGGUAUCACCUGGAUCGGAAGGAAAGAAACAGUAUUAUUUGGAUGAAGCUAAACAAGACAUUAAUUCAGGACCUGGAGUUCAAAACAACUGGCCUUGAAGAAGGAAUUGAAUAUGAAUAUAGAGUUUAUGCAGAAAACAUUGUUGGCAUAGGUAAACCCAGUAAAGUUUCAGAAAGCUAUGUUGCAAGAGAUCCUUGUGAUCCUCCUGGUACCCCUGAAGUAGCUACCAUCACAAAUAAUUCAGUUGCACUUAGAUGGACAAAGCCAGAGUAUGAUGGUGGAUUCAAAAUUACUGGAUAUGUUGUUGAGAAGAAAGAGUUACCUGAUGGUCGCUGGAUAAAAGCAAAUUUCACAAACGUGAUUGAGACUGAAUAUGUUGCAACUGGAUUAACUGAGGGUCAGAAAUAUGAGUUUCGUAUAAUUGCAAAAAAUGCAGCAGGUCUUCUCAGUGAUCCCUCAAACAGCACUGGUCCUAUUACUGCAAAGGAUGAAGUUGACCCGCCUCGCAUUAGUAUAGAUCCACAAUAUACUCAAAAAUUUGUUGUUAAUGCUGGAGAAAACUUUAAGAUUGCUGCUGACGUUCAAGGAAAACCAACACCAUUAAUCUGCUGGAUGAAGGGAAAUCAAGAGCUUUUCAACACUAAAUGGUGUGAAAUAAAAAACACCAACAGUAGUACAUGUCUUAGUGUUAAGGAUGUUAAGCGGAAUGAUGGAGGCCAGUACACUCUAAAGGUGGAAAAUACUGGAGGACAGAAGUCUGUUCAUGUCAAUGUAGAAGUCUUAGACAAACCAGGUCCACCUGAGGGACCCAUUUCUGUGUCCAAUGUAACAGCUGAACAGUGUAUAGUCACCUGGAAACCACCAAAGGAUGAUGGUGGCAGUGAAAUACUUCAUUACAUUAUUGAAAAAAGAGAAACGAGUAGAUUAGUAUGGACUACUGUUGAGCCUAAAAUAAAAGAACUUGAUUUUAAAAUCACAAAACUUCUUGAAGGAAAUGAAUAUAUAUUUCAUGUCAUGGCUGUAAACAAAUAUGGAAUUAGUGACUCACUAGAAUCUGAAGCUGUAAUUGCUAAAAAUCCCUUUGUAACUCCAGGCGCACCAAAGAAUGUUGAAAUUUCCAAUGUUACAAAAGAUUCAAUGGUUGUAACCUGGGAGGCACCUGCUAAUGAUGGUGGUAGCCCAAUAACAGGGUAUAUUAUUGAAAAGCAUGACAAAGAAGGAGUAAGAUGGACAAAAUGUAAUAAAUGCACAGUAACUGAAUUACACUUCAGAGUUACUGGGCUUCUGGUAAACCACCAUUAUGAGUUUAGAGUUUCAGCUGAGAAUGCUGCAGGAGCUGGAGAACCAAGCUCGCCAUCUCCUUACUAUAAGGCUUUGGAUCCUAUUUUCCCACCAGGCCCUCCAAACAAUCCUAAGGUCACUGAUAUAACAAGAACCUCAAUUUUCCUUUCCUGGGGAAAACCUGUUUAUGAUGGAGGUUGUGAUAUUCAAGGAUAUAUUGUUGAGGGAUGUGAAUUAACAUCUGAAGAAUGGAAAAUGUUCACUCCAUCACCGGGUAUUAAAUGUGCACAGUUUGAAGUUGAUAAACUAAAAGAAAAUCAUGAGUAUAAAUUCAGAGUGUGCGCUGUAAACAAAGUUGGUGUUGGAGAACAUGCCGAUGUGUCUGCCGUGCUCCUUGAAGACAAGAGAGAAGAGCCAGAUCUUGAUAUUGAUCCUGACCUCAGGAAGACACUCACUGUUAGAGCUGGAGCCUCCAUCAGAGUGUUCAUUCCUAUUCGAGGACGACCUGCUCCUGAAAUAAAAUGGGGGAAAGUUCAUGGUGAAAUUAGGGAUACAGCUCAAAUUGAGAUUACAAGCAGUUAUACUUCUCUUGUCAUUGAUAAGGUUAACAGGUUUGAUAGUGGAAAGUACACCAUUACUGCAGAAAAUUCUAGUGGAACAAAAACUGCAUCUAUCAGUGUCAGAGUGCUUGAUACACCUAGUGCUCCAGUUAACCUUAAAGUUAAAGAAAUGACAAAAGAAUCUGUAACACUUACAUGGGAACCACCUUCACUGGAUGGUGGAGCUAAAAUAAAAAACUAUAUUAUUGAAAAACGUGAAACAACCAGAAAAGCAUACUCAGCUGUUUCAACCAACUGUCACAAACUGUCAUGGAAAAUUGAACCUCUUCAGGAGGGCUGUAGUUAUUAUUUCAGAGUAUAUGCCGAGAACGAAUAUGGAAUUGGGUUACCUUCAGAAAUACCCGAUCCUUUAAAAGUUUCAGAAGUGCCCCAACCACCUGGGAAACUUACAGUUGUUGAUAUAACACGUAACAGUGUUUCUCUUGCUUGGGAGAAGCCUGAACAUGAUGGUGGAAGCAAAAUUCUUCAUUAUCUGGUGGAAAUGCAAGCUAAAGGCAAUGAAAAGUGGUCUGUAAGUGCAAAUGUAAAAACACUGGAGACUGUUAUCACUAAUUUAGUUCCUGGAGAAGAAUAUGUAUUCAGAGUUGUUGCUGUCAAUGAGAAAGGAAAGAGUGACCCAAGAUCCCUUGCAGUACCAGUACAGACAAAGGAUCUUGCCAUAGAGCCAGAUGUACGACCUGCAUUUAAUAACUACAGUGUGCUGGUUAAUAAGGACCUCAAAUUAGAAAUACCAAUUUCUGGAUGUCCAAAACCAAACAUUACUUGGAAAAAGGAUGGCUUAACUCUUAAACAGACAACAAGGGUUAAUGUUAUCAACACUUCAAAGCAAACAAUUCUUAAUAUAAAAGAAGUAACAAGAGAUGAUGCUGGGAUAUAUGCUAUUGCUGCUUCGAAUGCUGUUGGGAAAAAAGAUGCAACCAUUGAAAUCAUUACACUUGAUAAACCAGGCCCACCAACUGGUCCUAUUAGGUUUGAUGAGGUCAGUUCGCAAAGUGUUACAAUUUCCUGGGAUCCACCAAAAUACACUGGUGGCUGUCCAAUUUUAAACUACAUUGUACAAAAAAGGGACACAACCACUACUACCUGGGAAAAUGUUUCCACAACAGCAAUAAGAACUACAUUGAAGAUAUUGCAUUUGACAACUGGGGCAGAAUAUCAAUUUAGAAUUAUUGCUGAAAACAGGUAUGGCAAAAGUUAUGCCUUAGACUCUGCAUCAGUGAUUGCUCAGUAUCCUUUCAAAGAACCUGGACCUCCAGGAACUCCCUAUGUUUCCUCACUUUCAAAAAAUCACAUGAUUGUGGAGUGGCAUGAACCAGUAUCAGAUGGAGGCAGCAGUGUUGUUGGAUAUCAUCUUGAAAGGAAAGAGAAGAAUAGUAUUAUCUGGACAAAAAUAAAUAAGACACUAAUUCGUGACACUUCUUUUAAAAGCACUCCUCUAGAUGAAGGUAUUGAAUAUGAGUUCAGAGUUUAUGCUGAGAAUAUUGUCGGCAUUGGCAGAUGCAGUAAAAUCUCAGAGGGGUAUGUGGCUCGUGACCCGUGUGAUCCACCUGGGACUCCAGAAGUCACCUCUGUGACUAAAAACUCAAUCACAGUCCAUUGGACAAGGCCUGAGUAUGAUGGAGGUAGUAUGAUUACUGGUUACAUUGUGGAGAAGAGAGACAUACCCGAGGGACGCUGGAUAAAGGCUAACUUCACAAACAUAAUUGAGACCCAUUUUACAAUUACUGGCCUUAUAGAAAACUGCAAAUAUGACUUUAGAAUUAUUGCAAAAAAUGCAGUUGGAACUAUUAGCAAACCAUCUUGCAAUACUGGACCAAUAACUGCAAAGGAUGAAGCUGAGCCACCAAGAUGCUCAACUGAUCCAGAGUACAUUCAAGCUAUUGUAGUAAAUGCAGGGGAAAGUUUCAAACUUGAAGCUGAUGUUUACGGAAGACCCAUGCCUACAAUUCAGUGGUUCAAAGAUGAUAAGGAAAUUGAAAAUUCAUCGAGAUGUGAGAUAAAAAACACUGAAUCUCGAACAAUGGUUACUGUUAAAGAUGCCAGCAGAAUAGACAGUGGCCAAUAUAAUUUGCAAGUGACAAAUGUAGCAGGUUCCAAAACUGUUCCAUUCCACGUUAAAGUACUAGAUGUACCAGGAAUGUGUGAAGGGCCUCUAGAUGUUACCAGUGUAACUUCUGAAACAUGCACAUUAUCUUGGCUUCCUCCGAAACACAAUGGGGGAAGCAGUAUUUUUCAUUACAUAAUUGAAAGGAGGGAAACGAGCCGGCUCGCAUGGACUGUAGUUUGUAGUGACUGUGAAGAUACAUUGUUUAAAGUAACUAAUCUUCUAGAAGGGAAUGAAUAUAAAUUCCGUGUCAUGGCUGUCAACAAGUCUGGUAUUGGCAAACCACUAGAAUCAUUACCAGUGAUAAUGAAAAAUCAAUUUUUACCACCUGAAGCACCACAGGCUUUAGAAGUAAUUAACAUUGCAAAGGAUUCCAUGACUGUUUGCUGGAAGAGACCACAAAUAGAUGGUGGAAGUGAAAUUAUUGGGUAUUUUAUAGAGAAGAAAGAGAAAACUGGAGUAAGAUGGACAAGAUGUAAUAGACAAAUUGUCUCAGAUUUACGUUUCAGAGUGACAGGAUUAAUGGAGGAUCACGACUAUGAGUUCAGAGUUUAUGCAGAAAAUGCAGCUGGAGUUGGAGAACCAAGUUUACCAACCCCUUGUUAUAAAGCUUGCGACCCCAUGUUCAGUCCUGGUCCACCAACACAUCCUCAUGUAACUGAUAUCACAAAGAACUCCAUUUCAUUGACAUGGGGUAAACCAAUUUAUAAUGGUGGCAGUUUGAUCCAGGGAUAUGUUGUGGAGAUCUGCAAAGCUAAUGAAGAGGAAUGGACAAUGUGCACACCACCAACUGGCCUACUUGUCAAUAAAUUUAAUAUCACAAACCUUUCAGAAAAUGAUGAAUAUAAAAUUCAGGUGUGUGCAAUCAAUAAAUUAGGUGUUGGUGAAGCAGCUGCUAUUCCUGGUACAGUUAAACCUGAAGACAAAAUGGAACCACCAGAGCUCUCCCUUGACUCAGAAAUAAGGAAAGGACUUAUAGUGCAUGCUGGUAGGUCAGUGAAAAUCAGUGUCCCUUUCAAAGGAAGACCCAUUCCAAACAUUAGUUGGACUAAAGAAGAAGAAGAUUUGUGUAAAAAGGAAAAAGUAAAAAUUGAAAAUGGGAUUAACUGUACGCAACUUUCAAUUGAAAACUGCAACAGAAAUGACACUGGAAAAUAUACUGUUAAACUGGAAAACAGCAGUGGUUGUGUAUCAGAUUUCAUCUCCAUCAAAGUAUUGGAUACACCAGGAGCACCUCAGAAUCUUGUUGUGAAAGAUAUAAAAAAAGACUGCAUCACUCUUUUGUGGGAGCCACCACUUUCAGAUGGAGGAGCAAAGAUAAGGAAUUUCAUAGUUGAUAAACGUGAAUCAACUAGAAAGGUGUAUGUAAAUGUUACUGCUAAAUGCACCAAAACAAGCUUUAAGGUAGAAAAUCUUGCUGAAGGCGCUAUGUAUUACUUUAGAGUUAUGGCUGAGAAUGAAUAUGGAGUUAGUCAACCUAUUGAAACUAAAAGUGCAGUAAGGGUGUGUGAAGUUCCUCUGUCCGUGAGGAAUGUUACUUUGACUGAUGUAACUAAAGUAAGUGCCUCCCUAGCAUGGGAAAAACCAGAACAUGAUGGUGGUAGUAGGAUAAUGGGUUAUGCAAUUGAAAUGCAGGUUAAAGGAACAGAUAAAUGGACUGUUGCAACAUCAACAAAGACAUGCGAAGGUACUGUUGCAGGACUAAUAUCUGGUCAGGAAUACCUCUUCCGUGUUUUAGCCUACAACGAAAAAGGAAAGAGUGAUCCUAAGAUAUUAGCUACACCAGUUACUGCAAAUGAUUUAACUGUUGAACCCAGUUUUAAACUAUUGUUCAACACUUAUAGUGUCAAAUCUGGUGAUGACCUCAAAAUAGAAAUAAUGGUGACUGGAUGCCCAAAACCUAAAAUUACAUGGAUGAAAGAUGGACUAUCCCUAAAACAGACUACAAGGAUUAAUCCCAUUAACACACCUACAUCAACAAUCCUUCAGAUUAAGGAGGCUUGCAAAGACGACUUUGGCAAAUAUUCUGUCACAGCAACAAACUGUGCAGGUGAUUCAAAGGAAGAAAUUGUCAUAAUAGUCUUUGACAAACCUGGUCCACCAACAGGUCCCAUUCAAAUCAAUGAUGUAACUAAUAAUUCUGUCACAGUAUCAUGGGAACCACCGGAAUACAAAGGUGGCUGUGAAGUAAAGAAUUAUGUUAUUGAAAAACGGGACACAGCUACCACAGCAUGGGAAGUUAUAUCACAAACAGUUGCAAGGACAACUAUAAAAAUUUACAAACUUAAAAAAGGUUCCGAGUAUCAGUUUAGAGUCUUUGCUGAAAACAGAUAUGGGAGGGGUUCUCCCUUGAUUUCUAAACCUGUUGUUGUGCAGUACCCUUACAAACCUCCAGGACCACCUGGCACUCCAUUUGUCACAUCAACAACAAAAGACUGCAUGGUUAUUGAAUGGAAUGAACCAGUUACUGAUGGUGGCAGCACAGUUAUUGGCUACCAUCUUGAAAGCAAAGAAAGAAAUAGUAUCCUCUGGACUAAGUUGAACAAGACUCUAAUUAGUGAUACCAUCUUUAAGGCAUGUAACCUUGAAGAAGGCAACGGAUAUGAAUACAGAGUGUUUGCUGAAAAUAUUGUAGGCAUUGGAAAAUCAAGCAAGAUUUCAGAAUGUUUUAUAGCUCGUGAUCCUUGUGAUUCACCUGGGACACCCGAGCCAGUCAUUAUAUGCAGAAACCAUGUCACACUUCAGUGGAUGAAGCCACAGUAUGAUGGUGGUAGCAAGGUAACUGGAUACAUUAUAGAAAAAAGAGAUUUACCCGAAGGUCGUUGGAUGAAAGCCAACUUCACAAAUGUUGCUGAGACAGAAUUUACAGUCACAGGAUUAUCAGAAGGUGAAAAAUAUGAAUUUAGAAUAAUUGCAAGAAAUGCAGCUGGUAUUUUCAGUCAACCUUCUGAAAGCACUGGACCAAUAGCUGCUAAAGAUGACAUUGAAUUGCCUAGAGUGUCAAUGGAUCCAAAAUACAAGGAUGUUGUUGUUAUUAAUGCAGGGUGUACUCUUGCUCUUGAUGCUAAUGUGUAUGGAAAACCAGAACCUGAUGUCAUAUGGUUAAAAGAUGGAAAGAAAUUUGAAGUGACUACUCAAAAAGUUGACAUAAAAACCACUAGUAAAUCCACAGUACUUAUAGUUAAGGACUGCACUAGAGAAGACAGUGGGUGCUACAACCUUAUUCUAAGCAAUAUUGGUGGAACAAAAACUAUUCCAAUUACUGUUAAAGUUCUUGACAGGCCUGGUUCUCCUGAAGGUCCACUACAAGUGACUGAAGUCACUGCAGAUGCAUGUUGUCUGUCUUGGGGAGAACCAUUACAAGAUGGUGGUGCAGCUGUUGACCAUUAUAUUGUUGAAAAAAGAGACACCAGUAAGUUGUCUUGGACAGUAGUUAAACCCAAAGUUAAAGCACUUAGCUGCAAAGUGACAAAUCUCCUAGUUGGAAAUGAAUACAUCUUCAGAACUAUGGCAGUUAACAAAUAUGGUAUAAGUGAACCCUUGGAGUCUGAGCCUGUAACAGCAAAACAUCCGUUCAAGCCUCCAAGUCCACCAUCCAUGCCUGAAGCAACUUGUAUAACAGGGGAUUCAAUGGUUAUUAAAUGGGAACAGCCAGAGUAUAAUGGUGGGUCAGAUAUUCAUAACUAUCAUCUUGAGAAACGUGACAAAGAUGGUGUCAGGUGGACAAAAUGUAACAAAACAGAACUAAGCGAUCUAAAUUUCAAAGUAACUGGUCUCACAGAAGGGCAUUUCUAUGAAUUCCGGGUCUCUGCUGAAAAUGAGGCUGGUGUGGGUCCACCAAGUGAGCCAUCUUUGUUCUACAGAGCCUGCAAUGCUGCACGUCCACCUGGCCCACCAAACCAUCCCAAGGUCACUGAUCACACAAGCUCAACUGUGACCUUAUCUUGGAGCAAACCUCUUGAUGAUGGCGGUGCAUACAUAAAGGGAUAUAUUGUUGAAAUGAAAGAGGUUACACAUGAAGACUGGAGUACUUGUACACCUUCAACUGGUAUACAAGCAACACAAUACAAAGUGGAAAAACUUAAGGAAAAUACUAAAUACAACUUUCGCAUCUGUGCAUUUAAUGCAGAAGGAGUUGGUGAACAUGCUGAUAUCCAUGGCUCCAUAGCUGCUGUUGAAAAGCAAGAAGUACCAGAGGCUGAAUUAGAUGCAGAACUCAGAAAAGUCGUUUCUGUACGUGCAAGUGGAACACUUCGAAUUUUUGUUGUCAUACGUGGAAGACCUGAACCAAAAGUCAAGUGGGAGAAGGCAGAAGGAUCCCUGACUGAACGUGCACAAACUGAAACUACUAGUUCAUACACCAUGUUGGUCAUUGACAACGUAAACAGAUGUGACAGCGGCAAGUAUAUUUUGACCCUUGAAAAUAACAAUGGCACAAAAACAGUAUUUGUCAAUGUCAGAGUUAUGGACUCACCAAGCUCACCUCUUAAUUUUGUAAUCAAAGACAUCAAGAAUGAUUCAGUAACACUGUCAUGGGAUUCUCCAGCUUUUGAUGGGGGAGCCAAAAUAACCAACUACAUCAUAGAAAAACGAGAGUCUACAAGAAAGGCAUAUACUACUGUUACGAGUAACUGCACUUCAAAUUCAUUUGUAAUUGGUCAGCUGCAGCAGGGAGGUAUUUAUUAUUUCCGUGUGCAGGCUGUUAAUGAGCAUGGUGUUGGUUUACCUGCAGAAACUAAAGACCCAGUUAAAGUUUCUGAACCACCUAUGCCACCAGGUAAAAUUAAGCUUGUAGAUGUGACUCGUAACAGUGUAACUCUUUCUUGGGAGAAGCCAGAUAACGAUGGAGGAAGCAAAAUCAUAUGCUACAAUGUAGAAAUGCAAACUAAGGGCAGUGAGAGGUGGAUUGCAACCGGUACAUUUAGGGCACUGGAAGCAAUAAUUACAGGUCUUGUACCAGGUGACGAAUAUUCUUUCAGAAUCAGUGCUGUGAAUGAAAAAGGAACAAGUGAACCAAAACAACUAGGGGUUCCUGUCAUUGCAAAGGACAUUGAAAUUGAGCCCACCAUUGAUAUGCCUUUUAACACUUACAGUAUUAAAGCUGGGAAAGAUUUAACAGUUGAAGUUCCAUUUAAAGGUAGACCCAAACCUGUCAUAUCAUGGAAGAAAGAUGGUCUUCCUUUAAAGCAAACAACGUCAGUGACACUUUUAUCAUCUAUGACCUCGGCAAAACUUUUUUUCAAAGAAGCCAGCAGAGAGCAUGUUGGAAAAUAUGAAAUCACACUAACUAAUGCAGGUGGUACAAAAACAGAAGAAAUUUUAAUUGUUGUUCUUGAUAAACCUGGUUCUCCAGCUGCAAUCAGAGUGGAUGAAGUAACUGCUGAAAGCAUUUCAUUAUCUUGGGAACCACCAAUUUUCAAUGGUGGUUGCCAUAUCAACAGCUAUAUUGUAGAAAAGAGAGAUGCCAACACCAGUGUAUGGCAAAUUGUUUCAUCAACAGUUGCUAGAACUUCUAUUAAAGUAUCGCACCUGACACAAGGCUCUGAAUACCAGUUCCGUGUUUAUGCUAUAAAUCGUUAUGGAAAGGGUCCUUCAAUAGAUUCGCCAGUAAUUACUGUCCAGUAUCCAUUCAAAGUUCCUGGUCCCCCUGCUACACCUCGGGUUGUCCAAGCAACCAAGGAAUUCAUGCUUGUUACAUGGAAUGAACCAGUUAAUGAUGGUGGCAGUGCAGUCACUGGGUAUCACCUGGAAUGCAAAGAAAGAAAUAGCAUUCUUUGGGCAAAAAUAAACAGAAGUCUCAUCAAGAAUACAGAAUUCAGAGUUACUGGUAUUGAAAAGGGCUUGUUCUAUGAAUAUCGUGUCUAUGCUGAAAACAUUGUUGGUGUAGGAAAGUGUAGCAAAGCCUGUGAACCUGUGGCUGCAAGAGAUCCUUGUGAUCCUCCAGGUCAACCUACAGUCACAAACAUCACUAAAACAGCCGUUUCACUUUUAUGGGCAAAGCCACAGUAUGAUGGUGGAGCUAAAGUUACAGGCUAUAUCAUUGAACGCAAGGAAGAGGAACGCUGGAUAAGGUGCAAUUUCACCAAUAUUCAGGAAACAUACUUUGAUGUUACAGGCCUUGUCGAAAACCAGACAUAUGAUUUCCGUGUCAUUGCUAAAAAUGCAGCUGGAUUAUUUAGUCAACCAUCUGAUUGCACAGGGCCCAUAACAGUUAAAGAUGAUGUAGAUCCACCACGGAUCAUAAUGGAUGUUAAUUUUAGAAAUGCAGUAGUUGUAAAAGCUGGAGAUUCCCUGAAAAUCAAAGCAGAUAUUGCUGGACGGCCUCUCCCAGUUGUUUCAUGGGCAAAGGAUGGUAAGGAGAUUGACAUGAGGGCUAGAAUACAGAUCUAUUCAACAGACACCAGCACUUCAGUAACCAUUAAAGACUGUGUAAGAAGUGACUCUGGUCAGUAUGUUUUAACAGUGAAGAACCUGGCUGGAACAAAAUCAUUUCCUCUAAACUGCACGGUCCUUGAUAGGCCAGGACCAUCAGCAGGUCCUUUACAGGUGACUGACCUUACUGCAGCAACAUGUACAUUGACCUGGGGGCCCCCUCAAGAAAAUGGUGGAGCGGAAAUCUCCCACUACAUUGUUGAAAAGCGUGAAACAAGCCAUCUUGUCUGGACUGUGGUACAUUGGGACAUAAAAACUACAACAUGUAAAGUUGACAAACUUCUUAAAGGAAAUGAGUAUAUAUUUAGAGUUCUAGGUGUGAACAAAUUUGGAGUUGGUGAAGCAUUGGAAAGUGAUCCCAUAAAAACAACUGAUCCAUUUACUGUCCCAUUUGCACCUACAAAUGUUGCGAUUAGCAAUGUAAGCAGUAAGGAAAUGACAAUCUGCUGGGGAAAGCCUGCAUCUGAUGGAGGUAGUGAAAUUCUUGGUUAUAUAAUUGAAAAGCGUGAGAAGUCAAGUAUGCACUGGGUCCGUGUGAACAGUAAGCUUAUAUACGAGCUUUCAGUUAAAGCAACCAAACUCCGUAACAGAUGUGAGUAUGAGUUCCGUGUUUUUGCAGAAAAUGCUGCUGGUAUAAGCCUUCCAAGUGACCCUUGUCCAUUAACCAAAGCAGAAGAUCCACCGUUGUUGCCACCUUCUCCUAGUAAACCAAAAAUUAUUGAUUCAACCAAAAGUUCUAUCACUCUUUUGUGGAACAAGCCACAAUCUGUUGGUGAGAAUCCUGUCACUGGAUACAGCAUAGAAUUUAAAAAGAAAAGUGAUAAAGAAUGGCGUGUGGCAGUUCAGAAUACAAGGAAUACUGAAUAUACAGUUAGUGGACUUGAAUCUGGAGCAGAGUAUGUGUUUGCUGUUAAAUCUAUUAACAAAAUUGGUAUUAGUGACCCAAGCCCACCAUCUGACCCCGAAGUUGCAAACGAGAGAGAAGAAGAGCCAUUAUUUAAUGUUGACAAUGAAAUGCGAAAAACACUCAUUGUCAGGCAUGGAAAUUCAUUUACUCUGACUGCACCAUUCAGAGGAAAACCAAUUCCUACAGUUGUUUGGAAUAACGAAGAUGUAAAUUUGCAGGAGAGAGCAAGUAUUGAUACAAGUGAUAAUUGUACAUCACUUACAAUAGAAAAAGCAACAAGAAAGGACUCAGGAAAGUAUACUGUGACACUAGAGAACCCAGUUGGAACUGCUGUACUAACAAUGACUGUCAAAGUCCUUGAUUCACCUGGCCCACCUUCAGACAUUGAAAUUAAAGAAGUGACAAAGGACUCAGUAACUUUGACAUGGAGAGCUCCAGACAAUGAUGGUGGUGACCCUGUUAAAAAUUACCACAUUGAAAAACGUGAAGCAAUCAAAAAGGCAUGGGUAAGCGUGACAAACAACUGCCACCAUCUUAUUUACAAAGUGACGAACUUACAAGAGGGAGCCAUUUAUUACUUCAGAGUCAUAGGUGAAAAUGAAUUUGGACUUGGAGUGCCUUCAGAGACAGACGGAACUAAAAUUACAGAAAAACCAAGUACCCCCACAAAACUUGGAGUUACUAAUGUAACAAAGGAUAGUGUUUCCCUGGCUUGGAGUAAGCCGGAGUUUGAUGGGGGAAGCAGAAUAACCAGUUACCUACUUGAAUCCCUUGAAAAGGGACAAAAGAAGUGGAUUAAGUGCGCUGUUGUCAAAACCACUGACCACGUGGUUCAUAGUCUUAGGGAAAAUGCUGAAUAUUUGUUCAGAGUGAGUGCAGAAAACCAUGCUGGUCUAAGUGAACCCAAAGAAAUGAUUACACCUGUCAUUGUAAAAGAUAAGCUUGAAUCUCCUGAGUUUGACAUGAAGAACUUCAGUCGUAAUACUGUCUAUGUCAGAGCAGGAUCAAAUCUCAAAUGUGAGAUCCCUCUUACUGGAAAACCUCUGCCAAGAGUCACCCUUUCAAAAGACAGUAUUAUUAUGAAAUCAGCAAAGAGAUUUAAAUUUGAAGUCAUUCCAGAAAGCUUGUUGAUUAACCUUAAAGAAAGUAUUGCUAGUGAUUCUGGGAGGUAUGACAUUACAGCUUCCAACUCAUGUGGAGUCGCAAAGACCUUUGUAAACAUUUUGGUUCUGGACAGACCUGGUCCUCCAGUUGGGCCUGUGGAAAUUAGUGAUGUCACUGAAGACAGUUUAUGUCUGAAAUGGUUUCCCCCAGUAUAUGACGGUGGCAGCCCAGUAACAAACUACGUAGUUCUCAAACGUGAAACAAGCACUCCUGCAUGGAUGGAGGUUUCAUCUACAGUUGCAAGAAGUGAAAUAAAGAUUACUAAAUUGAUGAAAGGGGAGGAAUAUCAAUUCAGAAUAAAAGCAGAGAAUCGCUUUGGAUUCAGUGAUCACAUUGACUCUAAGGCUGUGACAGCAAAACUCCCAUACACCACCCCUGGGCCUCCUUCGACUCCUUGGGUAACUAUGGUUUCAAGAAACAAUAUUACUGUUUGCUGGCAUGAGCCAGUAUCAGACGGAGGAAAUCCUGUUUUUGGAUACCACUUACAGAUGAAAGAUAGAAAUAGCUCUGUUUGGCAGAAGGUUAACAAAACUGCUAUCCGUGCCACUCAGUUUAGAGUGACAAACAUAUGCCCUGGACUCAUCUACGAGUUCAAAGUUGCUGCAGAAAAUUCAGCUGGCAUUGGCAAAAUCAGUAAAACAUCAGAUGAAGUCCUUGCAAUUGAUGCUUGUGAGCCCCCAGGCAAUGUGCGUAUCUCUGAUAUCACAAAGAACUCCAUUACCCUUGUCUGGCAGAAGCCUCCUUAUGAUGGUGGCAGUAAAGUCACAGGGUAUAUUGUGGAGAAGAGAGAUGCAUCAAAAUGUAGAUGGACAAAAGCAAACUUCACAAAUGUCAUUGAGACUAAUUUCACCAUAUCUGGUUUGACACAAGAUGAGUCCUACGAAUUUAGAGUUUUUGCAAAGAAUGCUGCUUCUGUCAGUAACCCAUCUGUUAUUGCUGGACCUGUAAAAUGUGUAGAUACCCAAGGUACUCCUGAGAUUGACCUGCCAGCAGAGUAUCUGGAUGUCCUAAAUUAUAAGGCUGGAGAAGUAGUCCAGAUUCAAGUGGGAAUCAAAGCUAGGCCACUACCUGUAAUUGAGUGGUUCAAGGAUGGAAAGGAAUUUUUAUCUAGUGCUCAGAUAUCUAUUGAAAGCACUACAGAUGCCUCAGGAAUUAUCAUAAAGGAUGCCAAUCGUUUUCACAGUGGAACCUAUGAAGUCAAAAUCAAGAACGCUUUGGGCCUGGCAUCAGCUUCAGUCAGAGUACAGAUUCUAGACAUACCUGGACCUCCAGUUGGACCUGUUCAAUUCAAGAGAGUAACAGCAGAGAACAUCACCAUUGCAUGGAAUCCUCCAAUAGAUGACGGUGGUGCAAAUGUCACCCAUUAUGUUGUGGAGAAACGGGAGACAAGCAGAACUGCAUGGUCAGUUGUAUCUGAAGAACACAAGGAAUGCACAAUAUCAGUGGAGAAAUUAGUGAGAGGGAGUGAGUAUGUCUUUCGUGUACGGGGCAUGAACAAGUAUGGCAUUGGAGAACCUUUGGAAUCUGCACCAGUUAUUGCCAAGAAUGCAUUUGUUACACCAGGACAACCCAGUACGCCAGAGGCGAUUAACAUUACUAGAUCAACAAUGACUGUGGUUUGGGAGAGACCAGGUGUGGAUGGUGGCAGUGACAUCACUGGCUAUUACUUGGAAAUGCGUGAUAAAAACACCCUACGUUGGCAGAAAGUCAUGAAAGCUCCUGUUUGUGACACCAUAAAGAACAUCCUCAACCUUACAGGAGGAAAAGAAUAUCAGUAUCGUGUUAAUGCAAUCAAUCGUGCAGGAGAAGGUCCAUACUCAGAUGUCUCUGAUUUCUACAAAGCAGUUGAUCCUAUACAACCACCAGAUGAACCAAACAAACUGAAAGUAGUUGAUUCAACAAAAACAUCAAUUACACUUGGUUGGGGAAAGCCAGAGUAUGAUGGUGGCAGUGAAAUUACAAGUUAUGUUGUUGAAAAGAGAGUCGCUGAAGAAGAAGAAUGGGUGGUGAUUAGCUCCAAAGGUGAAAUUAGAACUACAGAAUAUGUUGUAUCUCAUUUACAACCUGAAACUGACUACUUCUUCCGUGUGUCUGCUGUUAACUGUGCUGGGCAAGGAAAACCAAUUGAAAUAGUUGAACCUGUGCAAGCCAAGGAUAUUCUUGAGGAAGCUCAGAUAGAUUCUGAUAUUGCACUGAGGACUCAAUAUACAGUGAAGGCGGGAACAGAUGUGGAAAUAAUGGUUCCAUUUAAGGGAAGACCUGUGCCAAAUGUCACCUGGAAAGUAGAUGAAACAGACAUAUGUAAUGAUCCAAAAUACAAAAUUCACAACAAUGAAUCUUCAACUCUCCUUAUCAUUCCACUGGUUACUCGUAAUGACACAAACAAAUAUAUUCUUGAACUUGAAAAUGGUGUUGGGGAGCCCAAGAAAGUAACAAUAUUUGUUAAAGUGCUAGAUACACCAUCAGUUUGCCAAAAAUUACAAAUUAAGAAUGUCACUCGUGGAAAAGUAACACUGAGCUGGGAAGAACCUCUUCUUGAUGGUGGUGCACCAGUAAUUAAUUACAUCAUUGAAAAGAAAGACUCUGCAAAGCGAUCAUAUACUUCUGUAACAACCAAGUGUGCCAGCACAACAUAUGAAAUCGAUAAACUUUCUGAAAAAUCAUCAUAUUUUUUCCGCGUGUCAGCAGAGAAUGAAAACGGAAUUGGUGAUCCCUGUGAGACUGCGGAACCUGUUAAAGCCACUGAGAUACCAGGUCAGGUAAAAAAUAUAUCCAUGAAAGAUUCCACCAAAACAUCGGUGACACUGCAGUGGAGUAAACCUGACUACGAUGGUGGCAGCAUAAUAUCAGACUAUGUAAUUGAAAAGAAACUGAAUGAUGAGAAGGACUGGACAUUUGUAGGCACCAGCAGAACAUGUGAAUAUGAAGUGACAAAGCUUAAGGAACUAGCAGCCAUCGAAUUUAGAGUUUGCGCCAAAAAUGAGAAGGGACAAGGAGACUUCAUGCAAAUUGGACCCAUCAUAGUGAAGGACUUUAUUAUUCCACCCCAUGCAGAUCUAUCAGAGUACCCGGGAGGUCAAAUAAGUGUGCGUAUUGGGCACAAUGUCCAUAUUGAGUUGCCAUACAUAGGAAAACCAAGACCAACCGUUGAGUGGUUAAAAGACAACCUGCCACUGAAGGAAAGUGAACAGGUUCGCUUUAAAAAGACAGCAGACAAGGUUACUCUCAUGAUCAAGAAUGUAAGAAAGAAAAAUGGGGGAAAAUAUACAUUAAUUCUUGAUAACAAGUUUUGCAGAAAAUCAUUCUGCAUCAAAGUUGUUACCCUUGGGCCACCUGCAAAGCCUACUGGCCCCAUUGAAAUGGAUGAAAUCAGAGCAGAGAGCAUAACAAUAUCUUGGGAUGAGCCAAGUGAUGAUGGGGGUGGAGAAAUUAUUUGCUACAGUGUGGAGAAAUGUGAUAAUUCCCAGACAGACUGGAAAAUGGUUUGCUCAAAUGUAACUGGGACAACAUAUAAGGUACCCAAUUUAGUUAAAGGAACAGGGUAUCAGUUCAGAGUAUGUGCUGAAAACAGAUAUGGUGUGAGCGAGCCCUUGAUUUCGCAGACAGUGCUUGCCAAACACCAGUACAGACCACCAAGCCCCCCAGGAAAGCCAGUCGUUUACAAUAUUAUGCAUGACAGCAUGACUAUUCGAUGGGACGCACCCAUUAAUGACGGUGGUUCGGCAAUAAUUGGCUACCAUGUUGACAAGAAAGAGAAAAACAGCAUCAUGUGGCAAAAAGUAAACACGGUAAUAAUAAAAGACACAAAUUACAGAAUUAUUGGCCUCAUUGAAGGACUGGAAUAUCAAUUCAGAGUAUAUGCACAGAAUGACUCUGGGAUUAGUAAAGUCAGUGAGGCAAGCAAACUCACCACUGCUGUCUCACCUGUUGAUCCACCAGGGCUUCCUGACUACAUUGAUGUGACAAGUGAUUCUAUUACACUGAAAUGGGAUGCUCCCAAGAAUGAUGGAGGCAGUAAAAUUGUAGCGUACUAUGUGGAAAAACGUCAAGACCAAGGUCGCUGGUUGAAGUGCAACUUUAUUGAUGUUUCAGAAUGCCAGUUCACAGUAACUGGUCUUAGAAGUGGUGAUCGAUACGAAUUCAGAGUGAUUGCAAGAAAUGCAAUUGGAACAAUUAGUCCACCUUCCCAGUCUUCUGGGUAUAUUCUAGUCAGAGAUGAAAGUAUUGCUCCAAACAUUGAAUUUGGUAAGGAAUAUUUUGAGGGUCUCACAGUCAGAGCUGGAGAUAAUAUCAGACUUAAAGCCAUAAUCACUGGACGACCUGCACCUCAAGUCACUUGGUUUAAAGGCAGAAAGGAAAUUGACAAAAAGACAAUGAUUGAUAUCACAACAGUCACUGGAUCAAGCUCUCUCUUUAUUAGAGAUGCUGAUCGCAACCAUUGUGGUAUAUAUAGUGUGGAAGCUAAGAAUAUCUCUGGAAGGAAAAAGCAGGACAUUACUGUAAAGGUUCUAGAUGUGCCUGGAGAACCAAUUGGACCUAUUACGUUUACCCAUAUCUCAGAAGAGAAAGCAACCCUCUCAUGGAAUCCACCUGAAAAUGAUGGAUGCGCUCCCAUCAAGCAUUACAUAAUUGAGAAGCGUGAUCCCUCAAAAAUUUUAUGGACACUUGUUACGGACCAGUGUGAAGUCUGCACAUAUACUGUCACUAAAUUAAUCAAAGACAAUGAGUAUCAGUUUCGUGUUUCUGCAGUCAACAAGUUUGGUGCUGGCAGACCACUAGAGUCCACUCCUAUCACCGCAAUGAUGCCAUUUGCUGUUCCAGAUGCUCCAGGUGCCCCUGAAGCUACCAGUAUAACUGGACAUAGCAUUACACUGUCCUGGGAAAUACCAAGCUCUGAUGGAGGGAAUGAAAUCAAAUAUUACAUUCUGGAAAAACGUGAAAAGAAGAACAUGCGCUGGAUGAAGAUUUUAUCAAAGAAACCCAUCACUGAGCCUACAUAUACAGUAACAAACCUUACCGAAGGUUGUUUAUAUGAAUUUCAUGUCAUGGCUACAAAUGAUGCUGGAAUUGGACCAGCCAGCAAUGCAUCAGCACUUAUAAAAUGUAGUACGCCAACAAGCACUCCUAGUGCUCCAACAGUACUGAAAGCAACUGAUUCUACAAAGACAUCAGUCAGUCUGGAAUGGACAACACCUGUAUUCAGUGGUGGUAUGGAGAUCACUGGUUACAUUAUUGAGAUGUGCAAAGUAAACUCUCAAGAAUGGCAAAAAAUAAAUGUAGAAAACUGCACAAAAACAAAGUACACUGCAACUGGUUUAGAUUCAAACGAAGAAUAUAAGUUCCGUGUCUGUGCAGUAAAUGGAGUUGGGAAAGGAGAGGCCUGUGAAAUUCUUGAACCAGUUCGCACUGUGGAUAGACUUGCAUCACCAGAAAUUGACAUUGAUGCAAGCUUCAAACAGACACACAUUGUGAGAAACGGAGGCACUGUCCGCCUUUAUGCUGCUUUUAAGGGAAAACCUCCUCCUGUUGCUACAUGGACCAAGGCAGAUGGAGAUUUCAGUGUGAUGGUAGAUAUUAAUACUACAGAAGAUUAUAGUACACUGAUCAUUGAAAACAGUAACAGAUAUGAUUCAGGAAAGUACAUUCUCUCUCUUGAAAACAGCAGUGGAAGCCAAUCUAUUACAUUUAAUGUUAAGGUCCUUGAUACUCCAGGACCACCAGGACCCAUCAAAUUCACAGAUGUUACAAAAGGAGCUUUGACACUCAUGUGGAAUGCACCAGUUAAUGAUGGAGGAGCCCACAUUCAAAAUUAUAUUGUUGAGAAACGCGAGGCUAGCCGCCGUACCUGGCAAGAAGUUAGUAGCAAAUGUACACAUGAAACUCUUAGAGUUACCGAACUCCUAGAGGGUAUGCCAUACUUUUUCAGGGUGCUUGCAGAAAAUCAGUUUGGCCGAGGUGAAGCUUAUGAAAUGUCAGAUCCAGUUAUUGCCACUGCAGAACCUGCUCCACCAAAGACACUGAACAUUGUUGAUACGACCAACUCUACUGCCACUCUGGCCUGGUUGAAACCUGAACAUGAUGGCGGAAGUCGCAUCACAGGCUAUAUGGUAGAAACCAAAGUGAAAGGCUCUGAGAAAUGGGUUGCAAGUGGUCAUACUAAGAACUUAAGUAUGGUGCUUGAGGGUCUACAAGAGAACAUGGAAUAUGAAUUUCGUGUCAAGGCUAAGAAUGAUGCUGGCUAUAGCAAACCACGAGAUGCAUCUUCUUCUGUGAUUAUUAAGGAACCCCACAUUGAGCCAACUGCUGACCUUAGUGGAAUAACGAAUCAGCUUAUUACAUGUAAGUCUGGAAGCACUUUCACAGUUGAUGUUCCUAUUAGUGGAAGACCAGCUCCAAAGGUAACUUGGAAACUUGAGGAAAUGAGACUGAAGGACACAGAAAGAGUUUCAAUCAAGACAUCCAAAAACAGAACCACCUUGUCAGUCAAGGACUGCAUGAGAGGUGAUGGUGGAAAAUAUUUUCUUAUCCUAGAAAAUAUCACAGGAUCCAAGACAUUUACCAUUACAGUAAAUGUCAUUGGUAGACCCAGUGCACCAUCUGGACCUAUUCAAGUUUCAUCAAUCUCAUCAGAAUCCUGUGUACUCACAUGGGAAGCACCAGAAGAUGAUGGUGGAACUGAAAUCACCAAUUAUAUUGUGGAGAAGCGUGAAUCUGGCUCAGGUGCUUGGCAGCUUGUGAAUUCCAGUGUGAGGCAUACAACUAUCAGAGUCACCCAUCUGACUAAAUAUAUGCAUUACACCUUCCGUGUUAGUGCUGAAAACAGAUUUGGUGUGAGCAAACCUUCUGAAUCUGAAACAAUUGUUGCAGAACAUCCAUUUGUUCCUUCAAGUCCUCCAACACGACCAGAUAUAGUUUCUGUUACUGCAAAUACAAUCAGCAUAUGUUGGGAAGAACCAUAUAAUGAUGGUGGAAGUAAGGUGACUGGAUAUUGGAUUGAGAAGAAAGAGCGAAAUACCAUCUUGUGGGUCAGGGAUAACAAGAUUCCAUGCUUUGAGUGCUCCUAUAAAGUAACUGAUCUUAUUGAAGGCCUUGAGUACCAGUUCAGAGUUUAUGCAAUGAAUGCAGCUGGUCUUAGUAAACCUAGUGAAGCAUCAAGAAGAGUCGUGGCUCAGAAUCCAGUUGAUCCUCCCACCAAACCAGAAGUCAUGGAUGUGACUGGAUUCACGGUAUCAAUGAAAUGGUCUACACCACUCAAUAAUGGUGGAAGCCAAAUAGUAGGAUAUAUUGUAGAACGCAAGCCGUACUCUCCCACUGGUGAUGGUCGCUGGCUGAAAUGCAACUACACAAAUAUAACAGACACAAACUUCACCGUAACAGGUCUGGGUGAAGGAGAAGUGUAUGAAUUCCAUGUUAUUGCCAAGAACGCAAAUGGAAUUUAUAGUAUGCCUUCAGAAUCAACAGGACCUGUGACAUGCAGAGCUGAAUAUUCCCUUCCUGUAGCUGAGCUUGACAGCAAACUUCUUGCAGACACUGUGACUAUCAGAGCUGGAUCAGACCUUGUUCUUGAUGCUGCAAUUGGUGGCAAACCAGAACCCAAAGCUGUCUGGGCAAAGGGUGACAAGGAACUGGAGCUUUGUGAGAAAUAUUCCCUACAAUACACAAAUGCACGGGCUAUGGCAAUUAUCAAGUUCUGUGAUAGAAACGAUUCUGGAAAAUAUAUCCUGACAGUGAAGAAUAGCAGUGGAGUGAAAACCAUUGCUGUUAAUGUAAAAGUGCUUGAUACACCUGGGCCUUGUCAUGGCAAAAUUACAAUUGCUGGGGUGUCUGAGGAAAAAUGCACAAUAUCUUGGCAAGAACCUUUAGAGGAUGGUGGAGACCCAGUAUCCCACUAUAUUGUUGAGAGACGUGACACCAAUAGACUCAACUGGGUAACAAUGGAAGCUGAGUGCAAAACGCUUUCAUGUGUCAUUGCCAUGAUAAAGAACUCUGAAUACAUCUUCCGUGUCAGGGGUGUAAACAAAUAUGGACCUGGUGUACCACUGCAAUCUGAGCCUGUUGUUGCCAGGAACACAUUUACAAUACCCUCACCCCCUGGAGCACCUGAAAUCAUUGCCGUUGGAAAAGAUUUUGCCACUAUUCAAUGGUUAAGACCUGAAUCUGAUGGUGGUAAUGAAAUUAGCAAUUACCUUGUGGAGAAACGAGAAAGGAAAACUGCCAGGUGGAGCAGAGUUAACAAAGACUUCACAAUCAGAGACAUAAGCUUUAAGAUUACAGGUCUUCGUGAGGGCUGUGUUUACCAGUUCCGGGUUACAGCUGUAAAUGCAGCGGGUGAAAGUGAACCAAGUGAUACAUCACUCUCUGUCUUCUGUAGAGAACCUACAUAUACACCUGAUUCUCCUUCAAUUCCACGUGUGGCAGAUACCUCAAAGGACACCAUUAGCCUUGUUUGGACAAGGCCAGUAGAGGAUGGAGGUGCUGAUGUGAUUGGCUAUAUUCUUGAGUUUCAAGAAGAGGGAACAGAGCAGUGGGGAAAAGCUCAUGAAAAAAUAAUCAGAAACACAGAAUACACUGUAACUGGCCUUAAUAAUAACAAAAAGUACAGUUUUAGGGUUGCUGCAGUUAAUAUCAAUGGUACUGGCAAAUUCAGCAACCCCUGUGGAGAAAUUGAGCCGUUAGAAAGAACUGAAAUACCGGAUCUCGAGCUUGAUUAUAACCUGAAGAAGACUGUCUCUUUGAGAGCUGGUGGCUGCCUUCGCCUUUUUGUGACUGUGACUGGAAGACCUUUCCCAGUAAUCAGAUGGAGCAAAUCUGAUGUAGACCUUCAGAAUCGAGCAUUCAUUGAAGUAAAUGACAGCUGCACAACUCUAAUAAUCGACAAAGUAAAUCGAUAUGAUGCAGGGCACUAUACAGUUGAGGCUGAGAAUCCAUCUGGAAAGAAAUCAGCUUCCAUCUCUGUGAUCAUUUAUGAUUCGCCUGGCCCACCGGGUCUACUUAAAAUUAUGGAUCUAUCAAAGGACUCUGCCUUCAUUACAUGGGAUGCCCCAAGUGUGGAUGGUGGUGCUCCUGUAACAAAUUACAUAAUUGAGAGACGAGAGGCUUCAAUGAGAGCCUACAAGACGGUUACAUCUAAAUGUAGCAAAACAUCAUAUAAAGUCACUGGACUGACUGAAGGAAUGCUUUAUUACUUCAGAGUCAUGCCAGAAAAUAUAUAUGGAAUUGGUGAACCACGCGAAACUUCUGAUGCAGUGAUUGUGUGUGAGAUGCCUAUGGUUCCACAAAAACUUGAAGUUGUGGAUGUAACCAAGUCCACUGUAACCCUUUCAUGGGAGAAACCUCUCCAUGAUGGUGGCAGCAGACUUACAGGAUAUGUGAUUGAAGCUUGCAGAUUUGGAACCGAGAAAUGGAUGAAGGUGGCAACUUUAAAAACAUCUGAUUUUCAGCACACAAUUAUCUCUCUAAAUGAGAAUGAACAAUACCUUUUCCGAAUAAGGGCUGUCAACAGCAGAGGAGUUAGUGAGCCUAGAGAGAUUGUGACACCUAUAACUGUGCAAGAAUUGCAAGUUUUGCCCAAAAUCGAUCUGUCUGGUAUCACUCAGACUGUUAAUGUUCCGGUUGGAAAACCUAUUGAACUCCACAUACCUAUCAGCGGGAGACCUCCUCCUGUUUGUUCAUGGUACUUUGAGAAUGUAAAGAUGAGGGCACAUAAUCGUGUCAAAAUUGACACCACUAGGAAAUAUUCUAAACUGACAGUUUGUGACAGUACAAUUGAUGAUACAGGCGAGUACAUGCUUGAGGUGAAGAAUUUUGUAGGUACUGCCACAGAGACCAUUAAAGUUGUCAUUCUUGACAAACCUGAUAUCCCGAAAGGCCCAAUAAGGAUUGAGGAUAUCGAUGCCACAUCGGUUACUAUAAGUUGGGAUCCACCUGAAAGGGAUGGAGGUGCCCCUAUCAGUGGUUAUGUCAUUGAACAGCGGGAUGCACAUCGCCCUGGAUGGCUAAAUGUGUCUGAAACUGUCAGCAGACCAACAUUCAAAUUCACAAGGUUAACAGAAGGGGGUGAAUAUGUUUUCAGAGUGGCUGCAACUAAUCGCUUUGGAACUGGUUCUUUCAUACAAUCAGAUGUUGUGCUUUGCAAGAGUGAUAAAACCAUUCCAGGUGCACCAGGCAGACCUGAGGUGUUUGAUGUGUCUCGAGAUGGUAUGACAAUAGCCUGGCUCCCACCAGAGGAUGAUGGUGGCUUUGAGGUAUCAGGAUAUAUUAUUGAACGGAAGGAAGUCAGAUCUGACAGAUGGGUGCGUGCUAAUAAAAAUCCAGUAACAAUGACAAAAUACAGAUCCACUGGCCUAACCGAAGGCCUUGAAUAUGAACACAGGGUGAUGGCUAUCAACUCCAGAGGCACUGGUAAACCCAGUCUUAUUUCGAAACCAGCAGUAGCAACAGAUCCCAUUGAUCCACCGGGAUCACCACAGAAUCCAAGAGUCACAGACACAACCAGGACAUCCGUUUCUCUGGCCUGGAGUCCUCCAGAUGAGGAGGGUGGCCUCAAGGUUACAGGUUAUCUAAUUGAAAUGCAAAAGGUUGGAACAUAUCAAUGGAUCAAAUGUAAUACAACGCCAUCAUUAAUUUGUGAAUACACAUUAACACAAAUGCCCCAGGAAGGUGAAUUCAAGUUCCGUGUGAUGGCAUGCAAUGCUGGAGGAACUGGUGAGCCUGCUGAAGUUCCAGGAACUGUGAAAGUCACAGAAAUGCAAGAAUCUCCUGAUUAUGACCUUGAGAUGAAGCACAAAGAAGGCUUUGUGGUCAGACAUGGUGGAGUAAUCAGAUUAUCAAUUCCCAUAAAGGGAAAACCAAGGCCCACGUGCAAGUGGACAAAGGAUGGUCAAGAUAUUUUUCACAGAGCUAUAAUAGCCACUAGUGAAGAACUGUCUGAACUUGUCAUUAAAGAAGCCCAAAGAGAAGACACCGGGAUCUAUAAACUUCAUCUCGAAAACAAAUGUGGGAAAAAAGAAGCAUGCAUCAAAGUGAAAGUUAUUGGACCACCACAUCCUCCUGAAGGACCACUUAAAAUUGAUGAUAUUAAGGCUCACUCUAUUCGUGUCACUUGGAAACCCCCUUUAGAGGAUGGUGGCUCUGAAAUUCUUGGUUAUAUUGUUGAGAGACAGGAUGUUCCGAAAACAGCUUGGUACACUGUGGACUCAAGGGUGGUAGAUACCUCAGUUGUUGUCAAGGGGUUGAAGGAAAAUGCUCAGUACCACAUCAAAGUGACAGCUGAGAAUCAAUUUGGCAUGAGUAAAUGUCUGAAAUCAGAUGAAGUCAUCACACCAAAAACACAUCUUUGUCCCCCAGAACCUCCAAGUAACCCACCAGAAAUUUUGGAUGUCACAAAGAACUCAGUUGCGGUGUCAUGGUCCAGGCCUAAAGAAGAUGGUGGCUCUAGGAUUACUGGAUACUAUGUUGAAUACCGAGAGAUUUCCACUGAAAUGUGGAUGCGCUAUGAAACUGAAUUUACAGCCACUGUGUGCACUGUGACUAGACUCAUGCCUGAGAAAGAAUAUCAGUUUCGUGUAAUUGCCAAAAAUGAAAUCGGUGAAAGUGAGCCAGGUCCCACAUCAGAAUUAGUUUUAUGCAAAGAUCCAUUUAACAAACCAAGCCAGCCUGGUGAAAUUCAAACAGUGAACGUAACCAAAGACUGCAUUUCAAUUCGGUGGGAGCGCCCAAAAUGUGAUGGCGGAAAAGAGAUCUUAGGUUACUGGGUUGAAUACAGAAAAACUGGAGAAAGCACUUGGAAGAAAUGUAACACGGAACGAUCGAAAGACACAAAUCUCACUAUGGGUGGGCUGCUGGAAGCCACAGAAUAUGAGUUCAGAGUGUUUGCUGAGAAUGCAACAGGAGUCAGCAGACCCCAGCGUACAGCUGUGGGUAUAAAAACAAAGCCAAGUGUUCUGCAUAAACCAAGUCUUAGAAAAGAAAUGGAAGAUGCCAUUACUAAGCUUGGGCAGCCAUGCAUGCUGAAGUGCCAGAUCAUUGGAAGACCUCUACCUAUGAUCAAAUGGUAUAGAUUUGGAAAAGAAUUGGUUCAGAGCUGUAAAUAUGAAAUGAGCUCUGAUGAUCGUAACCAUUCACUGACAAUAACAGUAAACCAACAAGAAGAUGAAGGCAUAUACACAUGCAGCGCUGUCAAUGAAGCAGGAGAAGUACAGACCAGUGGCAAGAUAAUUUUGGAGGCUGCACCUCAACUACACCCUGAAUAUCCUUUGAAAGAAAAAUAUUACCCUGGGUGUGGCACAAGCUUUCGUCUACAUGUUAUGUACAUUGGACGUCCUGUGCCACAGAUUACGUGGUUCUAUAACAACAUAUCUUUACAGCUAUCUGAGAAUAUCAUAAUUGAAAACACUGAGUAUUAUACUCAUCUAAUAAUCAAGAAUGUGCAACGCAAGAUCAAUGCAGGAAGAUAUAAAGUCCAUUUUAGCAAUACCUUUGGCACAUUUGAAAAAGAAUUCUACGUGGAAAUCCAAGAUAAACCAGCAAUACCCGAAGGACCUAUUGUUAUUGAUGCUUUGCUGAAGAACUCUGUGAUCAUUAGCUGGAAAGCUCCAAUAGAUGAUGGUGGGGCAAUGAUUACAAACUACAUUGUGGAGAAGCGUGAAGAUAAAGAAGAUGAGCAGUGGAAUUUGGUUUCCUCUUCUAUUUUUGGACAAUCUUGUCGAAUUACAAACCUUGUUGAAGGGGCUGGAUAUUUCUUCCGUGUUUCUGCUCAAAACCGAUAUGGAAUCAGCAACCCAUUGGAGAUUCAAUCUGUUAUUAUUAUAAAGGGUCAGUUAGAAAAACCUGGAAUUCCCCAACAAAUAGUUGUUACUGGAGUGACAAAGGACUCCUGUGUUGUGUCUUGGAAACCACCUAUAAAUGACGGAGGCUCCAAAAUUAAAAAUUACUGUCUUGAAAAAUGUGAGACAAACCAGAACGAAUGGAUUCCAGUGACUAAUGAUGAAAUCCAUCAAACUGUAUACUCAGUGAAAAGGCUUAAGGAAGGCUUGGAAUAUAAAUUCCGUGUUAAAUGUGAAAAUCUUUGGGGAGACAGUGAAUGGAGUGACGUGUCUGCCCCUGUGGCUCUAAAAUCAGAUGUAGAAAUUCGUGCUCCUGCCUUCAAAGAAGACCUGAGAAAUAUGAGUGUUAAAUACAAGAGUACUGCAACCUUUGUUUGUAGAAUCAGUGGUCAGCCUAAACCUGUUGUUAAAUGGUAUAAGUGUGGCAAAGAGAUUCAGCCUGAUGGACAGAAAAUUACAGUGCAAGAGCUCAAAGGUGGCUAUUACCAAAUGGUUAUUGCUGCUGCUGAUGAGGAGGAUUCAACUGUCUAUCAAGUUAGAGCUACAAACCAGGGAGGAUCCAUUGCAGCAACUGCCUCCCUGGAUGUUGAAGUACCUGCUAAGAUUCAUCUACCCAAACAUAUGCAAAACAAAGAAGCAGUUUCUGCCCUUCGUGGUGAAGUGGUUAGCAUCAAGAUUCCAUUUAGUGGCAAACCUGAUCCAGUAAUCACGUGGCAAAAGGGACAAGAUCUAAUUGAUAAUAAUGGAUAUUACCAAGUCAUUGUAACAAGGUCUUUCACAUCACUAGUAUUCCCUAAUGGAGUUGACAGGAAGGAUACCGGUUUCUACAUUGUCUGUGCAAAGAACAGGUUUGGUAUUGAUCAACAGAGAAUUGAAUUAGAUGUAGCAGAUGUGCCUGAUCCACCAAGAGGUAUCAAAGUCAGUGAUGUAUCUAAGGACUCUGUCUGUCUGAAUUGGUGUGCCCCUGCAAAUGAUGGUGGAAGUAAAGUCACAAACUAUAUAGUGGAAAUGUGUGCCACCACAGCAGAGAGAUGGAUCCGUGUAGCACAAGCCCGUGAUACUCAUUAUACUGUCAUAAAUUUGUUUGGAAAAACAAGUUAUCAAUUCCGAGUGAUAGCCGAAAACAAAUUUGGCCAGAGUGAGCCAUCUGAGCCAACUAAUCCAGUUGUAACUAAAGAGGACAAAUUAAGAGUCCUAAACUAUGAUGAGGAAGUUAGUGAUAGCAGAGAAGUCUCAAAGGGUAAAGUACCACAUUCUGACACUAAAAAUGUGCAUAACAAGUACGUGAUUGCUGAGGAGUUAGGACACGGGGAGUUUGGCAUUGUUCACCGUUGUAUAGAAACCAGUUCACAAAAGACAUUUAUGGCUAAAUUUGUCAAAGUAAAGGGUGCAGAUCAGGCAUUAAUUAGGAAAGAAAUUACAACACUUAAUGUAGCACAACAUAUGAACUUUUUGUGUCUUCAUGAGUCCUUUGAGAGUCCUGAAGAGUUAGUCAUGAUUUAUGACUUCAUUUCAGGUGUAGACAUAUUUGAACGCAUUAGUAUAGCAAACUUUGAACUUACAGAGUGGGAAAUAGUUAGAUAUAUCAGACAAGUGUGUGAGGCUCUUGAGUUCUUACACAGUAAAAACUAUGGUCACUUUGACAUCAAACCAGAAAACAUUGUGUUUACCACAAGAAGUGGGUAUAACAUCAAGAUAAUUGAGAUUGGCCAAGCCAGAUAUCUAACCCCUGGAGAUAAUUUAAGGAUUCAGUUUACUACAGCAGAGUAUUGUGCACCUGAAAUCCAUCAAUGUGACAUGGUGAGCACUGUUACUGACAUGUGGUCAGUCGGUGUUUUAGUCUAUGUACUUCUGAGUGGACUUAAUCCAUUCACAGCAGAAACUAAUCAGCAAAUGAUUGAACAUAUUUCCAAAGCUGAAUACAGUUUUGAUGAUGAAACUUUUAAGUCAGCAAGUCUUGAAGCACUGGAUUUUGUGGACCGACUUCUGACCAAAGAACGAAAGCAUCGAAUGACAGCAACUGAAGCUCUGAGACAUCCUUGGCUGAAAAUGAACAAAGAACAAAUUGGCACCAAAGCCAUAAAGACAACAAGACACAAACGGUACCACCAGAUGUUAAUAAAGAAAGAAUCAAAUGUAGUUGUAUCAGCAGCACGUGUUGCUUAUGGUGGUGCCAUUAGAAGUCAAAGAGGAGUUACAGUUGCAAAAGUCAAGAUUGCACCAUUUGAACAUGGCCCACUAGCUGGUCAAAUUAAUCAUCUUGUAGCUGAAGAAGGAGAGCACGUAAAAUUCACGUGUCACAUUGAAAACUAUGACAGCAGCACAGAAGUUACUUGGUAUUGUGGAGUUAGGCAAAUUGAGGAAGGGGACAAGUAUGAAAUGAAAUAUGAAGAAGGAGUAGCUGUUCUGCAUGUUAAGGAUAUUGCCAGGGCAGAUGAUGGCACCUAUAGAUGCAAAGUUCUUAAUGAGUAUGGAGAAGAUAGUGCUUACGCAGAGCUUUUUGUCAAAAAUGUGAGAUCAUAUCAUGAUUUUUUCUUUAAACGUACAGUGAAAAAAUUAAAACGCAGGGUAGAUACCGAAAGACUGCUUGAGAGACCACCUGAAUUUACAUUACCUUUAUUCAACCGCACAGCAUACAUUGGUGAAAAUGUGUGCUUUAGUGUAACCAUAACAGUGCACCCAGAGCCUCGUGUUACAUGGCUGAAAUCUGGCCAAAAGCUCAUACCAGAAGAUAAUGACAAGAAGUACAGAUUUAUAAGCGACAAGGGUCGAUAUCAGCUUAUAAUUCACAAUGUUCAACCUGAGGAUGAUGCUGAAUACACAGUUGUGGCCCGCAACAGAUUUGGUGAUGACAACUGUAAAGCACAUCUGACUAUAACAGCUCAUCCAGCCCCGGCAGACAAGACAAUACGCCCAAUGUUUAAACGCUUGCUGGCAAAUUCAGAGUGCAAGGAAGGACAAAAUGUUCGCUUUGAAAUAAGAGUAUCGGGAUCACCUGUUUUGAAAUGGGAGAAAGAUGGAUUGCCUUUAGCAUUUGGUCCACACAUGGAAGUUAUUCAUGAAGGCCUGGACUAUUAUGCCCUGCUUAUCGGAUCUACACUUCCAGAAGAUUCUGGUACAUACCGAAUCACUGCUACAAACUCAGCCGGAUCAGCAAGUUGCCAAGCAAUACUGAGGGUACAGCGUGCCACACAUGUAAUGAAAGAAUACGAGGGUGCAGGGCAGAAAAUCAAACAACCUGAGAAAACUGGAAUCGAUAAAAAGGUAAGGCUUUCACAAAUUCUUUCAGGAACUGAAGUUUCUCCACUUACAUCUGUGGCACAAGAAGCUUUGAGAGAAGCAGCAAUUAUGUAUAAACCCACAAUGCCGACUAAGAAAAUCGUAAGUGAAAUAACUGACAAAAAGGAAAAAGAAGAAAAAUGCAAGAGAACAGAAGAAAAGAGAUUACAAAUGCCUUAUGACAUUCCGGCACCUCAAAUUCAUUCGCAAAGCGCUAUUGUAGAAGACAUGGAGAUCAAACAUUUUGUGCCUUUCUCUGACAUGAAAUGGUACAAGAAACUCCGUGAUGAGUACAAAAUGCCUGAACGAAUGGAAAAACAUGCUCAGAAGCGACUUAAACGAAUUCGUCUCUCAAGAUGGGAUCAGUUCUAUGUUGUGCCACUUCCAAGAAUCAAAGACCAAUACAAAUAUAAGUGGCGCAUUCCAAAGUUUUCACAAGAUGAUUUAGAAAUAGUAAGACCAGCAAGACAUCGUACACUAUCUCCUGAAAUGGUGGCUUACUACAAAGAGAGAAGACGAUCCCUAAGUGAUCUCUCAGAUGAAAAGGUCCUCCUACCUGUUCAAGACUAUUUGUCCUGGAAGAGAACUGAAGAAGAAAGACUAAGGCUUGAAGAAGAACUUCAGCUUGGUUUUUCAGCUUCCACAUCUUCGUUCAGUCCUAUCCACUUUGAAUUAUCUGCACUUGCUCAUCCGGUAUCAAGGGAAAUGCAUUAUGAUAAAGAAGUAGUAGUUAAACAACAUGAUUAUCAUAUCCCAUCUAAAUAUGAGGCUGGCCCAAGCUUAACUGAUCUACGCCUGCGCCAUGACACAGUAACCUACAAACCACCAAGACAAAAACAAAGAGUGCAUGAAGACAUGGAGGAUCAAAAACUUCUUUGUCCAAUUGCCACAAGUCAAAGACUUGCAUCUUACCAAAGUCAGUUGAAGUUUAUGGAAUAUGAGGAGAAACUUAGAGUUUCUAGCAAGGAGAAACAUGCUGCACAUGUUUCAUCAAAAGCCAAGGAAGGAGAAGAAGCAACUGAAUAUACUGCCAUUUCAUUUCCUCCUACAGUACAUGAUAUGAAAAGUAGAAUGUCAUUAUCCCCUGCACACAGUCAAAUGGUGCAUUCCAUUUCUGAACAGAAAGCAUCACCUUAUGCACAUCCUACAACAAUGACAAAGAGUGAAAAAACACAUAAGACAUUGCCUACUCCUGAAAUAACAGUCCCAUAUACAGUUUCAACUGAAAACUUGACCUCCAGGCAUGAAAAACUUGAAAGUCUUGACAUAAUGGCCAGGUAUGAAGCAAGAAAAGCAGCUCUGAAAUCUGAAAGGAAAUAUGAAGUUGUGACUCAGCAACCGUUUAGUCUCGACCAUGCUCCACACAUUACUGUAAGAAUGCACUCUCAUCGUGUCCCUUGUGGUCAGAAUACUAAAUUCACUCUGAAUGUGCAAGCCAAACCAAAUGCGGAAAUCAAAUGGUACCAUAAUGGACAAAAGAUUCAGGAGAGCAGAAAAUUCAAAUUUUCAAAUAUCAGUGGAGUUUUGUCUCUCCAAGUAUUUGACUGCCAAGCUGAGGAUAGCGGUACUUACCGUGUUGUGUGCACAAACACAAAGGGAGAGGCUACAGAUUAUGCCACUUUGGAAGUUUCAGAAGGUGGAUAUUCUAUAUAUUCAUCUCAGCGUAAAGAUGAUGACCCUCCAGUAUCUUUAGUCCCUGAAAUGAUAAAAACUGAUGAUUACCAAACAUCCUCAAUAAAGGCAACUCUGUCAUCUGAAACACAGAUGCAGGUAAAAGAAACUCAAUCAAAGCUGGCUGAGAAAUGUGAAAGAAGUAUGUAUGCAGAACACACAGCUUCAAAAAAGAAAAUAAAAGAUUCCAAAGUUAGUGUAUUAGAGGAGGAAAGUGUACAAGAGCAGCUGAAAACAACACUGCCAGCUAAAAUUGUCACAAAACCUCAGUCCUUAACAGUAGUAGAGGGGCAGUCUGCUAAAUUUACAUGUGAUGUUGAUGGUAUACCAACACCAACUGUGACAUGGAUACAGGAAGGGGAAAUAAUUGUAUCAUCUCAACGCCAUCAUGUGAUCACAACACAGUACAAGUCUACUUUUGAAAUUUUUUCUGUUCAGUUAUCAGAUGAAGGCAGCUACACUCUGGUAGUAGAAAACUCAGGUGGAAAACAGGAAGUGCAGUUUAGCCUGACAAUUUCUAGGUCCUCCCCCAAAGAUAAGAUAAGUGCCUCGCCAACAAAGGUGAAGUCAUCAGAACCUACAGAGAAAUCUUCAGAAUCAACAGGAAUUAUACCCCUAGAAACUCACGUCAUGUCACCUGAAGUAAUAAAAUUUUCACCAAAGGUAAAAUCUCCUGAGCCAGCUACCUCAUCCCAAAGGGAUAAAUCCCCAGCACUAGCAGAUUCUCCAACCCCUCAAAAGAUAGAAAUGCCAAAGACAAUGGAUGAACUUAAGGUUGAGGCUUCUGGAGGAAAAGUAAGUAUAACCUGUGUUGCUGACAGCAACCUGAAUAGAGUAAUAUGGUUUAAAGAUGGGAAUAAACUGAUUCAAGACAGUCGUCAUCAUUUUCAUACAUCAUCUGAUGGUACUUGCACUCUAAGUAUCCUUGGAAUUGCCAAGAGUGAUGAAGGAGAAUAUGCUUGUGAAGUUGUUAGUGAAAAAGGUGUUUCUAGAGCAUCAUUCUCAUUUGUAGGCCGAGUCUUCGAAAGUAUAUAUUCAAAAAUGACCAACUUUACGGAACCUGAAAAACAAGGUCAUGACAUAAAGUUCAAUAGCUUUCCAUUAAAGCAAGAUUUGUCAGCAGGCUCUACAGAUGUCAAAGAACUUCAGUUACAGACUAAAAAAGAAGCUUACACUGGUUCUUGCAAAAAACCUGAAACUACAGAACAAAUUGUAGAAAAGAUGCUUCAAGAUGAGGUCCAGCCUUGCACAGAAAUGAAAACAUUUCACCAUCAAUUGUCUAUGGCUGAAGGAAAAUCCAUUACCCUUAAAGCAAACAUCCCUAAUGCAUCCACUGUGAGAUGGACCCUAAAUGGUGAAGAGCUGUUAAAUUCAGGGGAGUACAGAUAUGGUGUAUCUGGGAAUGACCACACUUUGACUAUCAAAAAUGUCAGUCAGCAUGAGGAAGGAAUCAUAACAUGCGAAGCUAAAACUGAAGAGGGCAUUGUAAAAUGUCAGUUUGACACCACUGUCACUUCGAAACGUGCAAAUGCCCCUUCAUUUCUAGUACAACCAAAGUCACAGAAUGUCAAUGAAGGACAAAAUGUGAUUUUCACAUGUGAAAUAACAGGAGAUCCCACUCCUGAAAUUGAGUGGCUUAAGAAUAAUGUUCUGGUUUGCUUGUCAUCUAAGCUGAAACUGAGCCGUUCUAAAAAUGUUUACACCCUGGAGAUUAAAGAAGCUUCAAUUUCAGACAGUGGGAAAUACACAGUAAAAGCAAAGAAUAUGUAUGGACAGUGUUCUGCCACUGCAUCGUUAAAUGUUCUUGCUCUGGUUGAAGAACCCACAAAAAUGAUAGUUUUGGAGAAAAGUGCUACAGCUGCCAGUGUGCACGAGGGUUUCUCUACCAAGGCAGUCCAUAUGGCCACCUCUAUGCAGGAGGCCUCCUUCAGAAGCUCCAGCAUGGCUGAGGUUAAAAUUGAAAGCAUGUCUGCAACUAGCAUGUCCUCAAUGACAUCUGAGUCAAUGGUAGCUAUGAGCUCCAGCAGUAGAAUGGAAAUGUCAAGUCAUUCACACAUAGAGGGGUCUUCUCUGAGAACCAUCAAACACAGUCAUCAAGGUUCACCAGCUAAAAUUGAAGCUCUUCCUGAAGACAUCUGUAUUGAGAAAGGAAAGGUCCUUACUAUAUCUUGUGCUUUCUCUGGAGAUCCUGUGCCUGAGAUUGAGUGGACUCGUUCAGGGAGGACACUGCCCAGUGCAGAGGACAGUGGCAGGUUCCAUGUUGAGACCGCAGAAGACCUCACAACUCUUAUCAUCACUAAUGUGAAGGAAAAGGAUGCUGGAGCUUACACCCUCAAGCUCUCCAAUGAACUAGGAUCUGACACUGCAACAGUAAAUAUCAGUAUUCAUUAGUUUUAAAAAUAAAUGUAAUGAUC